CAGACACAGAGCACAGAGCUUGCUGGUGCACGCAGACAGAAGGGGGCGCGCUCAUACGGCGCGCGUUCACGGAGACUCGGAGCCCCACGUGUGCACGCCCUGCGCUGCUGACACCCGAGCACAGAGCAAGCAGCAGCAGCAGCAUGGCCGGGCUGCUUCACCCGCACAGGGGCAGCCACUGCUGCACCGCCUCGGCUGUCAACCUCCUGCUGGGGGUCUUCCAUGUCCUGCUGCCCUGCUUUCGGCAAGGAGGGGGGCAAGGUGAGGCAGCUGGAGGGGGGAAAUGGCAGAAGCACAAAAGGGGGAGAUGGCAGCACGCCUUCCUAUGGAGCUAACCUCUGCUGCUGCAGCUUCAGUGGGGAUGGAGGAGAAGAAAUGGGCCUGCUUUGGGCAACAUAGAUCUGUUUUGGGGGAUUGUGCAUUAUUUGUUUGGGGGUGGGGGGUCUUUCUGCACCCCUCAUUGCUUAGCAUUGGUGGUGUGCAUUGAGCUGCUAGGACAGAUGGUGACAGGGGGGCACUGAGGGCGUCAGAGAGAGUGGGUACUGGGCUGUGAGUGCAGUAUGCCCACUGUCAGUAGGGAGCCUUGUAGGUCAGCUAACCACCCCCUGGAUAUUGGCCACAUACUCUCUAUUCUAGUGGUGUGGUGACCUCCUGGACAUGUCCUCAACUUUAACGUUGCUGAUCCCAUCAGGUCAUCUGAGAGGCUUCCAAGCAGCUGCUAUUGCAAAGUAUUGUUUCCCUUGGCUGCUAGGUGUGUGCAUGUAUGGGGAUAUGCCAUGCUUGUAUCCUUAACCUUUUGUUCAGUUGCCUGGGAUUAAAUGAGUUCUUUUGUCUUUGUGUUUUGUGCUACCCAUAGUCAUUGAGCCGGUGCCCAGCAUGGUGGAGCUAUGGCAAGCCGAAGAUGCAGAGCUGAUGCUUCCCACACAGGUGAGAGCUGGUCACAUUUGCAAUAAACAGUAUCUGUCCCCAAGAGCUUGCAGUCGAUUUUUGCUGUUUACUUCUGCAUGCUAAUAAAACGGUGUUUGGAACACAAAAGUCAACAUAUGAAAACUCUCUUUGUUGUGUUAAAUAGUGGCUGCUAAAAUAUGGCACUAUUUGACACUUCCUUCAUACCUUUAAUUGUUUUGAGAGAGAAGUUAUUUGGCAUUGUGUGCAUUGUACAAUGUGACUAUAUUUACCCCUGCUGUAGCUGGGAUGUGGAUGUAAACUAUGUCACUUUCCAGUUUACAGGAUAGACUGCUACUAUAAUCAAGUAGACUUUAUCCAUAAACAAACCAUGUGGAUGUUUUCUUCUGCUAACAAUAGGGCUAUGUGUGAAACAGCCACUGUUCCAUGUGAGGCAGGAGAUUCUAUAAUUUGGCAUCUAUAAAAUGUUACCAUUGUUUUGGCAGAUCUGCUUAAUAUUUCUUUCUGUUAUAGCAUUGGAGAUUUAAGUAUGUAAAGAUGUAAACAAGAAUGAAGAAAAACGUAAACACAAUACUUUUGACUUUUAAUAGCGUUUUGCUACAUUAAAAAUAAAACCAGUGUCCUAUUGAAUGAUUUGCCCUAAUAAUAAAUAAAAUUCAAAUGAGUCCAGUCUGUUACCAUGAAGUGAUCAUGUGUUUUUAUUUUUUUGUGAAGAAGAAUUUGCACUCUAAGCCAUUUCUGUUUUCACACUUCCUGUUUCUCCAAAUUGAAGGUAGUCAUCAUGCCUUUAGAUUAUUGGAAGCGUUUGCUUGCAAGCAGUAUUUUGUCAGUUUAUUUGCAUUGAUGCGUGAUUGAGAAUGCUUUGCUUGAUUUACUCAUGACAAGCGUUGGGAAAACAACUUUACAUCAUAAAAAUCCUGACCAUUCAUCUGCCCUGGAGGAGGAGAUCAACUGCUGUCUUUGUUGUUUUGGCUUUUUUUUUUUUUUUUAAUCCUUGCAGUGUCGAAACGACAUUGACACACAACUAUAUGUAAAAAGAUAAAAAACAAACCAAAAAAAUUAUUAUAUAUAAUUUUUUUUGUUUUGUUUGUUUUACUGAUGCAUUCCAUGUGUUCAUUGUCUAAUACCAAAUUUACCAAAUCAAUUGCAAUAAUGGUGUUUAGUUACAUUGGCAUCAAUGGAUGAGAUACCAAGAAAUCAUAUCAGAAUAAUAAUAAAAAUGGAGCAUAUUUUUUUUUCUUCAAUUUAGAAUAGUCAACAUACAGACUGCAGGAGAUUUGUACAAUUAUCACUAAUACAUGAGGCCGGGUUCUAAAAGUGGAGCAAUCGCCAUGGAAACUAAUAUAAUCAGCAAGGAUAGUCUGAUGGUUCACAUGGUGAUUGCUCUACUCACUUUCCUGUUGGUGACACUCUUACAAGUCAUCCGUAUUUCUGCCCUUUAUAGCCUUAAAAUUACAUCUUCGAAAACAUUUUUUUAAAUCUGUCAAUGGAUUAUUGACAAUCUGUCCAUUCAAUGCUUUGCAAAAUGUCACAUUUACACACUUCUUUAUUAAUACUUUAUCUACGGUUUCCCAGCUGAGUUUAAGAAAUAGCUGUAUCAAUCAUAUUUUGCUAAAUUACUUGAGAUGACGUUUAAGUCGAUUCUUGAUUUUUAUUUUUUUUCUGAUGCAUAUAAUGAAUAUUACAUUCAAUGUUUAUACUUCAUGUGAGUUUGCUUAUUUAAAAGAAUAAUAUAACUUUUUGUGAGACACUACAGUUUACUGUGCCGAAGUUCCGUAACCUGUUAUCUAAUAUUUGCUAUAUUGAAUUGUCUGGGUGUCCUUUGUCUGUGUAAAUAUGUCUAUGCCAUUAUUAGUCUGCAAUAAAUCAUAUGGACUUUUGCACGAUAUACACUGUUAACAAACACAAUUUAUUUAUAUGAAAGUGAACUUGAUACUGCUUUGAUUCUGUACCAUCAUCCACUGUCCUUUGUUAGGCCUUACACAGGGCAUGCCAUUGUGCCAAAUACAUGUAUGACAAACAAACCCUUUUGCCAGAAUACUGCACCUAGAAGUCAAGCAGGGAAGGGGAGGGGAGGAGGGGGCAAGUGACUGCAGACCAGCCCAGGCAGCCUGCAGUACCCACACUGUGCCCGAUAAGAUUACAGCAGGGUGGAGAGAGACAUGUUUUAGUUAGAUGCCACAUAAAUGCUUUUUAUGCACAUUUAAUUUAUUUUAAAUGUAUGUUUUUUUAUUUUUUUUAUUUAUUUUUUAAUAAUCCAUGCAUGCUGGUAGGGGGGUAGGGGGGUGAGGAUUAUGAAGACAUUGAGUUAUAUACCAGUAUACCAGGUAUCAGCACUCCAGACCAGUGAUGGCUAACACUGGCACCUCAGAUAUUUCUGAACUACAUUUCCACAAUGCUCAGCCAGCCUUAACAUCUUGGGUAAAGUAGUUGACACACUCUCCCCACACCUGCUUCCCUCCCUUUCUUCCUCCCUACAUCCCCCCCCAAAUAAAAGAGGACAGAGGGGGUGAUUUUAUAAAAGUGUUCUCUUAUAAAAUGUGGAGGAGUCACCAGUGGACUGCCGGACUGCCUGGUUUCCAUGGCGAUUGCACCACUUAUAGUAAUUUAGAAUAGUUUUUAGAAAGAAUGCUCUGAUAAAUCUCCCCCUGCUUGAUUCUGAGCAGGGUGAAUGCUUGGUCUAAUUAUGUGUUUACAGCUUUAUUAAAGAGUGCUUGUGAGAGAAGCAUGAAGGAGUCUAAUGAGUUACAUUUUCUAGGCCGCAUUUCAAGCCAAAGUUUCCUGACUUUUGCCUUGGAAGAAAGUGUCAGAUAUCAUCUCCUCUUUUUUUUUUUUUUUUUCACUGCUUGAGCGUCUGGGCUGUUGUACACACUGAUGGUAAAAUGAUUAAUUCCAAGUGGUAAUAUCAGUUUUGGUACAAAUCCUAUAAUCCCAGAAUUAUUUGUAUUAGUUGAUCUUAAUUAGUUGACUUUUUCUCAAGAUAAUAAAUUUUUAAUUGCUCUAAACUGGUGGGGGGGAAUGAACAAACCUAGCAUAAUAAAUCCUUAGAAAGACAAGGGUGAGUUGUCCAUCGCAGGGCAUUUUAUAGUGCGUUUCUAUUGCCACACAGGAUUAAGGUGUUCGGUUGUCAUGAGUUCCUUUGUGUUCUGCUGUAUAUUUUUCAGAUCUUGAAUAAACUGUGGUUAUAUUCAAUUUUUCUCUGUCAUUUCACCACUAUGAUGUGACCCUGACAGGCGCUAGGAGGGCAGUUAACCAAGCAUGGAGACAGGCCAUUAAUUUAGCUCUUUUCAUUGUGUUUGCUCAUUAUGAUGAUGAUGAUGAUGAUGAUAGCCUUUGUUUGAUCAGAUUACCAGGGAGAUGCUGGUAUGUGCUUGUUGGCUGGAGAUAGGAGACUGCCACCCCCCCUGUUGUCGUCUCCAUGUAAUUGUGAGCGAGCUGUCACACAAAAGGAGCUGCACGCUUAUUGUACUGUCCUUUAAUCAGCAGGAGGGUGUGCGUGUGCGUGAGGCUGAAUCCUUAAUGUACUCCCGAAAUACCAACACAAGGCGUGAAGCCUGGGUUCAUUAUCAUUCUGCACAACUGCCAGGGGAAAGGGGUGGGUGGACAAAUGGGCAGAGGCACCCCUGGGAUUCAGGUCUUUGAAGCAGCGUUUAAUAUUCAAGAUGAACUCUACUUUAAGAAUAACAGAUUUAGAAAUGGAUUCCUGGAAAAAAAAAAUCUUUCACUACCCUUAGAGAUUAGUCGCUCUUUUGUUUCUAUACCUUGGACAAAGGGAAAACUUGUGCCUCCUAUUGUCUAAAGCAUCACUGCAACCAUUUGUGAACACUCAACCAUUAUUAAUCUGAAUUUACGUUGAAUGCCUAAUGUCAGGGGUUCAUUUAAGCAUUGUUAUCGAGUUGACACCUGAGCUUUCACAUUCUGUAUUCUACUUGUCAAAAAAAAAAAAGUGGUCAUUAUCCCCCCAAAUUCUAUAUUAAAUAGGGAAUAGUUGACUAUUGCCCAUAUUUACUACUGAUGCCAUCUGGAUCAUCCUAUUAAAGUUGGAAUUGUUAGAAGGAGGGGGGGGGGAAAGAAAAAUUGGUGUUUCUCAUGUUUGCUUAAUCUACUAGGUCUUAGGGCUGUAGAUGGUGGUGCAAGUGAGGGAAAGACAUCUCUCACAAUAUAUCAGAGGCAUGUGAAUUGAUACCUUGUUUUGGGCAUGCCUAACUGUAAGUGAGAUGGAGCACAGUGCUAAUGAAUGGGCCAAUACCUUGCCUCAUGACGGUGACUACUCUCUCAUUGUUAUAGGAACACUAUGGACAUUAACACAACAUAAGUGCAUUUCAUAGGUUUAGGACUCAUAUUCAUGCCAUGUUGUUUUAGCUUAGCUUAACAUCUGACUGAUUGAAAGGUAAAUUGCAUCUCAGCCAAUUAGAGACAAAAAUUGUGCUAAGGAUGCACAUAAUAAAAUGACCAUGACUGACUGUGGGGCAGUGUCAUGUCAGCAGCUUGGCUCUCAUUACCUGUGUUGAGUACGUACUCGGAGUACCUCUAGUAAAGAAGUCUAAUCCCCUGGCACCAACUGGUACAAAUUAAGGUUUCUCUCCUAUUGUGGGGAAUGUAUUUGAAGUCUCUUCCAUAAUAAUGAUGUUUAUAUAAUAUUAAACUUAAAUUAACAUGCUUGCAAGUUGUCAUCAUGCAACUUGAUCUUUAGUGUAUAGACAGGCCCACUCAGUGAUUAGUUUGGUUCAAAGUUUUAAUGACCCAGAUUUUCUUGGAUAACCAUUAAGAAUGUAAAACAAAUGUAUGUUUGUUUUUUGUUUUGUUUUUUUUUGUAUGGCUUUUUUUUGAUUCCUAAAUCAAUAUUUUUGAUUGUCAAAGGUGGCUAAACUAUUUUCACAACCAAUUUAAAGGUUAACUGAAUUACAAGCAGGCAUCUGUGGUAAAACGUACAGGAGCUUUACAUCCUGUUUUGAGCCCGUGUCAGACGUAUGCAGACGUGGAGAAUGUAAAAAUGCAUAAUUUGGAGAUGAUAAUGAACCUAUGAAACUGCUGAGUUUUUUUUGUUUUUUUUCAGAUAUUAUCUGUGUGCUUUUCUGACAUUGUCAGAGGCCUGUGGUGGGUUGGCAUUUUGAUACCAAAGCACGCAACUGAGUAGAAAUGUAUUAAAUUACACACACCAGGGUGUUCCUAUCCCAAAACUACUCAAAAUGGACACCAAUAGGGUUAUUUAGGAAAGUGAGAAUUUAUGGAAUAUUAAAUGUAAAUUUAAAGUAUAAGGCCAAAAGAGCCAACCUGAUCACAUAGCUGACUGGGAGAAUUCUUCAAGUUUUGCUAUUUUAUCCUUAAUGGCACCCAGACCACUUCAACUAAUUGAAGUGGUUUGGGUGCUGUGACCCUUUUGCACUUCGUGCUCAAAUGUAAAACAUUGCAGUUCCAUAGAACUGCAAUGUUUACAUUGCAGCUCUAAGUCUGUCCUCUGUGGUUGUCUACCAGACAACCACUAGAGGGCUUCUGGAAUCCAAACAGACUUUUGGUCCGUUAUCUGAUGCUGGACGUCAUCACGCUCUGCAUGAGGACCUCCAGCGUCAGAUUUUCCCCAAAGGAAGCAUUGAAUAAUGCUUUCCUAUGGGGAGGUCUAAUGCACGCAUGGGGUAGGUCUCCCACAUGGGAGGAGCAUGGGUGGAGCCUGACCCAGCGCCGAGCGACAUCAGCACUGGAUUCAGGUAAGAUGGGAAGAGGGGAAUGGGAGGGGGGUGGCCUUAAAAACAUAUAGUGCCAGGAAAAGAGCUUUAUCCUGGCACUAUAGGAUCCCUUUAAAUUUAAAAUUCAUUUUUCUCAUUGUAGUGUAAAAUUAUGUAAGACAAACCCUUUUUAAAGCAGGUUUAUAUUCCUAAUUCUUUAGUGCCUCUGUCCAUAUGCUGUUUGGUUCCCCCCCCCUGUUUGCAAUAAAAAUGUAAGAAAAUUGAAGAUUUACUCACCUUGUUCCAGCAAGGAGACUCCCCAAGCGCUCCUUACCUCUCCAACUUCUGUGACAGCAUGGCUUCAGCAUCCUAUGGUGCUGUCCAAUCUAAUACUUCUCAUAGAGCAUUGGGGACCUGGUGGGCAUACAAAGUGAAUGCUGCACGCAUCCAAGCUUCCCUAUAGGAAAGUAUUGAAUUAUUGCUUUCCUAUAGGGGCUUCUCCGUCCUGUGUUUUACUCUCAGUGCUGUGGAAGCUCCUCUAGUAGCUGUCAGAAUGACGGCUGCUAGCGGAGGCUUUACUUCUGUAAUGUAAACAUUACAGUUUCUCCAAAACCUUGAGAUGGCCUUGGUGACUUGAGUGGCGCUUUAGUUAAAGAACACUUUUGCCCAUGUUAAUAUAGUGUGCCUUAUGUGUCAGACGUUUUGUAGCACACAGGGUUCAUAUCAUGGCUUAAACUGAGUUACUUUGCCUAAAGUAUAGUUUGUCACCACAUUGAUACCCAAACACACAUGUCAUACAACCAUUUAGCUUACUGUCUACUCUUUAUCCAUUUUAGUUUGUGUUUUAAAAACAUACAUUAUGCAUAGCUUACAUAGAAUAGGUUAAAAACAAACAGUGGGCUAGGAAUAUGUCAGGUAUAGAAGUUGGUAAAUGGACAACUGGAGAAAAAAGGGAUGGCAGGAGCAGUGGAGUGGAGAUUGGAUUGGUGAGAGAGACAAGUGGAAUGGAGGGCUUGUGGGACAAAAAUGGGGUCAUGUAUGAGGAUUUGUAACUGAUGAAUGUCUGAAAAAAAACCCAAUAUGAUUUCAAAUCUGCAAAGAAUAUACACCACUUUAUUCACAAACUACAGGCAAACUUUAUUUCUUCACACAAUCUCAUCCAUGAAAAGAGAGAGAGAGACACAGAGACACACCCACCACCAACCCCCCCACACCCCUAUACAUAUAUCUAACGUUACGACUACACAGCACUGGCCCUCCAUACAAAUGCAUGCCUGCAUACACUUCUAAAACCUACGAAGUGUAACAAUGUAUUUAUACUUUUCUAACAAAACGUUAGCCUACAUAGAAAUAAACUUUGCGUAUAGACACACAUACUAUUUACAGAUACUGUACUCUAGCAGAUCACUUAGAUUUGCAAACUCUUGAUAAAUACAGCUAUGUAUUCACACACUGCACUGAUGAAGUGGACGGAAUCAUGAAUUUUGUACGGAUAGUUAAACCAUGCACAUGCUGAAAUAUUUGCACUUUUGUGCUGGGGCUAGUUGCACCCCCGGCACACGACUUAGGCAGCCAGGAACACGAAGAGGAAGUCAGUGAUGCGGCAUUGAAAUUCCUCACCAGGCGCUGGAUUCCAGGUAAGUUUUAACCCAACUUAUUUAACUAAAAUGGGGGAAGGGGACACUGAUAAAUAGUGCCCAAAAGUAUUGUAGUAAGCCUUUAAGUCAAUUAACUACUUGACCAUUUACCCGUCUCAAUAAAGUCUGUUUGUAUCUUUGCUUUUAAAGUAAACAAACAUAACUGAAGCCGUUGCAAAUGUGACUUGUAUUCAUCUUAAAGGGACAUUUUAAACACCAACUUUCUUUUAUCUUAAUGAAGUGAUUUUGGAGCAUUGCAAUGGGAAAACAUGCUGUUUCUAAAAAAUGGCACUGUUUACAUUCGUAAAUUUCCACACCUGUUAGUGGCUGUUAGCCACUAGGAUCUUUUGACACCUACAUUUACUUGAUGUCUGGAGCCAGAAUGCAAUGUGUCCAGGACUUCUUUGUGAGAAGGAUUUGAUUGGUCAGUAGUGGUGAUUGACGCAUGUUGUGCGGUGUCUGUAAGCUAAGGUUUACAGAAUAUAUAUAUAUAUAUAUUAUAUUUGAAGUGUUCCUUCUAAAAUCUUCUUUUUUUUUUUUUUUUCAUUUCUUCACAUUUCUGAAAUGCCAUUUUAAGGCAACAUUUUGUAACGUGCACCUGGAAUCGAAAACAGGCGUGAAUUGAAAUACACCCAUGUUGUCUUUUCUUCCCCCUUCUCAUCAUAACGGUUAUGAAACCGCUUUCAUGGUAUCCUUACAGGAAUUUCCUGGAAACUAUAUCCAUAUGCAUGUGCAAUACUGUCUGAAAAAGGAUAAUUCAUUCAGUGUUAACAAACUUCAUAUUCCUGUGUAUAUGUGUGUGUAUGUAUGUAUGUAUGUAUGUAUGUGUAUAUAUAUAUAUAUUCCCAUUAAAGAGACACUCAAGGCAGCAAAGCAGAGCAUCGUGGAGAUAAUCCCUUUCCCAAAAUGUCAUAUGCAUUUUUUUAUAUUGUUGUGCUCAACAUCAACUGUAAUGUACUUGUAUUCUUUAAUAACAUAUUAUGUCCUCUACAAAACAACCUAUCAUUUGUCACUAUUCUUGUCUGACCAAAUAAAAUAGUGUCCAUUACAAAGUUUCCUGAAUCCACUGUAAUUUUCAAUAAAGUCACCAAGAGCUAAAAUAAAAACCAAAAAAGUCUGACCCUGCAGCUGUGCAAGAAUUUUCUUAAUAGAGCUGGUUAUAAAAAUUGGCACAUUUUAUUUUGGUAGUUUCUGCAUAGAAGUGGGAAUUUUGGAAAACUGGGGUCUGAAGUGUGAUGCUCAUUUUGAAGGUGUUUAGAGUAUUCUCUGACAUUCUCAGUACUCAUUCACUACCCCUCAUACUUCAUAUCAUUUAAUUCUGUAGUUUAUUUUAAUACACCCAGGAGCAGUGGAGUGGAGAUUGGAUUGGUGAGAGAGACAAGUGGAAUGGAGGGCUUGUGGGACAAAAAUGGGGUCUGUAGUUUAUUUUAACCACACGUUUGGCAACAGAAAUAAAAUGUUUUAGAAUUUGUUUUAAUCGUAAGUGGAAUAUGUUUAAAGGGAUGCGACAAUGAUUUGUUUUUAAAAACAAUUUAGUUGGUAUGCCCCCUUUAGCUCCAUUGAACUAAGCAGCCAGGGUGUAACAUUACUAGUUAUCAAAUUGACCAUCAGGGGGUGUAUCAAAGUUAUUUUAUAAAUGUGCCAAUUUCUAUUAAAUCUGCAUGUUUUGUAAAAUUAAAAAAAAAACACAUUUGUCACACAAGUUUAAAUGUUUGGAAUGUUCCCUUUAAUGUUGGAUGAAGCGGCUGCUGGUCUCUUAUCUCUAGUAACUGCUGAAAAGCAUUUUAACAGCUGCCAUUUUCAUUAAUGUAGGCCAAACUAAAUUUAGAAUAAAAAGAUGGAGUAGAUAAAAAUGUCCAAUUUGCCUCCAUUAACUAUGUUGCCCUAAAUUUGUCAAACUUAUUUUACAAUGUACUGCAAUUCAGUGUAUAACGCAUGUAGAUUACUAUGGGCCAUCUAAUGAUCACAUUAUAGUGUAUAUAUUAAAUAUAUAUGGAAUGAUCAUAUCAAAUAGUAGCAUUCUGUCUUUGUACUUGAAUUCUAGAUUACAUUUUCCUCUAGGGGCAAAUUAAUGGGGAUUCUCUGCACUAUUCAUAUUUACAUCCGGAAAUGGAUUCCUGCUUCCUGUUUGUGCAGUAAUAUGCUGUAAAUAUAAUGCACCAUGUCAGUAAUUCAUACAUUAUUUUACUUAUGUUGUUGGACAGGAAUAGGGAGAUAAUUUGCUGGUGCUAGUUUUUAAAUUAAUGAGCAAUGUAAUAUUUAUUAAGAGCAGAUAUAAAAAGAAGUAUAACGGAUUGUGCAUUUGUGUGUGGGUGCGCGUGUGUGUGAUCGUAUUUCUGUGUAUGCACACAGUGUCGGUAGGAAUAUGCUGAUUUUCCUGAAUGAUGAUGUGGUAUAAGUGUGUGUAUUUCUAAGUGUAUCUACAUGUGCAGCCUCAAUAUGUAUUUAUUCUUCUGUGUGUACAUUUAGAAAUACUGUACAUUUUCACAUCUCCAUGCCAAAUGAACAUAAUUUUAAAGGGAUAUUCUAAGUACCAAAACUACUUUUAGUGUAAUGAUGCAGUUUUGGUGUAUAGAUCAUGCCCUUGCAGUCUCACUGCUCAAUACUCUGCCAUUUAGGAGUUUGAUCACUUGUGUUACUGUUUAUGCAGCCAUAAGCACACCUACCCAUAAUGUGACCUAAAAGGCCUGCAUGACAAAAAAGGUUUAAUUUUCAAUCAGAUGUGACCGCACUAUAUGUUUACUUUAUAAGUCUUUAUCUCCUGCUCUGUAAAUCAAACUUAAAUUGCACACAAACUAUUCAAGGUGAGAAGACGCUGACGUGCAUUGGAAAGCAUUGAGAAAUGCUUUCCUAUGGACUUUUUCAAUGCGCGUGUGGCGAAUGACAACGGAAGAGAGAGUUCCCCAGUGCAGAGGGAGUGUUUAACCCCUUCCUCCCCCUUCAUCCCGGCGGGUGAGGGACCCUGAGGGUGGGGGGGGGACGGGGACCUAAAGACCCUAUAGUGCCAGGAAAACGAGUUUGUUUUGCUGGCACUAUAGUGGCCCUUUAAGUCGUAAAUGGCUUGAAUUGUUAGACCGCAGGGGCAUAAAUUAUACACCAUUAAGCUAAAGUUGUUCUGGCCCUUUGUUGUUUAAUCCCUGCGUAAUUCCAUCUGUUUUACUCCUCCUCUUGUACCGUUACCCCCAAAGGUUACCAUAUUUUAUUGGAGUCCAGUGGCUCUUCUACAAGACACCGUUAAUACAUGUCAUGCAUUGUGUGAACUGUGCACGUUGUAUCCAGGUGUGCACUGAGAAGUAAGCUAUGUGUGCAGCUGCUUAUCACACACACACACACACACACACACAUACACCCACACCCCUCCUAAUUCAUAAAAUCACAUGAAACCAUGCAACGCCUAACCCCAAUCUGGCUGGUUUAUUAGCUGCCAUGUGGCGUGCCUCCUAGAUCCCAUAAGGCUGGCCUUGAUCAUGUAUCGUGUAAAGGCACCUCAUGUGCCAUAUGCAGCUGAGCCCUGUUAUAGACCUUACCAAGGUAAAGCCACUUUAGUGUGAGGAAAUAUGCCCUGUCUCUUCAUGAUGUAGUUUUCAGAUGGUAAUGAGUUACAUUUAUCUUGCAAAUAAGUGUUGCUUUCUGUUCAGCAUAAUACAAUGUUUGAGUUCUAAAUUUGUCAGUCACAGAAUGUAUGGACUUUGGUAGUGCUGAUUGCUGAAUGUAAUGUAGGCACUGUGAGUUUCAUGUUAUUUGGGGUGCUUUGUGUAAGAUGUAGUUGGCAGUGGGCUGGCUGACUGUUGGUAACAGGGUUUUGUUGAUUGGUGUGUGCAUUACAUGCUCUGGUGACUGGUUUGAUGGUAUGAAGUGAUGGGUACUUGGCUAUACCUGUCAUACUUGAUAACUGAUGGGUUAGUGUUGUGACUUUUGUGUGAUGUGUAAGAAGACUGGGUGGGUUAGUGAUGCAAAGGUAAGCUAUAUGGAUUGGCUCCUAGAAUAAAGAGAAUUUGUCAAACUCUGGCCAUUCCUAUUACUGCAAUAGCCUGACAAAAUAAAAUCCAAUUAAAAAAAAAAAAUUCUUACAUUUUUCAUUUUGUGGAGAUCUACAUAACCAGCCAAUAGUAUUAUUUUUUAUUUUUUUUUAUCUAUCCUUCCAUAAUGGCAUUAUUUGUAGCUGUCUCUGAAGAUUGUUGUUUUUGUGUGUAAAUUUAACUUUUUUUUUCCCAGGGUAUUCUUCACCAUUGUUUUUUCCUCCUUUUAAUGUUGUCUAAUUUUGACUGUUAUUUGCAGACUGACUCUUCUGGUCAGAAUGCUGGGGAACAUGCGCAAGAACAAUCGUAAGUACCCGUUUUUGUUACUAAUGGUUCUAUAUCCAUCAUGUGCAUCACCCACAUGAAAUUAGAUUGUGACUGGACAAAGAUUUAUGGGAUUACAAAAAGAGCCAUAUAACAAAUUGAGUGGCUUUUGAUUUGGAGUUUCUUUUCCUUGUCAAGGAGAGGUAUGUCAGCUUUGUUUACCUGUGCAAAGUAUAAACCAAAAAAGAAGAUUCGGGAUGUGGCUAUGUCAAUCUACAGAAGAAAUAUAAAACAAAACAUAGUGUGGUAUUAUAUGCGCAACAAUCUUUUACACUCACAAGAUAUAGAUGAUAAAAGCGCUCUUAGGGUGCCUCCCCUGGAAUAAUGGGGGGCUAGUUGGUAUUGCUUGUCACCUCUGGAUCCUUGUUCCACCAAAAAGACAUCCACAGGUCAGGGUUCAGCAAUAAAAAUUUUUUUUAUUUAAAUAAAAGGUGUAGUCAUCAUAUUCAGCAUAGGAUAUAAAUAGCAUAAAAUAGUCCUACGCGUUUCGUUCAGCAAGAACUUCCUCAGGGACCACAAAUAAAAACAAUCAUGUAUCAAUAUACAAUACAUAAAUAAACAUCCUACAUAUCCUUAUUUAUGUAUUGUAUAUUGAUACAUGAUUGUUUUUAUUUGUGGUCCCUGAGGAAGUUCUUGCUAACAGCAGUUCCAGUUAGCCGAACAGGAACCAUACGAAAUCCUUCACGAACCAAACAGCCGAACGAGUAAAUCAUAUGAAUCCGAUACCCCCAAGUAAGAGACCAAGCUGCGUAUUGAGGGUUAAGCAGAGAUCUGGUUUAUUGAGGGCUACCUGCCCGGUAUUUAUGCAGGUCUCCCACCUGGUGGUCACUCCCCUAGGGGACCAGAUGGAAGACUGGGACAAUGUGGAUACAGUAGCCAAUCACAUUGGCACAAACAUAAACACUCUCCUUUGAUGUAGAUAAACCCUCCUCUCUAUCCUGGAGAUAACUGGGAAGUAAUCCAAUUAUCUCCAUGGAUAAACUCCAUUUUGUACCUGAACAUAAAAAUACAAUAAAAUCAAUAACUUUACAUUACACGAACAGAAUCCCCACAUUCAACGUAUCCCCAGAUAGCUGGGAUCUGUUCACACAUUAUUACCGAAUGCCGCUCAGAUCCUGUGUAUGGGGGCUGCUUGUGGAAUUGUGUGUGUGGAUGGAUAUGUCACAUUGUGUGUUUGGUAGUGUGUGUACGUGUGGGACUGUUUGGGGUAUUGCAUGUGGGGUUAUGUGCAUGUAUGUGGAUUGUUAGCGUGUUACGUUUGUGUGGAUUGUAUAUAUGUUUGUUUGUGGGCUGUUAGUAUUAUUUGUAUGAGGGGAGGGUUAUUGUGCAUUUCUGUGUAAAUCUAGCAGUGUGGGUGGCUUCCCUGGGUUUCAGUGGGGACCAAACUGGCCAGGUACAGGUCAAAGACAGGAGCUGCAACAGCAGCUGCAGGCUGCUCUACUACAUUCACAAGUGUUGGGAGGAAGUGAUCUGCAAUGCAUAAAUUGAGGAUUGUCCUUCACCACCUUUUCGUAUUAGCAGAUAUCUGAAGUUUCACUGGGACUCCUGAUAGGCCAGAGCCUGUUUGGCUGUAGCAGCCUUGAGUGCCGUGCAUGGCACUAGUGCCAUAGGUUGCCUACCUCUGCUCUACUGUAUGCCCAGAAUUGAUUGAUCUUUAUAUUUAUCACCAGGGCCGUCUUUAAUAUUGAUUGGACACUGGGCAAGCAUCUGUUUGGGCCCCCUGGGCAUGAAAUCACUCCCUCCACCCCAACCUAGAGGCGAAACUAAUAUAGAGAGUGCCUUGGUGCAACAAAAAAAAAUUCAGGCCUGCCCUGUAGCACAAGAGUAAAGAAAAGAUAGAUCCCCAUCUGCCAUACAACUCCUGCGAUGCUAUGCCAGCUGGGGAUCUACCAUCCUUGCAGGGUUGUAUUUUUGAGCAGUGUUUGUGCAAAUGAAUGUCAGCAUGUUAUUGUGUAGAGUGUAUGUGUGCAUGUAGGAGUGUAUUUGUAUGUACUGUUACCAUUGGAAUGCAGUGGUGUACUUGUGUGUAGUGUUUGCAUUUUAAUGCAGGGAUGUGUGAUUGCUUGUAGUGUUGGCUUUUAAAUGCAGGUGUACCUUUGUGUGUAGAGUCGGUGUUUGUAUAUAAUUUUAGCGUUUUAAUACAGGAAUGUGUUUGCAUGUAAUGUUUGUAUUUGCAUGCAGGGGGGUGUUUGGAUGUAGUGUUGGCUUUUAAAUACAUGUAUACAUUUGUGUGUAGUAUUAGUGUUUCAGCAAACUGGUGUGUUUGUAAUGUUUGUGUUUUCAGGGGUCUGUUUGCAUGUUGUGUGAUUUCUAUAACACAUAUACACAUACACAUUAACACGCAGAUACACACAUGCUCACACUGACACAUGCUCACACCUUGACACAUACUGGCACAUACACACACACACACACUCAGAUACACACCCUUUGACACACAGAUACAAGCACUUUGAUAUACACACACUGGCACAUACACACACACACUGACACAGGUAUAUACACACACACAUACAAGGUAUAAAUGCAGGGGUGUAUAUGUGUACAGUGCUAGAGAUGGAAUGUAGGAGUGUAUUUGUGUUGGCAUUAAAAUGCUGGGAUGUAUGCAUUACCACACACUCAGAUGCACACUUACACACACACCGGUGCACAUACAGGUGUAUGAGGUAUACAUACACACAGAAACACUGACACACAGACAAACACAGCCAGAUACACACAAGGACAUAAACACAGCCAGAUACACACAUAUAUAUGUGUACAUUUACAUAUUUUAAUCUCUGCCUUCUAGCAGCUCUUGGACAGCAACUCCCAGCAACCUUGGCCAAUAUAAUGUCUCAACUCUGUUCUUACAUACCCUGGUCCAGAAUUUGGCAAAAGUGACAUUUGAAAAUGGUGUACAGCCUUUGAUAACACUUGAUGCAAUAUGUUAAAAUAAAUACUUUUUAAAUUUAUAUUUAAUAGGGAACUGUCAGGUUCUUCUAGGAUUUUUAACAUGUACUUAUUCCCUGUGUGUUACAUUACAAACACCAACACACUUAAAUAAAAGUGAUAUCAGAAAUAAGCAAAACAAAAAACAAAACAUAUUUAGCCACCCUCCUGUCUCCUUACCUUUUGGGUACAGAAAGGUGGCUUCCCUGGGGUCCAGUGAGAGCUUGUUGGCCCAGGCUGAUGGGAGUCUGCCAUCAGCUUUCUCAGUCCCUCUCCCCAACAAUGCUUGCAUCCUCCUCCAUGUGGUGUGUGCCUCCUCCCCAGCUGCACUGAGGAGGAAGUGAUCAGUUCUUACUGGGAGGAAGCAAUCUGACCUCACUUCCUCCCAGCAUGCCCAGGAAACAAAGAGACUCACAGGGCAGUAUGUGAGGGGGCUAGCUGUGAGUAUGUAGUCAGCCACCCCCCAUAUAACAGGGGCCCGGGCCGGUCCAGAGCAGUAUUAAAGGGCUGUGGCCCCUGAUUACCUCAGGUGCCGCAGGGGGCCCAUGGGGCAGCUGCCUUAGGGCCCCCAGGAGUAACUGGGCCCGGGGCAGCUGCCCCUUUUGCCCCUCCUUAAAGACGGCCCUGUUUAUCACUGAAACUGCUAGCAAUUCUGUUAAAGUUGAAACUAUUUGUGGUGUGUUUUUUAAAAAGUAAAAAAAAUAUAUUUUUGAUGUGUACGAUGAGCAGUGUGCUUUAAGCGUUGAUAAUUGUCUCUAGACUUAUGGAGCUAGACUUAUUAAAGAGUAAUUUUGGGGGGGGAGGAGGAGGGUUUUGGGGAAAGUUUCCAGAUAGCAUUAAUAUUUUCAUGAACCCUCCUCUGUUUGUCACACCCUGAAAUUAAUAUAGCUUCAUGCUUUGGAUUUAUAACGAGUAAUGACAGAAUGGAAGUUUAUUUUUAAUAAAUUGAUGUUUUCCCCUAAUUGGUAACAUUUUUGCUGCCAUGGCAAUAUGAGCAUCUCAUUACUGCACAAGUGCUUGCAAUUUCCUCACUCCAGUUGUAUGCUAAGUCUCAAUCUCCUUACUGGCUGGAUUUAAUGAAAAACCUGUGGCUGUUUGCAUGAAUGUUGACAUGCCGCCUUCAUGUUUAUAAUAUCAUUGAGAAAAUUGCACUGAACUAGAAAUCAUAAAGCUGUGCUGUACAGAGGAUUGGCUACCCCAGAGGAGGGUAUAAUGCCAGCGUUAGCACAAUGCUACCAUUUCUGGCAUUCCAAAUCUAUCUGCACAAUAUUAAUUUUACCGGGGUCACAUGAGGCUGAAAACCUUGUUUAUAUCCAAGAGUUGGGCAAUGUUAUAUAACUAAAAAUGUUCUGCUUAAGACAUAACAUUGUAAUUUCAUGGUCUGUUUCCAUCUGCCUAUUUCAAACUACUUGGAACAUAGAGCCUGAAGUUAAAUAUGGCUAUCUCAAAACUAAUUUCUUAGUGUUCUGUCCAAAAAAGAGAACGUUUUGGUUGUAUAAGGUAGGGUUCACAUUCUCCAGAUUUUUCUUUUUUCUUUUCUUUUUUUUUUUUUUUGCGCCCCAAAUGCUGUGAUGGUAGUGGUCAAGAUCAAAAUGUUUCAAAACCUGGCCAUACGUAAAAUACUUUGGAUUUACAAGUCAACAGACGUGACCGUUUUUUUUUCUUUUCUUUUUUUUUCAUCCAGUUAAGACUUGUAUGCAUUUUACCAGGUUUGUUCUAAUAUAGCUGGUUAUAAGAAUUUAGUAACUUUUCAGUUUAAAAGCAAAACCUAUAUAAUGGAGAUAUAUAUAUAUAUAUAUAUAUAUAUAUAUAUAUUUAUGUGUAUGUAUGUUUAUAGUAUAUAGAGGGUUACCGUUUCAUCUUAAUUAACAUUUUGUUUAAAGAGACUUAACAGAACACUAUAGUGUUGUGAUACAAACAUGUAUUCCAGACACUAUAGUCCUUGUAUGACUGCUUAGGGCCCUGGCCUCUCUGAGAUUGCGUUAAACAGUUAUAUUUACUCCCUUUUUCUCCCACACGGCGACAGUCUUGUUGCGGCUGGCUCCACCUCCAUGGCUGAGAUAAAAAAACUUGAUUAUCUCAGUCAAUCCAAUGCUUGCCCAUAGGAAAACAUUGGAAGGGUAUCGUACAUGCAUGGCAAAACACUGCGCUGUGGCGAUUAGCAUCUCCUCCUAGACAUGCAAUGGAUCAGUGUGUCUGUAUGGGGAAUGUUCAGCGCCUCCAUGUAGAGAGUAGUGACUCUGAGUGCUAGUGCUGUACAGCACUGGACUAGAAAGCAUUUCUAGUACCUGUCUGAGUGACUGCCAUUAGAGGUGUUACUAGGCUCCAAUGUAAAAUGCUUUCUCUGAAAAGGCAAUGUUUACACUGAAAAACCUGCAGAGACAUGCUAUAGACAGCAUGUAGAAUAUUGCAUAUUCUAUGUUUCUAUUAGGAUAAUUUAUAUCAAUUAUUAAGUCAUCACGAUGAUAAUAAGUUUAAAUUAUUCUUUCCAAGUUCUUUUAAAGUAAACCUUUCUCCUAUUGAAUGAAAAGUUUGUUACUAUGAUGAUGAUGUGUAUGGAUGUCUGGAUUGACAUAAGUAACAGAUGGUAUCAAUAAGUCACAAGGCUUUCUUUGUCUGAGAAGUCUGGAAUAUGGAUUGGGUGUCUUGUCCUUAUAUGGCUAGGGAUAUAUUUUGACGUCAUUAUGGUCAUAUCUAUAUAGAUUAGUGAACAAAGGACCACGAGGUCUUGGUCUUGCUGGCUGUUGCUUGCUGCACGAGGUGGUUGUCCUCGUCCGGCUGUCUAACUAUAUAGAGACUAACUUUCACUUCAGGAGUCCAGCAAUUACCAUCUGCUGGUGAACAUCCAUGAUCAUGUAACAUCCUUUGUUGUUUUAUGUAUCAGUAACUAUGAAUAAACCUGAAGAAACCGUAAGUCAGAUUGCGUAUUUGUACUUUUCAUUAAUAUGUACGUAUAUUAAUGUCGUGAGCCUUUGAACCAAGACUAUAUAUACAAAAUACGUAUAUAUCAAUCAACUGGAAAAAGACACAGAAGAAACGGAAAGUUUUACACACCAGAAUCACCACAUUAAGCAGUAGUGGUUCUGGUGACUAUAACGCCCCUUAUUAAAUGAAUUCUAACGCUAUAUUGUAUAUAAUAUCAUGAAUUGUUCUUGGAGUUACCCUCUGACCGCAACAUACUAGAACCAUCAGUGUAUGUGUGCGCGCGUGUGUGUGUGUGUGUGUGUGUGUGUGUAUAUGUAUAUGUAUAUGUAUAUGUAUAUAUAUAUAUAUAUAUAUAGUGUGUAUGUGUGUGUGUGUAUAUAUAAAUUUUUUUUUAGAGGUACACUGUUCUGGUGCCCCGGUAGUCCCCGAUGUAAAGUGUCAAACCGUCUUAUUAUGGUUUGACUUGUAAUAUGGGGUCCUCAGUUGGCGUUAUAUUGCUUGGCGUGCUUUAAGUCUGAAAAUGUAGAAAGUAUUCUUGUGCAGAUGUAGUUCGACUUCUAUAGAUAAGUCAGCUAAUUGAGGUCGAGAAGGAAGUAAAGGAUAAUUCAGUUUUGCUGAGAGUUGUAGGAGGUUGUGUAUAUAUAAUUUUUUCAGUUCCACUUUAUAAUGUAUAUUUCAAAAAGUUCCCUGAAACUGACAGAUCUGUUGUGGAUCUGGUGGCCACAAAGUGCAGUGGAGGUAAGUUUUACAUAUCUCAAGCUAUCCCUUGCGACUCCACCAUCUUCUGCUGCCCUCUUUGGCUCUUGGCACUUCAUUUGUCAGGAGGUGCGUCAUGCAGGAGACUACUUCGCUGAAGAUUAUGGAGGAUCCAGCCAGAGCCCUGGAACCUCUGUAGAUCAAUGUCUAAAUCCCUCAGCCGUCAAUUAGGACGGCUUCUGGGUUUGGACAAAGGUUGACGGCGAAGUUACACUUUUUGAUAGAAUAAAGCUAACUCAACACAUUUAUUGCAUUACAUUCAGAAUUAUAUUAUCAUUUUAAUGAUAUAUCAUUUUAUGGUAUUAUUCUGAUGCAUAGAAGACUAUUAUGCACCAUCAAAAUUUAGAAAUACAAAUCUUCCAAAAGGUUUUCACAAUUUUAGCCACUAGUGUAUAAUCCAAUGUAUACUGACUCAACAGCCCUUGUUGAGGUCUUAUUAAACUUGUACAUCUCAUAUACAUUAUCGCUUCUGUUAAGUCACCAAUUCAUUCUGUGAUGCGUCUGAGCACCAUAACUACUGCAAUGUAUUGUUUGUGGUUCAAGGAAUCUGUGGGUAUAGUUAAGUCCGUCAAGUGUUUUAUGUGGUUUUACAAAAGUAAUUUCCCAGCACUCCAUGCAUUUCCCUUUACAUUUAAUAUCAUAUUUCUUCUUCCAACUUUUUAUCGCACACCACAACAAUGAAGGCUUCCAUUGUCAAUUUUUGUCAAAUGAGCUCAGCUAAGUUGCUCAUACAUGAAAUGCUUUUUUAUGCACUCCCCCAACUUCCUACAAAGCAUCUGGCACUUUAAUCUAUCAUUAGCACUGCAAAUGUUUGUUACCUACAUAUCACCAUGAUGCUCAGCAAGUGGAUUCUGGGAAAUAUGGUUAACAAACAUCUGUAGUGCCAAACGGCUGUAUCUCUGUGGUGCAUUGUAUCUGAAGUUGAACAUUACUAUGUUUUUAAGAAAGCUAUGCAAUGAUUUUUUUUUCUCACAGGCUGAAGAAUAAAACAAAACAAAACUUCUUUACAGUUUCGUAUAUCCUAAAGAUGUGUUUUUUGUUGUUGUUUUUUUUGCUUAGGGAUGUUAAAGUUUGGUAUUUAAAUGGGUAAGACUGUCCAGCUUCUUACUGUCUGAUUCAGAGUGUUUGGUUGUCAAAACUCAAGAGCUAUUUUUAUAAAUCUACAUGAGAAUUAUGCUGCUGUCUGCUUUAUUCUACAAAGCCUUACUUCUGAAACGAAGUGAACUGUUUACAAAUAAAGAGCCCCACUCAUGUGGGCCAACCUCCCCAGAAGUUAUCAGCGAAGUAAAAUCAAUUGACAGACUGUUGGCCGUCGCUCACCUAUAUAUAAUUUCCUAGUGAUACAAGUGUAUUCAUUCCAUGACAAAUCUAUACAAAAUAAAGACACAUUAAUACAUAUUUGCUGUAACAAGCUGACAUGCAGUAUCUAUUUGUGUGGAAUUUCGGAAUGAUCCAAGAGUCUUGUGAAAGUGGUGAGGGUUAUGUACACACUUUUUAGAGUCAAAUCUGUAAUCUGUCCUCACCAAGUCCUGAUAUCCAGGGUAAAUUAUUUACAACUCUUGAAUCACUUCACAGUUAGCAGACGUACCCCAGAGAGUGCAAAGAACUAUGUGUACUUGUAAAUAAUACUGGGAAAAUGUUCUAUUACAUUAGUUAGAACAUUUCUACCAAUCCUCCUAGUUUAGGAUGGGGUAAUUUUUUUUUUUUUUUUUUAUAUUCACUCCAUGUGACUUCUUAGAAUGAAAACAAUACACAUAAGUCUUUUAAAAUAUGUAACAUAGCAAUAUAAAUUCUAUUAUUCAUGUUUUGUAAAAUUUCUAUAAAUCGAUGUUUACUAGUCGUCUUCUUUAUGAUGUCCUCUAUACUAAUUCUAUACCAUUUCUAGUUCUUUCACAUGUGUUUUUUUAGUAAUUUAAAGUUAAAAAUUAAACGUUAAUAGGCAAUAUUGGUUGAUUUUAUUUUUAUUUUUUCUUUCUCCAUUUCUUCCCCAUUUUUUUUUUCUUUUUGCAUUAUUUUUUUGCCACAGGUUUAACUACAUGCAGGCCUUAUAAAAAAAAAUUAAAAAAAAAAAAAACCCAAACAAUCAAAACAAAUGUGUUUUCUGCUCUGUUCAACAUUUUUAGGGUUAUUUACUAAACUUAGGAUUCAAAGUGUUUGUUCAAAUUUAAGGCCAGAUUCGCCAAACUGAAAGCAUAGCUGACUUUGCAUUAUUUUUUAAAUGUAACUAUUUUAAUGUUUAAAUUUGAAAUUCACUUUAAAUUCUCACAUUAGUGAUUUACGCUGUAUAUCAAUGUAUGUUUCUGUAUAGACUGCACUGUUAGAGAGAUCCAUCCAACUCAUAAAACGUAUCUACAUGUCUUAGCAGGACUGACCCAACCCUUACAAUUUGUAGUGAGCUAGAUUCUUUAGAGUUCCCAAAACAUAUAAACGCUGCUAUAAUUAAGCAUGCUAAUGGGAGCAUUUUACUUUUGAGCUUAUGCAACACUUGACAUUAUAUAGCUACAAUCCUGUGAUUAAAGAGAUUUCGUUAUGUAAAUUGUCAUAAAGAAAUUGUCAGUUUAUCAUGCCUCAAAAUGAAUGUAGGUUUAAGGCUGCAUGUCAAGCUCUUAGAGGGUGCAAUAUUUCUAAUGUAUUAUUUUUAUUUUUACUGCUAUUUUAAUUCUGAUUAUUAUAGCAUGUAUAGAAACAACUUUGUGUUGGCAUUUUACAAACUUGAUUAAACCUUCUGCAUUCCAGAUUGUUGCAUAAGUAAAUGUGGGUGUGUGUGUUUAUGCAUGUUUCCAUGUUUGACAGUGUUGUUAUGAAUCAUAAUGUGCGAGUACAUUUUCUCUCUAAACAUUCAGAGGAAAUAAAUGCACUUAUCACAUUGAGAUUUACAGUGUCUUCAAUGAGCCAAAGAUAUAGAAGUAUCCUUAUUAUAUUUACUUAUCCUUGUUAACUAGUGUCUUGGCUGACUUCAUGAUGUUGGCUUUUUUGUUUUUCCUCUAAAUUAAAAGUUUUAUUUGCUGAUUGUGUUCUUGUUGGGCCUUCAUAAAUUCCUAUAGAAUAUAGCUUUGCUUCUACCUUUAUGAUGGAAACAGAUAUUUUUUUUUAUCCUUAAUCAACUUUUAAUGUGGGUUUUACAUAUGUUUGGAAUAUGUGAACAUGGGCAUUUUUUGUUCAUUACUUUGCCUGUAUUUAGUUUUCCAGCAUUCUUUACAUGACCUGUGUCUUCUUUCAUAUGCCUCUUGACCUUCAAUAACUUAACUGCUUUGGGUGUAAUAUUUACUUGAUCUGCUUUUGGUACUAAAGAGACUUCCUCCCACUCAACAACCAUCACCACCACCACCUAUAUUGCUGCUUUUUGCACAGAACAAAUGAAAGUGCUGUCUGUCAUAUAUGUCAAGAAUACGUAAAAUCAUGUUAACUAACACCCCCCCAAACUCUUGAAAUUAAAGCAAAAUCCAAGCAUUUUAUUAUUCUGUGUAUUUUCUGUACUGAUAUGGACUUCAAAGCUCUCCUUGCAGAUUGAACUUGCUGAGACUCUGAUUUCACGUAUCGAUCAGACCGUUAUGUUAAAUCAUUUGAAAAUUGAAUUGUCUGAAUGUCAUUAACUCCUGUUGCGUUACUAGGCAUAGAUUGCCCAAAGCUGAGUAGGGCACUGUCCAAUUAACUGUGAAUUAUCCUCUUAUGGCAUUGAUCAGAUUUUGCUGUGCUUCUAAUUGUUGCAGCUAAUGUUUGGCCGAGAGACCGCAUGAUGUCCUAAUAUAAUAAAGUGAUGUUAGUAACUUUGUAGGGAAACAUGGUCUGCAGUGUUUAUAAUUGCCCUCAGAGCACUUCUCAAGUUUAAAGAGGGUUUACCUAAUUUCUAUGUGAUGGUUAGCAAUGUGAUAAUCCCAGUAGACCAUUUAAUGUGAAAUAAUGACGAGAAUACAUACAUAUAUUGUCUUCAAAGUCCAGUCAACUUGAGAUGGUAUCAUAUUUGUUUCAGUAGAGAAUGUAGUAAAAGUGCAAAAAAUGUCUGCAAGGACUAAACCAGUAUAAUUUUCUAUAUUUCACUUGAAGCAGGAAGAAAUUGAGUCUCUUAGCUGAUCCUAACUUAAUCAUGUGCAAGACCAUUAAAUUCAGUCUGACAUUUGUUAUAUUGAGUUCUAAACUGGAGCCUGUUCAGUUCCCUCGCACACUGCUUAAUGAAGCUAGAAGUGGGAAUAUGAUGUCACUCUGGCUCCCGGCAUCACUUUGUGGUGCGCGAGGGAGCGGAGCAGUAAAAUUAGAGCUCACUCGCCGCCUACUCAGCCUGUCCGCCCCCCGCCUGCCUGUCCAGCAGCCCCACUGGACCGUAGGUAAGUAAUCCACUCCAGCUCUCCCAGGGAGGCUGGGUGGAUAUAAAAAAAAAAAAAAGUACGUGUGUUUGUGUGUGUCUGUGUGUCUGUGUGUGUGUGUGUGUCGGUCGGUGUGUGUGUGUCGGUCGGUGUGUCGGUCGGUGUGUAAGUAAUCCACUCCAGCUCUCCCAGGGAGGCUGGGUGGAUAUAAAAAAGGAAAUCACACGUGUGUUUGUGUGUGUGUGUGUGUGUGUGUGUGUGUGUGUGAUUGUGUGUAUGUGUUGAUUGUGUAAGUAAUCCACUCCAGCUCUCCCAGGGAGGCUGGGUGGAUAUAAAAAGUGCGUGUGUGUGUGUGUGUGGAGUGGGGUGUGUUGGGUGGUGGUAGUAAUCCACUCCAGCUCUCCCAGGCUGGGUGGAUAUAAAAAGGAAAUCACUGUGUGUUUGUGUGUGUGUGUGUAUGUGGGUGGGGUGUGUAAAUCCCUCCAGCUCUCCCAGGGAGGCUGGGGUGGAUAUAAAAAAGUGUGUGUGUGUGUGUGUGUGUCUGUGUGUGUGUGUGGGUGGGGUGUGUGUGUGUGGGUGAUUGGUAGUAAGUAAUCCACUCAGCUCUCCCAGGGAGGCCAGAUUGAAUAUAAAAAGAGUCUCGUGUGUUUGUCUGUGUCUGUGUGUUGUGUGUGGGUGGGUGUGUGUGUGUGUGUGUGUGUGUGUGUGGGUCGGUGUGUGGUAAUCCCUCCAGCUCUCCAGGGAGCUGGGUGGAUGGGUGUGUGUGUGUCGGUCGGUGUGUGUGUGUGUCGGUCGGUGUGUGUGUGUCGGGGUCCCGUGUUGUGUGUGUCGGUCGGUGUGUGUGUGUGUGUGUGUGGGUCGGUUAUGUGUGUGUCGGUUCGGUUGUGUGUGUGUGUCGGGUAUGUAUGUGUGUGUCGGUUAUGUAUGUGUGUGUGUGUCGGUCGGGUGUGUGUGUGUGUGUCGGUCGGGGUGUGUGUCGGUCGGGGUGUGUGUGUGUGUGUGUGUCGGUCGGGGUGUGUGUGUGUGUCGGUCGGUUUGUGUGUGUGUGUGUGUGGGUCGGUGCGGGUGCGCGUGUGUGUGGGGGGGUCGGCCUGUGAGUGAAUGUGUGUGUCUAUGAGUGAGCGUCUGUCAGUCAAAGUGCGGCCUUGACAGGAAGGGGUGGGGAAAAUUUUAAUUGGGGGGAGUGCCCGAGCACCGUCCUACCUAGGGCAGCACAAAUCCAAAAUACACUACUGGUGGAGACAGUGAAUGUCAGUGCUACACACUGUACAGCACUGCCCCAGGAACCACCUCUAGUAGCCAAACGAGGAGUGGCCAGUGGAGGUGUUCCUAGGCUGUAAUGUAAACACUGCAUUUUCUCUGAAAAGACAGUGUUUACAGCAAAAAGCCUGAAGGUAAUGAUUCUACUCACCAGAACAAAUACAAUAAGCUGUUGUUGUUGUGGUGACUAUAGUGCCCCUUUUACUUGAGUAAGAUGCAUGUUGUGAUGCUAUUUGGUUUUCAUUUCUGAAAUGACUGUUUCUCUUCUUUUAUGUCAGGAUGGUUUAUUCAGAACUUUAUUGUAAAUGUGGUUCCCCAGUCCUGAAAAUCCAUGAUGGAUUUUUAUUUUAUUUUUGUGUGGGGUCCUAAACCUACAUAAGGAUGCAUUUGUAAAUGUCAUUUAUUCUGUUUUUCUGCUCACAUCUGUAUCAGUUUAUAUAGAUGAAAAACAGUGUCUUUUAACCCCUGUGUGAAGGUUCAGAAAUGGCUUCCCAUGUUACUGUAGUGGUUCACUGCUAUUAGGAACAGGCUCAUCAUACUACUUAGUAGGGAUUUUCUGAUACAGUUUUUCCAGAGCUAAUGCCGAUACAGAUUAUCGGCUGCUUUUCAGGCCGAUUUGCUAAUGACCAGUGCCGAUAUUCUGUACACUUAAAGUUUUGAAAAAGCAAUACAGUUUCUACACAAAUCUGGCUUUAACUGAACUUGCUGUCAGUAAUCACACUCCUAUCACUCUCGGAUAUGAUGAGAUCCCAGCAUGUACAAUGCUGUUACUGUCUGAUUUAUUCGGCAGAAAGCAUGCAGGUACUCGCAGGUAGGGGUGAUGUGAGGUCGAGAUGUUGUGCCUGAUUGGUUGGCGGCUGGAGUUUACGCGUGCGGAAGUGUGGUGACAGGUAAGCACAUUAUCAAGUAAAUUACAGGUACCAGAUUUAUCAGAAAGAUGCUGAAUAUCAUCUCUAAUUACCAGUGGAUGUGAUAAUUGGUGGAUGCCUACUAUGCCGGCCAUAGUUAUCUGCACACAACAAAUGGAUUGCUAUAGUAUAUUUUACUUUCGGGACUGCAACAGAGAACACUUUCAUAUAAGAGUAUUGUCAAGGUGCACAGUAAACUGGAGUGAAUUGAAAACAAGCCAAAAUGUGACUCUAGCUGUGAUUUUUUUUUUUUUUUUUAUUUUAAAUCCACUGUUUAGUAAGUAACAACUCGGGGCGACCUGUAUUGAUCGGAUUUGCAUGUGAAGAGUGAUCUGUCUUCUAUGUGUCUAAUUGGCCACAGAUGUCACACAACUAAUUACCGUAUAUACUAGUAUAAGCUGAGGCACCUAAUUUUACCACUAAAAACUGGGAUAACUUAUUGACUCGAGUAUAAGCCUAUGGUGGGAAAUGCUGGGUCCAGAUAGGGGUUAAUAAGAAAAUAAAAAAUAAAAUAUAGCAGACUGAGUACUGUAAAUAAACAUAAUGUAUAUCCACGACCAGAGAUAAGCUAAGCUUCAUGGUUACCGUAGGAAAUGUGAUGUUAGAAUCAAGAUUGCAUAAAAUAAUGGAUAUAUUUUUGCAGAGGAUGGCCAACUAAGUAUGUAUGCUAAAAGUAUACUUAAAAUUGAGACUCAAUAUUAAGGACAUUAAACAAAUAUUUUAGGUUGGGGAAAAAAUGUGUGAAAACAUCACAAUUGGCUUAGUCCGUAAUCCAGGUACCAUUUUGGGUAUUUAGAUUUACGCAAUGCCACUCUGCCUUAGAACAGCUAGGUAGAAUUGAGCAGACACCUGGAUGUUCAGGUCCGGCGGGUUCGGACGAAAUUUGAACUUGAACCCGAACUCCAUUGAAGUCAAUGGGGACCUGAAUUUUUGGCCACAAAAAUGCCUCUAAAGUCCUGGAAAGGGCUAGAGGGCUGCAAAAGGAAGUAAAAUGGGGGUAAGAGUAGGACAAGUGCCCUGCAAACAAACGUGGAUAGGGAAAUCACUUAAAAGAACAUAAUUAAAAAUACAGCUGAGCCAUAAAAUAGCACUAGAUGGAAUCUUUGAUUUUUAGCUUUGGAAGAACAUAAAUCAAAAUCUAAAGCAUGGCUGUCAGGAGGAUCACCAGAAUUAUCCAUUUGAGAGAGGGUUGAAGUGCAGGGUAUUCUCUUUCAUUGUUCAAACUGAGUUCAACUCCUGAUGCAUGGAGAAAAGGCCUUCACAAGCCUCUGCUAUUGUGUACAUAGUUUAUACUAAGUGACCCAUAGGUUGAGGAGGAGGUAGCCAACACUGUUUUUUUAUUUGUUUUUUUUAUUUUUUAUUGGGGUAGCCCCCAAAAUAUCGGGACAUAUAAAAAAAAAGAAACAUUGCGGCCUGCAGUACAUUUCUUGCAGCCCUGAUGCAUGGAGAAAUGCUCAACUCCUGAUGCCUCUGCUAUUGUGUACAUAGUUUAUACUAAGUGACCCAUAGUUUGAGGCGGCGGUAACCGUGGAGGAGGUGGUAGCCAACACUGUUUUAUUUAUUUAUAUAUAUUUUUUUUUAAUUGGGGUAGCCCUCAAAAUAUUGGGACAUACAAAAACAAAAAAACCUCUGUUCCGCAGAGCGACUGACCCUUGCGUGCUGCAGCUGAAACUCCACUAUCGCCUGCUGCUGCUCGCACAGUCUCAUGAGGCGGUGAGUGGGAAUGCCGAAGUUACGCUGCAGUGCAGACAGGCGAGCAGCAGCAGGAGAUGAGGAGGAAGUGCGCAAGGAGGUGUAACGGCGCCUGGCAUAUUAUCGAGAGCCAUCCUCAGAGGAGAUCGUCAGCAGGACCUUUUUGGAGGUGCAAGCCUAUGUCCUUGGCAAUAAACAGAGGGCGACCUCCUUGAAUCCAGAUGAAGGGAGCAGAGGGUGCCGGAAAGCACACCACCCUGGCCCACAAGCUACCAUACAUGCCUUCAAAGACUUUAAGAAAGCAGAAGAAGGCAUCGAUGACUUUUUACAAGACUUUGAGCGCCAGUGCCUACUCCAAGACGUGGACUCCAGCGACUGGGUUACCAUCCUGGCCAGCAAACUAGUAGGGAAGGCAGCGGAUAUUUACUGGGCUGUACCAGAAGAGCAGAUCCGAGACUAUCCCUUUAUUACCCAAAUCCUCCUGGCCCGAUAUGCGGCCACCCCCGAGCAAUACCACCGAAAGUUUAGGGAGACCCAGAAAGGGGAGAAGGACUCCCAUGCGGAGUGGGCAUGCUGCAUCACAAGGGCCACCCAGAACUGGCUCAACUACCGCCAAGCCAAGUUCCCGGAGGAGAUCACCCAGCUCGUCAUGCUAGAGCACUUUUUCAAUGGGCUCCCCAAUGACAAGGUGACGACGCAUUCGUAUGUCAUCCAUAUCAACUUCCGAUGCCAUUUACUGCGCCUACCAUGGUGACCACGGGUAAUGGAGAAUCAGGGCCCGAUUCCUGAGAGGGUGCCUGAGAAACGUCUACCUCAUUCAAGCAAGGCAGAAGGCGGGCAAAUGACCCACUCCCGACGCGGGAAGUUAGUGACGACAAAUAACAACACAGGACUCUUUCGAGGCCCUGUAAUUGUAAUAAGUCCACUUGAAAUCCUUUAACUCUGAUCAAUUGGAGGGCAAGUCCGGUGCAGAGCGACUGACCCGUGCGUGGUGCAGCUGAAACUCCACUAUCUCCUGCUCGCACAGUCUCUCCAGCAUGUGCAAGGUGGAGUUCCACCUUGUCGGCACGUCGCAUAUGAGGCGGUGAGCGGGAAGGCCAAAGUUAUGCUGCAGCACAGACAGGCGAGCAGCAGGGUGAGAACACCAAACGCACGCACAGCCGCUACAAUGAAUGUCACAUCCUGUUCCAAGUUGCGGAUCAGUCUGGUGAUGGCUUCUGGUAUCCAGUACUCUUUUUACUGAAGCUGCAUCAGGGUCCUGGUCCUCCACAUCAUCUUCCACCUCACUCCUCAACCCUGCCCUUCUUGCCGGUCUGCACACUGCAGAAAGCCACAGCAGUUGGCACCUGUGUUUUUCCAGCAUGUAUAGUCUGCAAAGGACAUAAGGAAAUUUUUUAGAAUUGUAUCCAGGCAACAGUUUAACUUAUAAACUGACCUCUCAGUUUGACUUGUGAGGGUAUUGUUCCCGAAUUACAAUAUUGUUAUAUUUGUAUUUGAUGGUUCUAUUUGACUCUGAGAUAUGAAUUGCACUGCAGGCCACAAAUGUACUAUUUAGCAGCCCAAAAAUGUUAAUGUUUAAAAAUGUCACAGCACUAUUUGAUGGUUCUAUUUGACUCUCAGAUAUGAAGAGCAUGCCCUAAAUUUACUAUUUAAGAAUGUUUACAACUGCGCUGUAAGCGCACUAUUUGACGCUUCUAUUUGACUCUCAGAUAUGAAGAGCACCCCACUAAUGUACUUUUUAGCACCCAAAAUAUUUUACGUUUUAAAACUGCAAUGUGACAGCAAUAUUUGACGCUUCUAUUUGACUCCCAGAAAUGAAGUGCACCCCACUAAUGUACUAUUUAGCAAAUUGGCACCCAGAAAAUAAGAAUGUUUACAACUGCGCUGUAACCGCACUAUUUGACGCUUCUAUUUGACUCUCCGAUAUGAAGAGCAUGCCCAAAAUGUACUAUUUAGCAGAUACUCUACUGCUAGGCAUAACCCUAACAUAAAGCCCCCCCGUUUGUUCUCCUCACCUCCCCUUCCCUGUGUAGUGUGGCCGAGCUCUUCUUCUCUGGUCCGCGGUACAGGAGUUUCUGUUUCCUGUACCUGGCCGGACUGAUAGGAAGUGCAUUCCGGAGAGGAGCUUGGCCACGCUACACAGGGAAGGGGAGGUGAGGAGAGAGGCAGUACUGCAGCCGCCUGAUGCUCUCUAUAGAGCGCUCAGGCGACUGCAGAAUUAGAAGGGCCGACCCUGUAAGUGGGACUCUCACUCGAGUACAAGCCGAGGGGGGCUUUUUCAGCAUAAAAAAUGUGCUGAAAAAGUCUGUUUAUACUAGAGUAUAUACGGUAAUAUAAUUAUUUUACUCACGUCCUUAAACUGCUUAUUUAUGCAUCAUAAGUAAAGAAUCCUUUUAGUAAAAAAAUAAAUAAAAUACAUAUAUAAAUAUAAUCUUUGGUUAGUCAGAUUUUUACUCUGGUAAAUCAAUAUAUUGUUGGUUUUCUCUACCUUUAAGAUUUAAAUGAAGUGUGUUGGAAUGUUCUAAAGGGGUUAAAAUACUGCUUUAGGCAAUUACUAUCCUGCCUAGUUUUAAGUUUCCUUGUGUAAAACACUUGAGCAUUAGGACAUAGUUGUAAAGUAUUUAGAGCUGAAAAACAUUUCAAUAUUUUCUGCUUACUGCUAAAAUAUCAAGCCUUCUAAGGAAAGCUUAUCUGUCCAAUAAAAUGACCACAAAAAUGUUUACUGGCUUUAAAGGUUAAUUUUUUUGUUAAAUUUUUUUUUUUUUUUUUUUAAAUCUGUAUCCAUUUGUGGGCUAUUAACAUUUCUAUUAUACAUAUAUGAGAAGUGUUACAGGGGAACAAAUAUAUUUUUCUUUUACAAAAAGGUUUUCUUUGUCUAAGAUAUUUGAAUAUCGUUUAAUAUCCCUGAAAGCACUCAGACAUUACUCCAAAACAUUUACUAUGGCUAGGUUUGUUUCCUCUUUCAUAGGAAUGCUUAUGAUAAAUGAUACCGUAGGGCUCUAAUAAAUUUCUGGCCUAAAGGAUGCCUUUAUACAUGCUCCCAGAAUUUAAAGUGACAGUCCAAGCAUAAAUAAAAAACAUGUGCAUAGUUGUUGUCUUUUCAGUUUGUGUGUAAAAACAAUUUCAUUCUUGUACUGGGAGGAAGGUAAAAAGAAGUCCUACAUAGGUAUAUUUGACUUUGGUAAGUUAGUAAGCGCUCUCUAGAAGAUGGCGCAUAGUGUACUCUGAGCCUAACUACAGGAGUGUGUGUAAAAUAAUUUAAAAAGAAUUACAUCGAAACUAAGCCCUCCCCUCAGAGCUAUCAAUCAGGCAGACCUGAAUUCUCCGUUCUUGUUUACCUUCGUGUAUGAGUCGUCUGCAUACAACACACAAAGUUUGGACUGAGCUCUCUCAAGAGAACUGAACAGUGGACCAAGCUUUGUAUAAACUGGUAGCUGUCACGUGUGUAUAGUUUGAAGACUGGACUAUUAUGAUAGCAGACUAAACUGUAAGUAAAUUAAGUGGUUUAAACUGCUCAUUUGUAACACUUCUAAAAUAAAGUUUGCCCUUAAUAUUAUCACACUGGCAUGCUUUUCAGGCUGUUGCUACAAAUCCAUCUUCAAAUAAUCAGAGGAUGAAUUUUACUCUCUAAAUAAAACCUCAGCAAAAUUAAACAAAUUUAAAUACAAUCAUUUUUGUGAAGGUGGACUUGCCGUGAAAGUGCCUGAAACAUUUUAGAAGUCCUAUAACUAUCCCGAGCUUGCCGUGCUUACAUGCCUGGCAUAUUUGCCAAGCUAUGGAUACAUCAUAGUCUAUACCUGUAUUUUCUCCUGCCUUUUGUGAAUCCUAUAUGUUGCAACAUGCAUAUAUUUCUAUGUGCUCUUUGCAUACGUUAUUUUCAUAAAUAUGCACAGAAUUAACAUUAGCCAGCUCUGAACUCUUGCUAAUAAUGCUGCUGGGGUUGUAACUCCACCUCUGGCACCAUAUUUAAUAUGCCAAUAAAGGGUUUCUUAAACCCCUUUUGUUUUCAUUUAGGAUAAAACCCUAUUGGCAUUAUUUUUUUAGGCCCAACUCCAAAAGAAACUGUCAAAAAUAAGGUGCUCGGUGCUCCCCUGUCUGAUAAACUGCUCUUUCAUCUGGUGCUGUCCCUGCUCCCCUUAAGUAUGCCACUGUCGUACCUAUCCCCCAAAAAAGCCUUCCCUAUAACCGUACAACUAUCGUCCCAUAACCCUGCUUCCUUUUUCCUUAAAACUUCUAGAAAGACUUGUCUUUACUCGUAUGACUUACUUCUUAAGUUCAAACUCCCUCCAUGAUCCUCUCCCAUCUGGCUUUCGUCCCCUCCACUCUACUCAGACUGUGCUUAUUAAAGCUACAAAUGACCUAAUCACAGCUAAAUCCAAAGGCCACUACUCCAUACUAAUUGUUUUUGGCCUCCCUGCUGCCUUUGACACUGUUGGUCAUGUCCCCAUCCUCCAAACUCUUUUUAAUCCCUCGGCCUCUGUGACACUGUCCUAUCUCUCUGAACGUUCGUUAAGUGUCUCCUUUUGCAAUGACACCUCCUCCUCUCGCCCUCUCUCGGUUAGAGUCCCCCAAGGAUCUGUUCUUGGUCACCUUCUGUUCUCUUUUUAUACUGCCUCUCUUGGCAAACUCAUUAACUCCUUUGGAUUCCACUACCAUCUGUAUGCCAACGACACCCAGAUAUAUCUCUCCCUCGCACUCCUGAAAUGUGACACUGAUAGCUUUUCUUCUAUUUCUGAUUGGAUGUCCUCCUGCUUUCUGAAACUCAACCUCUCUAAGACUGAGCUUCUUAUUUUUCCCCUCAUAAUGCUGAUCCUCCUCCUUCGCUCUCCCUGCAAGUUGAUGGUGCUUGCAUCAGUCCAUUUUAAGCUUGUUGUCUUGGUGUUAUCUUUGAUCCUGGCCUCACCUUUGCCCCACAUAUCCAGUAUGUUGCUAAAACCUGUUGAUUCCACCUUAAAAAUAAAUAUAGCCUGCAUCCGCCACUUUCUCUCGCAAGAUGCUGCCAAGGAGCUUUUUCAUGCUCCAGUAAUCUCUCGUAUGGAUUACUGUAAUUCUCUCCUAGUUGGUCUCCCCAAAAGCCGAACUGCCCUGCUACAAUUGGUAAUGAAUUCUGCCGCCAGGUUCCUGUAUCAUAUAGGUGUCAAUUCAAAAUACUAACCCUUACUUAUAAAGCUCUAACCAACUCUAGCCCAUCAUACAUUUCUUCCCAGAUUCAUAGAUAUGCCCCUUCUCGGUCUCUCCAUUGUGCUGGUGACCACCUCCUGUCCGCUGCUCGCACCCUUGCUGCUAACUUGUGCUUGCAAGACUUUUUGCGGGCAGCUCCCUUCCUUUGGAAUAGCCUGCCUACCCCCAUCAGAUUCUCCCCUAGUCUUUAGUUGUUUAAAAUUUCCCCCAAAACGCAUCUGUUCAGAAAUGUUUAUGGACUCCAAGAGUAACUUAUCUAUACCUAUCCAUAGAUGUCUCUCGCUCUCCUAAAAGAGCCAUACUCCACUCUCACCUCCAGCUCUGCUACUUUUCCACCUUGUUUGGCUCUAUGAGAAGACUUUGAUUGGUGGAUUUAAUAGGCCCAGAGCACAUGCGUGUGCUCUGAGCCAGCAAGGUGAGGGGGGAAAGAGGAGGAGGCAGGACGGGGUAUAAAAAUAUAAGAAAAAAAUCUAUAUAGAUCUAAAUCUAUCUCUCAGCAGAGUGGAUAGGGAGACAGGGAGAUUAGUCAUGAGCUUCCCCCUGCAGGCUCUGUCUGCAAGGGAGAAGCAGUUAUGCUUCACUCUAAUAUUUUUUUACAGCCGUAAAGUAUGCACAAAAUUGACAUCAUGCAGCCAGAGCCAAGUUCCAGGCUGCCUAAGUCAUGUGUGCCAAGGAUGUAACUAACCCCUAUCUAUAUAAUGCAUGAAAAUAGGUAGACUGUUACAUUUAAGUCAUUGUUUAGGGACCUUAUUUUUUUUGAUUGAAUGCCUACUGCUUUGCAGUAAUAUUUUGUUAGUCCAUACAGUGAGACUAGUAAUGAAAGAGUGCGUGUCUCUACCUAAAGUCUUAGAAAAAAAAUAGACGUAUAUAAAACGCCUCCCAUUAAACAUGAAGUUAUAAGUGACUUAUUAAAGAAUAUUCUUGUAUUGUGGUGUGUACGAGUGUUAAAUAUGGCAGAUGCAUUCCAUCUUAUAGUGAAAACGGCAGAACUUCCGCUUUUUUUGGGAUAGAGAAAGAGGAAGACAACGAGAAUUGUGGUUUCUGUAGUAUUCAAGUAUGUAACAUUUUCGGAACCUUCUUUUUUACUCAGCCACCUAAUGUAAUAAAUGCACACCACAAACUGCAGGAAGAGUACAGCUGUAAUUGUUCAUGAGAAUUCUCUUGGCAAAUUUUUAUAAGCAUUGAAACAUUACAUUCUUGGCCUUGUGCCACUUGUUUUGUCAUAUCACAUUUUGGCUUUAACUUAAAAUGUACACAAAUGUCAUGCUUUUAAUUUUUUUAAUUUUUUGACAAUCUUUAUUUUAUUUUAAUGAGGCUUUGAAUACACGUGUACAUACAGAAGAUGGGGAAAAAAAAAAAAAAAAGCGUGUAUAUAUUCCAGCAAAGUACAGUACAUCCUGGUGCACUAACCCACGGUUUGCCGGUUAAUAUACCCUCCCUCAGCCUCAGUCUUGAACAGAACAACCAAUAAUAACUGUGAGAUCCAAACGUUGUAACAUUUGCCUAGUAACAUGAAUAUCAAACAUGAAUAGAAAGGUCGGGCUUAGAGUGGACUGUCUGGCGCGCUAGUCACUCCCUAUCGCACCCACUACAGCCAAACAAAUGGCCUGUUGUAGAACUAGCCCCGUGUGUAUGGUUUUUAUUUUUAAAGACGCAAUCUGAGCACCACAACCACUUUCUGCCAAUGACGUGGUUAUAGUGCUUGGAGUUCUCUGGCAGAAAUGACGGUAUUUUGUGACAAAACUGUGGGGUUCUCUAUUAAAAGUAUUGUUGAACUGAAAAGUGGUGCAAGCAAGGAAAACACAAAAUUUCCCAAUGCAGUGUGCCUGCUGGUUCCCUUGUUUUCCAUGAUGACUGCCUUACUUUCAGUACUUUAGACCAUUUGUCAGAGUACAGUGCGUUUUAUACAUAACCUCACAUAUUUUAUAUAUAACACUGUAACAUAACCUGCACAGUUAAGAAUGUGUGAGUUUGUGUUGUGUCCUUUUAAAGACAUUGCAAUGUGUUCUUCUUCUCCAAAUUGCCACAUCUGAGUCUUCUGGAAUAUUACUUGAAAGGCUGUAUUACAUUAUUCUUUUAUCGCUCAUUGCCUUGCAGGAUUUCUCAAGCUCUGGUUUAGAGACACAAAAGAAACUUCUAGCUAAAAAUACUUGCUUCUGCUUUAUAAAAUUAGAUGUUUGUGUUUUGUGUGUCUUGCUCACACUUAACUGAAAGUGAAAAUAAAAUGUUUCAUCGUUAGAAAUAUCGGUCUGUUCAUUUAUAUUAUCCUCCCACCUCAUUCUCACGCUUUCCUGUUUUAACCACAGUAAAAUAAGUAUAAGGUGUAUGGUGGUUUUUCAAUUUACAUAGAUUUAAAAAUGAAUUUAAGAUAUUUAAAGUUAUGGUGUCUGGAGUGUUCUGGUGCUCUGCCUUUUUAAGAAGUUAAAAUGUGUUGAAACAAUUUGACUUCUUACCUGGGGUCCGCCAGAUGCUACUCCCCACAACCACUACUUCCAACAGAGCCAAAAGGGGUUAAAAUAAAAAAUAAUUUGAAAAGUCAAACUGUUUGAUUAUAUUGAAUACUGUAGUGUUCUCCCUUCAUUUAUAUGAAUAUUUUUUUAUUUUUUUUUGUCUUUCUGGUCUCUUUCAGUUUCCCAAGGCCUAGUGGGAGGGCUUUACACCUGCAACCUUCAGUUCUGGAUUUUGGGGCGCAGUGAGUAUUGGCUGACACACCAUAUUUUUUGUGGAUAGAUUUAACACAAUUUAGUAAAAGGUAAAGAAACAUAGGCUGGGACUGACCUAUUGGUGUUUAUUGUUUUUAAUAGAGGGUAAAUGUAUAAUUUUAUUUUUAGUUUGCUUAAAUAAAUAAAUAAAAAAAUACUCUGUGAUGCUUACAAUGUAUUUUGGCAGCUGUUAAUUUGUUGGCUGCUUAGGUACACUAUAUCUCUUUCCUUACCCUGAAAGUAUGAAUAGUGAUUGAUGGAUGAAUGAGUUUAGCCCACAGAUCGCCCACUCAAGUGUGCUCCUGUAGUGAUGUCACAUGUACAUCAUUGUAUCAAGCUGUGUGUGUUGUUACUCCUAUCUGAAAUCUGAUCUUUUAUGCAUACAGAAUUCCUGAUGGUUAAAAACUGGAACUGUUUCGCUACCAUAUGUUUAAAACUGCUCUGCUAGUUGAUAUUUGGUAUUUACAACAGCUUGUCUGUUUUAUUUAUUUAUUUUUACGUCAAGCAAAGCAAUAGAAAGUAGAAACCACCACUCUAUGGACUCUGCCUUGAAAAAAACAUGACAUUUAUGCCAUGUAGGAGUACAAAGUUUAUUGAUGCAUUGUGCUAGUCACACAGCGAGCAAUUAUUUUGAUAUGUUUGCUUUACCGAACAUACCUACCAGUACAAUUCCUGUAGAUUAAAAUAUUUAGGGUUCUGGUUCCAAUGGAUCUUUGACACGUAAAUCAAAUGUCACCUUUCUGGAUGUGAUUGUUCCUUGUCCCUCCCCAGUAAACAUUGCAAUCGUGUAACUGUGGGGGACUUUAUUGCCCCAUAUUACCUAAAGUUCAUGCUCACUCAUAUACACAUAAAUAACAUUCCUUCACCAAUGUUGUGCAUGCACUGUGUAUAUGCUACUGCAUGGAUCAAGUGUCCAACAUAGCGCAUAAAGUAAAAUAAAACUUCGUAAGAGUAACUCAAAUAAAUAUAUAAAAUAAUAAAAAAUUUAUUUUCUCACCCCUUCUGGGUGGUAUGUUUAUUUCUCAUUCUCUGGUCCUCUACCAGAGGCCUGGGAGUUUGAGGGUUCUGCGCAGUAUCUUAGCUGUUUUUGGAACUGCACUCUUUUGGACAGCGAUCUCAGAUGUCCCACUUGGAAUCUGUUGAAGCCACUCCCCCAACUUGGGAGUCACAGCCCAGAGUGCUCCUAUCACAACUGGGACUACAACUGCCUUCACUUUCCACAUCCUUUCUAGUUCUUCUUCUUCCAGUCCUUGGUAUUUCUUGACCUUCUCAUCUUCUUUCUACCACAUUGUUGGGGUAGACAAGGAACGGAAGACUGCACUCGUGGUGGAUGUGGCAAUACCUAGAGACUAUAACAUAUGUAUGUAUCCAAUUCAUAGCUAUUGUGCCCAAUUGUAAAGAGUCAAACUGCUUUAGAAGGGCUUGACUUGCCACCAUGUUGUCUGCCAGGUGCCAUUCCCCAUCUCCAUUAUAAUCUUCCGAAUGCCACAAGUUCCUCCGCAUGAGGUAAGAACUGCAGUAGAAACCUUGUGGAGUAACUUUCAGCUUGCACAAGAUUGUAGUGGAGGCGGGGAGCAUAGUGGACCCAGGUAAGAAGCAAUCCUUUAUACUCCUGGUAUGACUCCUUACAAUGGUGAGGUAGUGCCAGGACACUGCAGGCUCCAUAACCACUUCAGUGUGCUUGGGAGUAUUCCUUUAAUGUUUAGCUCUUUUGGAGUACAUAUCUUACUAGUAAAAGUUCCUUUUUAAACUCUUAGAAUUUUGCUCCUAUCCUAGACAGUGUGUUUGUGGUGCUGGAAUGUCCCACAUCCCUUGUGGUUUGGUUAAUGCAGUUAAAUUGUAUUUCCUCUGUCAGCUGCCAUACAUUUUUAGACCGUUCCCAUGACCAUAUUAGAACUUUUUUUGUCCCAAUGCUUAGUUUAGUUUGCUCAUUAUAAGAGGUACUGUCCUCUUCUACUGGGGGAGUGCUACUUUAGUUGUGUGCUCUUUUUGUUGACCCUGGUGAUAUUUCCUGACUUAACUUACUGUUGUCACUUGACCGAAUGAAGAAGGCCAGACUGUCAACUGUCCACUUCAUCCCGCCAUGCCCACCUCAUUUGUAUGAAUAAUAUGGUAUGGAUGCUGGAAAAAAGUUUGACAUGCUCCAGACGGACCUAAAACUUCCUGAACUGUAGCCAUUAUAAUAAACUGUGGGGAUUAUGGAGCUUAGUGUCCACUUAUCAGGUAUAUCCAACGAAUGACUUGUUUAUGUAGUUACUGGAACACUUUAGAGUUCGGAGUAAAAACGUGUAUUCCUGACCCUGUGGUGUUAAAAAUUAAGUUUUGGCCUCCGGUUCCACUUAAAAAUUGUUAAAACUCCCCUUUGUUCUAGUGCUGCGCGAGUCUGCCGAUGCUGACUCCGCCUCAAUCUGCUUCCUUGGCUGACAUCAGAGUUGAUGAUCUCAACCAAUUCAAUGCUUUCCCAUAGUAAGCAUACUCCUGGCCAGUCAGCAUUUCCUCAUAAAGAUGUAUUAAAACAAUGCAUCUCUGAGGAAAGUUCAGUGCCUUGAUGCAGAGCGGGGAAACACUGAACUUCUGUGCUGCACGUUGUGCUUCAGACCCAGGAAGCUCUUUUAGUGGCUGUCUGAGAGACUGCCACUGGAGGUGUCCCUAGAAAGCAAUGUACAUGAAAAUGCCUGCAGGGACUGACUAUACUCACUAGCACAACUACAUUAAGCACUGUACAGAGUUCUAGUCAACACUCUUUGGGGGCAGAUUUGCAUUUAUUAUUGUGUUACAACCUUCUACAUGUGCCAUUAUGUACACCAGUAUUUCUUAAGUCACAUUUUGUUUGCUCCUUUUUAAUCACAGACCUAAACAGUUGAAAAACAAGAAAUACCAUGUAAUGUUCACGUUUUUUUCUUUGUCUUUUUCAGGUCCGUCGGAGUCCCCAAAGCCCAGUCCUUCUGUGCUUUUAACCCAGGUUGGGACACAGUUGUUGAAGUGAAUUCUGUGUUUACAAACGGAAGACAUUUCCAUGUGUCUCCCAUACAGAGCAGGGUGAGUGUUGAUAUCCUCCUGGAAACUAUGCAAUGGUUCAGUGCCAGACACUUUUGCUUUUCUUGGCAGUACGAUUCUCUGCAGCCAGCUUCCAGAUAGACCCCUUUUCCAACAUGCAGAUACACAUCAAUCCUCUCAAAGAAUAGCUUAUUAUUUACUCUUCAGUCUUCAGCAUGAGUAGGCAACUUGACUUGAAUAAAAUGAAUACAAUUAGAUGGCGGUUUUCAUUACUAUUGGACUCAGAUUCGUUUUCAACAGAAUCAGGUUUUGGCUGAAUUUGGGCUGAUCAGCAAUUCGGAUGAAAUUCGAGCUGCCACAUUUCUUGAUCCCCAAGCAACUUAUGUGGCCAGUAGCUGUCUUCUUCAGGAUUCAGGGUUAACUAUCUGCCUGCUGUAGGCACUGACAUCCAGUGGCAAAUAGUUAGAAACUUCACACAUUGGUACAAGGGGGAAGGCUUACACAUCCCCCAUACCUCACUUGCCAUUCCACGAGUGGGGUUAUAUAUCUACUAGCCUGUGGCUACGUGCUGUAAUGAAAGACAAGCGACUGGGCAAAUAUUGAUAUCAAGUGGGUGCUUAAAUUUAAAGAACUGGGUGGACAGAUCACUGCCCACCCACCCACCCAGUGGAGGGCUGUAUGCUGGAUGGCUGAGAAUCAUGGGAUUUGUUGAUUAGCAUCAUGCAUUUAAGUAUUCAGCCCUUUCAAUGUAAGCAUGUACAUUGACAGUUCUCUAUGUGUAACUACACAAAGCAUGUAUAUAAUACUCGGCCCUCUUUACGUAACCCACACACAGUUUAUACAUAAUCAGCCCUCAUUAUUAUACACCGCAUUUGUGUACAUUUAUAUCUGGCCCUCACAAGGUAACCAUCAGGAAUUUUGAUCCUUGAGUGUGUGUCCAAUGUCACUAUUUAUCGGCAUGCUGUUUGUUACAGAUGUAGCUGCAUAACAUUUUACCCCUCCCUUUUCUGUAGUAUCAAACUGCUGCAAGUGCCAGCUUUUUACAAAAAUUGUGAAAGUGGUAGGUUUCGAGUGCUUUUAGUUGAAAUGUAGAAGGCAGCUCUAGCAACCCAAACCAGAAUCUCUUUAUUCCAGUCCAAGACAAGGUAUACACAAUCAGAAGAGGGAGCAACGCCUUAAGAGGUUCUCUGGUAUUGGUCGUUAUGUAAUGAGACACAUAAAAACAGUACAAUGGUUAUAUAGUGUAGGAUGUAUGAAGUAAAUGGAAGGAAAAAAGAUGAUCUACUUAAAAUAUGUAGAACUAUCCGUUACCUCUACUGUGUGUACACAAAUUGCUAUCUCACACCCUCCCUUGCCCUCCUCUUAAAAGCAGUAGGAUUUUCACUUGUCAGAUAUAGUAAUAAGGCAAUGAGAUUUUAAAUUGAUAGCAUAUGCAUAAACUCCCUGCACCUGCUAGCCAGCGACAUAACAAUGACUGCAUUGAAGAGGUAGCAUCUUUACAUAUGCACAAUUUUUUAUUUUUUUAUUUAUUUAAUGCCGCCGUGGAACAUUAAAAUAUUAACUUUCAGUUGAAAUUCUCAUUAGAUGUUCAUUAUACUUGAGCAGCUGUCAGUCUAUUGUCGGUAUCCGCAUUGCUGUUUUAAUGCAUGACCCAUCACAGAUAGUGAAUUCAUGAUAAAUGAUUACGUUUAUCCUUUAGUAAGAUAUGUUGAGUGAAUUGGUGAGUAACACAAACCUUUUUGGUUUUUAGACCACUUUCCCUGUUAAUGCCUGCUGAGAAAAAAAGUUUUUCUUCCACCCUCAAAACCUUUUUGGAUAUAACCUGGAUUUGCACAACAAGGGCAGAAUAUGAAGGAAUGUCAGAUUAUUUUACCAAAUCCCAUUCAUGGUCUGUACUAGGGAUAGGCAACCUUCGGCACUCCAGAUGUUGUGGACUACAUCCCCCAUAAUGCUCUUACGCCCAUAAUGCUGGUAAAGUAUCAUGGGAGGUGUAGUCCAAAACAUCUGGAGUGCCGAAGGUUGCCUAUGCCUGGACUCUAUACCAUAGUACAGAAGCUUGUUUGUUUUGUUUUUUUCCCUCUCCAAAUAAUCCUUGCCAAAACUUUUAAUUGAAUAGCUUAAUUCUUCGCUCCCAUACCAUAUCCUUCAACAAGUAUAUUUUUCAGAAAGAAAUUAAGAAUAGUGUUUAGGGAAAUGCUUCUGCUAUAAUUAUCCAAAUUGAGCAACUGUUUAUCAUUUUUGGCAGUGCUGACUCUUGGCUCGAAUUGAAAUUCCCCACAGAAGGCGGAAUGUUAUUUUCCUUUAAAGGAAUUGUAUAGUAAAAGUUUUUUGUUUUAUGUACCUUUCAAAUAGGGUAGUUUGAUUUAGACCUGCUUUUAAAGAUACUCUGUGUAUAGCUAUGUAGUCAUUGCUGUCCACAGCUGAGAAAUCUUGGUUUAUUCUGUUAUAAAUAGACCUUUUUGAAUUCUUUAUUUUUGCAACGGUAUGGAGUAGACAAUGCAUAAGGUUUGGCUCGUGCAAGAGCGUUUCAAAAGUACAUACACAUGUCAGGUACAUAUGAGGAUUUUUAACAUCUCUACUUUCAUCCGUUGUAGUUGUUGGUAUUAUUGUUUCAACAAGAACAGUGUGUAUAGAAAAACAAAAUAACUGAACUGUGGGCCGGGAUACCGGUCAUCUCGGUCCAAACGGUCGUGGGCCGGGUGGGGGGAGAGAAGUUGAGGUAGAUUGGGGGUGGGGGCAAGGUAUGGGGGGGGGGUUACUGCAGUCCAUCGUUAGCGUUUGCGACUCCUUUCUGCUACAUGGUCUUAAUUGUUCUUACUGGUCAUUAUAGGUCUCCCACGGUUCCCACGUCUUAGUAAAAGCUUUGGUUGUGCCCCUAAUUUGGGCCGUGAGUUUGUCCAUUAAGUGGCAUUCUUUGAUUUUGUUAAUCACUAUUGCUACUGAGGGGGUGUCCUGCUGUAGCCAGGUCUGGGCUAACGCUCUCUUGGCCGCUAAGGCUAUUUUGUUAAACAGAUGCUGGUUUGGUUUAGACCAAUUCUCCUGAGGUCUGGCCAGUAGGAACGUCCAAGGGUUCAGUGUCAUUGGCCUAUCAAAUAUUUGGGUCAUGAGGGUUCGAAUGGCCGUCCAGUAAAUUUUAAUCUUAGGGCAGUGCCACCACAUAUGGGUAUAUGUCCCUCUCUCCCCACAAUUGCGCCAGCAGAGGUCUGUGGGUGUUUUUUUCAUGUGAUAUAGCUGAACAGGGGUGGUAUACCACUUGAACAACGUUUUGUAGGCCUGCUCUUGCAUCGUGACGCAAAUAGAGGUUUUAGCAGUGGCCUGCCAUAUGUCCUGCCAGUCUAUCCCCUCUAAUGUUUCCCCAAGGUCGGUUUCCCACUUGUCUGUGUAGUGGAGGGUGCCCCAGUCCUGUGUAGUGGAGCAGAGAUGGGAGUACAAGAGGGAGAUCAAUCCCUUUUGGUAGCGUUCGGCCAGGCAUAUGUUUUCAAAGAAUGUUGGUUUAGCUAGUGCCGCUCUUUUAACAGAUUCUUGGGUAGCAUAGUGUCUUAGCUGGAGGUACCUAAAGAAAUCUGCGGAGGUUAGGGUUAUUCUGGUUUGUAAUUCAGCGAAGGUGAUUAUGUCGUGACCUGUGUAAAGUUGAUGAAUUCUUUGUAGGUCUGCAUUUUCCAGGCCUUUGAAAUCUCUGGGUCUCAUGCCUGGAAUAAAUGCCCUAUUUCUAUAUAUGGGGGUGAGGGGGGAGGACGAUGUUGUUAGUUCGUAUUUUGUGGCGUAUUUGUCCCAGAUGUGAAUCGAAUUUGUAAUAGCUGGGCAGGUCCUUAAAAGUGCUCUGUGCUCUUUCGGGGUCCAUAUGUAAAACUGAGGGAGGUCCGAUUUCAUAAUCAGGGAUUCCAGGUCCACCCAUCUCCUGGUGUCCGGAGGGGUGUGCCACAUCGCUAUUUGUGUCAAGUGGGCUGCAAUGUAGUAGAAAUGUAUGUGUGGUAGGCCUAAUCCCCCUCCGGGCUUGGGGCGAUAUAGAAUAUUACGGGCCACUCUGUGUCUUUUGUUGUGCCAGAUAAAGCGGUCAAUGGCCUGCUGUAGAGGCUUUAAGUCUUGUUUCGUUAUGGGGAUGGGUAGGGCCUGGAAUAGGAAAAGAAUACGCGGUAGGAUGUUCAUCUUUAUUGAAUGUAUCCUGCCAAUCCAGGAUAUGGGUUUAUCCGCCCAGGUCUCCAUGUCCGUUAUGAGUUUAGUGAUUAGCGGGGAGUAGUUAAGUUGGUGUAGUUUCGUGAGGUCUGCCGGCAGUUUUAUGCCGAGGUAGGAGAGGUAGGUCGGUGCCAUACGUAUGUGAUAGUCUGACGUGAUUUGGGUGGCCUCAUUCUGCGCGAGUAGUAUUGGGAGUGCGCUGGAUUUCUCCAUGUUGACUUUGUAGCCUGAUAUUGUACUGUAGUUUUGCAAGAGGGGCAUCAGCGCACGCAUGGAGCGGAUGGGGUUAGUUAAUGUGAUGAGUACGUCAUCCGCGUAUGCGGAGACCAGGAACUCUUGGCCUGUUAUCUUUGCUCCCGCAAUUUCGGGGUGUUCUCUGAUCGCCUGUAAAAGGGGUUCGAGUGUUAGUGCAAAAAGUAACGGGGAUAGGGGGCAGCCCUGUCUAGUUCCGUUAUGGAUGUUAAAUCGUGGGCUGUUUGCUCCGGUCAUCUGUAUUUGCGUAUUUGCGUCACGUCUGUGUAUAGCGCCCGUACUGCCGUGAUGAAGGUGGGGGGUAUGUUUAAAUGGUUUAGUAGUGUGAACAUGUAUGGCCAGUUCACCCUGUCGAACGCUUUUUCAGCGUCUAGGGACAGGGCAAUCGCUGGUGUGUUGGUUGUAGUAAGUGUCCAUAUCACGUCUAUGUUCCGUCUGGUAUUUUCAAAUAACUGCCUGCCGGGAAUAAACCCGACUUGGUCUGCGUGGAUGAGCCGCGUGAGAUGCGUGAAAUCUGAGGGGGGAACAUGUGAACCCGUCUGGUCUUAUGCCUUGCCAGACUAUGGGGGGGUACUUGGGUCCUUACCUCCUUCAGGGCUCUUGCCGCCCGAGGGGUCUGGGUCAUGAACCAAGCCACCGAGGGUGUCCCCUAUACCGUAAGGAUUGCUAUAGGUAUGAUAUGCCAAGCGUCUCUGUUUUGUGGAGCUUAUUGUGGGUGCGAAUUUCCCGUUUACCGGGGCUGGGGAUGUUAAUUGAGGUGGAAGGGUAGGACCCUUUGGAGAAGGUCAGUAGUGAGUCCGCGUUCGAAGUGAUAAGUUGGAGAGGAAUGAUGGGAGGAAAAGGUCCCGUCUCGUUGGGCUCUCAGAAUUGUAUACGGCCUGUACAGGGUCUCAUAGGAUCCUUAAGGCGUUCCCGGCCUGGGUUCCAUAUGUACAUGUAGUCUAGUGGCUGGGGUGAAUGAUGGGAGUUCAGGGGGUUGGGAACUAUGGUCUAUUUACCCCUCAGUCUAUGGUAACGUAUCGUAGCGCCCGUACUGGUAUUGCAGAAGUGGGGCUGUCUAUAUAUGGGGCCUUGCUACGUCCGGUCUGCUCUGAUCUCCCUCCCGAGCAUCUCUGUUCGGGCUGUCGUCCCUUCCCUCAACGUAUGUUCUGAUAAUAAGCAAGUGAAUUAAGCAAAAAAAGAAAAGGGGGUGGGGGUAAGGGAUAGGGGCUACAUAAGUAGGCGUGAGUGUGGGCUAUUAGCAUACAGUUUGCAUUACAAUUAGACAUUUGCAUACAAUUAAACAUAAACAUCAGGUAUUCUGGGGAAACAUUAGGCUGUCCGUCUACGGUGUGUGGCUCUCCUUUCCAGCUGUAUGACUGGCCCAAUGUGUUUCCAGUGUAACCCCUGUCUGUGCUGGAGUGCGUGUCUCGGGUGUGGAUCUCCGUCGUGUUAGUAAGUUAUGUGGGUGGUAUUUCCCCUUCUCUUUUUUUCCCUUUCUCCUUUUCCCUUUUUAAAUUUUUUUUUUUUUUUGUUGUGUUUCGGUAAUAGGGAUGGGUUUCUGUCUGUCAAUCCUAUUGUAUUCCAUUUCUCUAAGUGUGUGUGAGCGGAGCUUGCGUGUGCUGUCUGUGCCCCACAACCUAUAUAUAUGAGUCCAAAAAUACAUUACAGUUCCGAUGAGAGAUGUCGGGGGCCGCCGUGGCAGACGCAUGGCCGGCCAUCAGUCCAUUUGUGUCUUUCGCAGGUCGGGGUAGCGGCCUUGUUGUUGCAGCUGGAAAUGUUUGUCCCCAGUCCUGGUUCUGAUGUGGUUGGCGGGUGGUCUCCUAGCAGUUGUUGAGCUCAGCGCUGCGCCUUGACAGGUUGCGAAAUGUUCUCCGGUGGCGUCUUGCUGGUUGCGUUCUGAGUCCUGAGAGUCCCUGGUGAAGUUGUCUUGAAAGAGAGCGGGUGAAUAAAACGUUGUGGGUGGCAGCUAGGGUGAGUGUUUUUUUUUUUUUGGGGGGUUUUCUUUGCUGUUCGUUUGUGUUUUAUUGGCCCGCGGCCAUAUGCCAGUCUCUCGGCAGGGUGCGGAGUGCUGGGAGCGCGGUCGUAGGCAAUCUGAGGUCGUUGGGGGGCGCUAUUCCCAGUUCGCGUAGAAACGGUAUAGGAUUUGCUCCUGGCAGGAGAACAUGAGGCCUACCCUGCUUGAAGACCAUCAAUUUGAAGGGGUGGCCCCACGCAUAUCGCACCGAGUUGUUUCGGAGCAGCUCCGUGACUGGACACCACUCACGCCUGCGCUGGAGCGUGACGGGGGCCAGGUCCUGGAAUAAGGUGAGCGCUGUGUUCUUGUAGGUGAUCGGGGUGUCUCGGGCCCUCCUGAGUACUGCCUCUUUUGUUCGGUAGUGUAAGAAGCGCACUAUGACGUCUCUGGGUCUUGCUGUGUCUUCCCGUCGGGCACGGAGGGCUCUAUGUGCCCUGUCCAAGUGCCAGUGUUCUUCUGAGACGUCUGGGAGGAGAGGCUUAAGGAUGGCAAGUAUUGUUGCUGCGAGUGGGCCCUCGUCAGGCUGUUCAGGCAGGCCUCUUACCCGUAUAUUGUUGCGGCGCGUGCGAUUUGCCAGGUCCUCUAGGGCCGCUUCUGUUGCUUCUACACGCGCGGUAAGCGUGUUAAUAUGGUUUGUUGCUGUAUUAUGUGCCUCUACUGUAGCCUCCACCCGCUGCUCCAGCUCUGUCGUCCGCGCCCCCAGCGAGUGAAUUUCCGCCAUUACCGCUUUGGAGCUGCGCUCUAUCUCCCGGCCAGAAAAGUUUUCAUUGCCGCCAUCUCUGUGAGGAUAUGUGCCGUCUCCGGUGCUGGUGACUGUUGCAUCUGGGGUGUGCCAGCGUCUGUGGGGGUGGCUGAGACCCGCAGGUCGUUUUCGGCGCCAUCUUGGGCCUCAUGGCGGCCAUGCCGCGAGGCCGCAAAGAGAUCCCGCACGGUAGCUGCUGCAUCGGCGGCUUUUUUGGGCUGCUUCCUGGGUGUCCUCCUGUCCAUCCUCAAUGGUGGGUAUAAGUAUAGAGGGCGAAUUCGCGGUUUCGUGGCUUUUGUUAGCUUUCGGUAUCGGGGUCGGUGAGGAGCGCUAGUGACUCGCGUCCAUCUUGGUUCCCGGUCAAGCCACGCCCCAUAAAUAGACCUCUUUUAAGAAAUGUAUUUACAUUCAGUCUCAGUAGCCUUAAAUCGAAACAAAUGCUAUCCACUAAUAGCCCUGCAUCCACUGAAUAUUUAACAUUCGACACUUAAGAAACAUUUAAGAGUUACUUCAAACCAAAACACAAAGUAAAUUUGGGGUGGGGGGAAGCAAAAACCUAGCCCAAGCUCUCACUGCAGUCUGAUCUGCCUUUGUUGAUAUUACUGGAAAAGUGGUUGGAGUGACCAUGAAGACGUGCUGAGGGGGUAGACUUGGGCAAAAGUUAGGGGGAGGAACCGCCACCAUUAGACAUCUGUCAUUCAUAUGCUGUGUGUGCUGACAACAGACACCUUUUUGCACAGAAUUCAAACUGUUUAAGGUGCUUAAAGUAACUUUAAGGGUAAAGGAACAUUAUAGUGUCAGGAACACAAACAUGUAUUCUUGACACUAUAGUGGCAAAAUCACUGUUUAGGUGGCCAGACUACCUUGCCUCCCUUUGAAAAGGUGAUUUUUAAACACCUUUUCUCCCACGUUGCAUCGGUCUCACCGUGGCUUGCCCAGCCUUGCACUGUCUCUAUCUGUCUUGAUGAUCUACGCCAACCACAGGAAAGCUUUUUGAGGCUUUUGCACGUGUGAGGUAAAACGCUGCGCCAAUCAUCUCUAUGGGGAUGCUCUAUAGACUUAAAUGCUGUACAUGUGCAUGUGGCAAUGUUACCAUUGGGGGUCUUUGCAAAUUCUGCAAAGUACCCAGACUGUGACAGUGCUGCUUUAACCCUACACUUACAAAAUAUAUAAAUACAAAAAGAAAAGUCCUGCGCUAACUCCCAUCACUCCUGGGCGGCAGCAACAACUACAGUACACAUCAGCUAAUACAUAUAGUAAAAACCAAAGAAAAAAAGUUACCUGCGCUCUCUCCUUAAUCCCUAUGUAUAUUUAGACAAAUGGAGGUCAUUUAGUUACUCCAAUGGCCACUGGAAGGAAUGCCUACCUGCCAACGUCAAGGCAGACCCCCCUAGACGGGUCCUACUGUGACCCUUUACCUUGCUUCCUUGAGCUUCUGGCAAAAAUAUCUCAAAUGAGACAGAAAGGGGUAUUUUGUUUUUUAUAUAUACACCCCUAUAUACUUGUUAACCCUUAAUAGGGAACACAUGGGAUGGGCGGCAGCAUUGUAACCUUGACGUUGGCAGGCGGUCAUUCCGUCCAGUGGCCAUUGGAGUAACUAAAUGACCUCCAUUUGUUUAAAUAUACAUAGGGAUUAAGGAGAGAGCGCAGGUAACUUUUUUUUUUUCCUUUUGGUUUUUACAAAAUAUAUAGCCUAAUUUGGAUUGAUUUCAUAUUGAUUGUUUUUCAUACUACAGUAUGAUGCUUUUUUAUAUUAUAGGAUAAUACUUAUGUCAGUUAUCUUCAAAACCAUAUUUGGCAACCAUAACCACUGUGUGCUAUCAAAUAGCCAUGUGUGUCAGUACCAUACAGUACUUGCCCAUACUCUGCAUAGCAUAUAUUUGUAUUGAGGCACAAUAUUUUUUUGGGUUAUAGAAGAGUCCAAGACACAAAUAUUACCAACAUUUGGUACAUUUGUUUUAUUUCUUGGUGUGCUUUGUUACCAAACUCACAGUCUUCAGGUGUUAAAAUAGUAAUGCUUACUCCAGCCAUUUUAGCUUUAAAAGUGAUUUCUGAGGUGUUUUUUUUUUUUUUUUUUUUUUUGGAUAACCGUAUCAAUAAGAACCUUCAGGGCUGAUUUGGCCCAGCCCCGUUCAAUAGGAAUCUGAUUAAAUUAUAUUGUUGUCAUUAGAUUAUAGUUGUGACAACACAGUUUGAAAGCCACUUAAUGAUGUGAUCAACUGUAAACAGUCCUUAAUCGAUAUCCGUCUGAAAAUGGAAUACACAAAGCCAUUUCAAAGCUUCGACCAUAUAAAAAUCAUUUUAUAUUGACAAAAUGGAAAACGUUUGGGACAGCACCUCAUUCUAACAAUGGUAGAGGUUAUGUCCAAAUCUUUCUAGUUGUAAAAUAAAAAAACGCAAAAUUGGGAUGUUCGGUCUUGCCUCAGUUAAGGUCAUUUUUACACUUUAGAAAGGGAUCUGGCAAACAUGGCAUGCAUGUUAGCAACUCGGAACUGAUUGCUCCUUAACACAAAUCCUUCAAGCUUGCUAAAAAGAAAAGUACCUGGAUAUUUUGGAAUCUUUCUGGAGUUAUUGGCCUUUUUCAGUCUGCUAAAUGUAAAAUGCAUUUUUUUUUUUUUUUUUUAAAGAAUCCCUAUGAAAUGAACAACAUGCUCCAUCAUAGGUUUACAGACAACCUGACAUCAUUGAAGUUAUUGUGAAUUCCGCUUUCGUUUAGAAUUGUUCAAAAGAAAUGUAUAAAGUAAUGCAGCAAAGCUUUUAAUUUGAAACUGAGCUAAGUCUAUGCAAGACUUGUUGCAGGAAAAGAAAAGUGACAGCUUGAAGUACCUUGACCAAAACUGCAUUGAGAAGUCACAGCGUGCAUUUAACUCCAGGAAACUGCUUGUGAAGCAAUUACUUUUUCACUGGCGACGAAGGUGUUGCCUAAAAUUUAUUUUCCAAUUGUUUUAUUUUUCAUAUGAAUAUCAUCAAAAAUAAGCUCAGAAUUAUGUGUUGUUGCUUCAUUUGAUCUAAUGUUAUAUUCUUGGUUUGACUAUCUAACUUUCAUUACCAUAAAUAUGCCACCAUGUUGAAAGUUUGGCUGGGACAAAUGCUUGAUCACAGCACAAUUGAUUAACUGUGGUGUAAUUCAGUCGUUUUAGGUCAUCUCUGCACAGUGCAGUACGAACACUGAAACCCAGUAAUCGAAACCUGCAUCGGCAAACUUGAGUGUGAUUUAUCUGGCGUCAAAACAUCUGCUUGCAGUGAAAUGCAUGAGGUUGUGUGAAAAUGGCAAGGGAAGAAUCCAAGGUUAUUACUUAUAGCCUGCUCAUCAUUGAGAAAUAAAACAGCUGGAUGGCUACCAGUCACUCGUAGAAGAUUUAACAAUCACAUGAAAGUGACCUGCUGAUGUAACACUCAAAAUGUUCGAGCAUUAGGGAGAUAAGAUAUUUAAAAAAAAAAAAAAACAACAAAAAACACAUUCUGAAAACCGUAUUUGCUGUAAAUAAGUCUGUAGAUACCAAGACUUUUUGAGUUUUUCAGCCAAUUCUUGUGUCUUGUGUAUGCUAAACUCGAGAACUGUCCGUAUUCCAAAAAUCGGGCACAGCAGAGGUUUAUAGAAUGCAUAGUUAAAGGACCACUAUAGUGCCAGGAAAACAUACUCGUUUUCCUGGCACUAUAGUGCCCUGUGGGUGCCCCCACCCUCAGGGUCCCCCUCCUGCCGGGCUCUGGAAGAGGAAGGGGUUAAAUCUUACCUUUUUUCCAGCGCCGGGCGGGGAGCUCUCCUCCUCCUCUCCUCCUCUCCGCCUCCGAUCCUCCUCUUCGGCUGACUGCGCAUGCGCGGCAGGAGCUGUGCGCGCAUUUAGCCAGUCUCAUAGGAAAGCAUUUAAAAUGCUUUCCUAUGGACGCUGGCGUCUUCUCACUGUGAUUUUCACACUGAGAAGCACGCAAACGCCUCUAGCGGCUGUCAAUGAGACAGCCACUAGAGGCUUUAGAGGCUGGAUUAACCCAUUUAUAAACAUAGCAGUUUCUCUGAAACUGCUAUGUUUAUAAAAAAAAAAAAGGGUUAAUCCAAGAGGGACCUGGCACCCAGACCACUUCAUUUAGCUGAAGUGGUCUGGGUGCCUAGAGUGGUCCUUUAAAGGGAUACUAUAGUCACCAGAACCAUUGCAGCUUAAUGUAGUCGUACUGAUGUCUAUAGCAUGUUCCUGAGGGCUCAGGAAUGUAAACGCUGCCUUAUUUUGCUGCUUAGUAACACCUCUAGUGCCUGUCACUCAAAUUGCCACUCAAGGGACUCCUAGGUUGGGUCCUGCAAGCUUUGCAGGACAUACGUUCAGCGUCUCCCCGCUAUGCAUGAUGAUGCUGGAUGUGCCCCAUAAAGAAGCAUUGAUUCAAUGCAUCUUUGAGGAGAUACUAGUUGGUCCAGUGUGGUGUUUUGUCACACAUGCAGUAGCCAUCAAGAUGGAUGAUCUUGGCAUGGAGGCAGGGCAAGCCACAAGGGGACCAGAGAAAACGUAAGUGUAAUACCUUUACUCCAUUCUGGGCGGUGGGGUGACACCUAAAUAGCUAGUCCAGCACUGCAGCAUUAGGAAUACAUGUUUGUCACUGUUUCUUUAAGCAAUUAUAUGCCACUUCAAAUAACAUGUGUAAAACAAUUUGAUAAGUUAAUAUCAGGUGACUUGUGACUUCUGUUAACAUGGUAAAUAGUUUAAUAUAUGAAUCUAAUUCAUAAAUUUUAGGAACACUAUAGAUGUUAUAACUAUUUAUUUUCAUUGACUUGGUUACGGUGCCUGAAUGUCCCAGGUGCUGUCUCUCCAUUCUGUGUUAAACCAUUUUUGUGGCAAUUUAAUACUAAAUAACCCACAGUCAGCACCUACUGGAUGUAUGGCUAAAGCAGAGAUCACAGUUCCUUCUAGCCAUGCCAAUUUAUACCAGCUUUGGGCACUGUGAUAAGCUAAAAGCGGUCAGCUAGCACUCCUAGCCAAUUGGAACCACCCAUUGCUGCUUAGGCUAAUGCUUCAUGAGGCUCAAACAGCGGCAAUGGGCUACUGGACAUCCUUGUUUAACAUUGAAACAUUGUAAACGGUUUAACGCUCAAUUUAAGGAUGGUGUCAGGGGAAUCCAAGCAGUUAAACCAUUUUAGUGGGAUGAAGCCUUUUAUAUUGCCUACAGUGCCCCUUUAAGCUAAACAUGGGUGUGCAUGAGAGAAAAUUAGGAGGUCUUGGAAAUAUCAAAUAAAAAUGCAGAUUUAAAAAAAAAAUAUAUAUAUAUUUUGGAUGUGCCACAACUUCCAUGUGCAAACGAACCAGUGUGACUUGCGCUAAUUGUGAAGAUGGAUUGUACAUGAUAACAUAUACUUAAAAGUACAGCAACCUCUUCGUCAAAAUUUGGAGAUUGUAGAGUAGAAACUGAUGACUAUUAGGAGCCAAAUGUGUAUGCUGGUCCAUGGCAGAUGUUUCGGUGAACCUAAUUUAUGACAAUGUUUUCAUGUGGGUGAAAAUAAAUAUUAAGUUGGCUAUAAAUAAAUGUAGCUACUAAAGUAAAUUUUCUUAUGCAUUUAUGAAUGCCAUAUUUAAAUAGUGUAACUCUUUUAUGCUAUGGGACUGGUAGCAUAUUUCGAUUUACAGUGUGUUCUAUCAGUUUAACUUGGCACAGCUAGUACUCUAAGCGAGAGAUGUAUGGCCCACCAGUCAUGGCUGUGUAGCUCUUAAAAAUCAUUUUUUAUUUUAUUUUCCAUUGUUUUACUUUUAAGCAGGAUAAGAAAAACAAAACCUAAGUUAAAAAGUUGUUUUCCCCACUUAACUUUUAAAACUAUUCCAUUUCAAAAAAAGAAAAUGCAAAAAUAUCAGUGGGAAGACUAUUAUUGAGUAAUUUUUUUUUGGUGAGAAAGUGCAUUUAUAAAUAUAGUAAAAGAUGAGGUCAGGUAGCAUUAGGAAUACAAAUAUGAAUCCCUAACGCUGUAGUGCCCUAGUCACUAUUUAGGUGACCAUGCCAGUGCUAGUUAACUCAUGUUUUCUAUCUUGACACAACGGUAUCCUUGAAUAAGCUCUGGCUUUUAGGCUGAGAUCAAUUAUCUCAACAUCUCCAAUGCAGCAUUGGGAGGAUAGUGCACAUGCGUAGAAAACCACAGCCCCUCCCCCCCCCAGAAGUGCCACUAGUGGCUGUCAUAUUGAAACCACAUGUUUUAACAGAUGUCACCAAAGGUUUGCAAAUUUGUUAUAAAGAUUAAUAUUUUUAGAACGCCAUGUAUGCACCGUGUACCAUAUUUGUGGGAAUAUGUAACUUUCUGACCACAGGUAUUUUGAUUACAGAAAUGUCACCUAAAAGAUCACUGGUAGGAAAAACUCCCCUUUGAAACAUUUCUCCCCCCCCCUCUUUUUUGUGUUUUACAAGUUUUAACUAACCAUUAAAAAGUCCUUACUUUGCCAAGACUGAACACAUGGUAUCCCUAUAAUGUUUUUUUUUUUUUAAAACUGUUAUCUGCCUUCUCCAUGUAUUUGUCUCAAGAAUGGCAAAUAAGGUCAGUAACAGAGUUCUGCACGCAAUGUUCUUAUAAUCCACUGGUAGAACAUUGCCUUGCUUGUUUUGUAAUCUCUAAUUCACUGCAGAUGUGGCUCUAAUGCUAUGAAGAUUCUGAGGAUUAAAAUGAAAUAUAAGCUAUAGGAAUAUUUCUUGGCUAACUCGUUGCAUAGCUGUCAAAAUAUGUAGACUUGUCUAUGUAUGACAUGAGCAUACGAGGAAGCACAUUUUAUUUACUUGAUUCUCUGGAAAAAAAUAUAUUUUUGGUCCACUUUACCAGAACUAGUUCUUUCAUUUUGAAAAUCACAUAAUGCCCAAUAUGCUAAUUAUAUAUGUAAAUGUCCUCGCACUUACUUGAAAAUGAGAGAAAUCUCAGUGUAACCUUCCUGCUAAAAUAUUGUUAUAAAUACAUACAUAAAUGAAUGCUCUUUUUCUAGCAGGAAGAACACAUAAAUAUAACACUAAAUAUAGUAUUCUACAGAGAAGAUAUCCAUUUUGGACAUUGACAAAAUGUAUUUAAUCUGCUCAACUAAAGAAAAAGAAAAUGGUACACAUUUUAGGCUUAAAUAACUACCGUAAACUGGAAACAUAACUGACUUGAACAAUUUCUACAGUUGGUCUAUUUGGCCUCAAAAUUCACUUUCAAUCUAUUAUAAAUUCCUGACAAUUCACACUAUAAUGAAUAACCCUGUGAUAAUGAUGAUGAAGAAUGUCUCAGCUGCGUUACAUUGUAUCUUGCAAUUGAUUGUCAAUAUUUCAUGAUUUUAUUGCAGAUUUGGCUAUGAUUACUCAACUCUUUGUUAAUCAACUAAGGUUAAGUAAUCUGGGUCUUUGCUUGUGUGUGUUUGUGUUAUUGAAAAUCUGUGAUUAUUUGUGUGUUGCUCACCCCUGUGGUGGUUGUAAUACUUUUCAGAAAUAGAGGUUUUCUGAAAUGAAUCUUUUCAGGACUAUGCUGUUCAGUCCCAAGCCUGUAGUGACUUGAUAGUUAGUUAAUUAAAGGUACACACCCAGCCCCAUAACAACUUGAGGUCCUUUAACAAAUACACAAGUCUAAUAAAGAGAUUGUAAAAGUGGCAUAUACUGCAUGUCAUUUUAUAUGACAUUGCCUACAGUCUUUAAGUAAAAAUUUUUUAUAUUUACAUUGUGUGCAGAAACUAUUUCUGAUGUCCAUAUAAUCAAAUAAGUAUACAUUUUGCAUGUGUGCAACUGUAUAUGUAUAUCCAGUACGAUGAGCGAAUUGCACUUUGGCUGAGUAGAAGCAGAGUGCAUGGAUCCAGAUUGUACUUAGUUUGCAUAUGUUCAUGCUGCUGAUAUAUUUUGCUUGGGUUCUGUGCUUUUUUUUUUAUAUAUCUUUGAAAAUAAAACUGCAUUAUUGAUUAAGUUUUGAGUAUGUGCUAAAUAGUUUUUUUUCUCUCUCUACUUAUUCUAUUUGAAGGUAAUCCCAGCUCGAGGCAAAGCAUUGUUUACAGUCGUGUUCUUCCCAGAGGAGGAGGGAAAUUUUGAAGGUUUUUUAUUUCUGAAUACUUCCUCCCAUGGAGUCCUGCCCUAUCAAGUAAGGUCACUAUGCACAAAUGUCUCAUGUCUAGUAAUGCAUAGUAAUUUCAUUAAGUAUGUGAUACGAGGUAAUCACCUGUCCUUUUUUUUUUUAUAUUGCAGGUCUUUGGGUUGGGAACCUCAAAGUCCGCAUCUAAUGAUUCCAGGAAUCCACUUCAGAAUGUAGAUGUGAUAUUCCCACUUAUUGAAAAUAUUCAUCUGUCACAAUCACAGGUAUGUAGUUUGUUCCACUGGGUAAAGAGUAGCGUUAAGUGAAGGCUCCAAGCACCAUAACCACUACAAAUUACAUGGGUGCAUUUCAGUUCAUUCCUGUUAUUUAUUUAUUUAUUUAUUUUCUCAUCAUGGUGGCUAUAAAAUGGCUUUCAUGCUAUCCCUAAAUGCAUUUCCUAAAAAAAAAUAUAUAUAUAUAUAUAUAUAUAUAUAUAUAUAUAUAUAUAUAUAUAUAUAUAUAUCUAUAUAUAUCUAUAUAUAUAUAUAUAUAUAUAUAUAUAUAUAUCCUCCCUCUCUCCCAUUACUGGCUCAGAGCUCACAUUGAAUGCUUUGAGCUGUUUCGACGGUACAAUCAAAUGCUUUUUUAUGAGAACGCAAGGGAGCAGUGGACACAGAAGAGUCGUGAAAACCAGCACUGGAGUUUAGGUAAGUUUAUUGAUUCUUAUUAGGGUUAAUUUUAACUAUUAAGAUGAGACAUGACAAAAAAAAUUAAUGAAAUGUUCGCUAAAAAAAGGCUUUUAGCAACCAUUGAAGAGAGCCAAAAAGAGGGAGGAAUAAGCAAGCAUUCACAAACAUACGUUUGAACUAAUAAUGUGUUUAUAUUUUUAUUUAAAAUAUUAAAGUAUAUAAUUAUAAUUCAAACAAAUUAAUGUGUGUAUAAUAUAUAUGAAAUAAAGGAAUGAACACAUUAAAUUUGCAAGGAAGUAUUGCCUGAAUUCUUAAGACAUUUUGCCCCCACUUAAAUCUUUAUCACAAUCCAACCUACAUAUGGUGCUGAUAAUUAUAUAUAAAGACAAAUUAAUUAAUUACUCCGGAUUUAAAAGAACACUCGGUUUUUUGUGCACAACUUUCUUCAGGAAAUCUUCUAUUUCUCUUUUUUCCCCUCUUUCAAUCAUGGACUGCAUACAGGCAACCAAACUGAUCAUUUAAAUGCAUAUGUGUAUGUAUAUAUUGAAAUCUGCAAUUCGCACUCCAUGUAAAGCUCCUCUCCAGGAAGUGGUCUAGUUGUUCCGUGUAUCCGUAUUCUUCAAUGCAAUGCACAGAAUUCGGAGUUUCAGUAUUACAUGUGUGAAUGCUAAAAAGACAUUAUUUCAUAUUGAAUUAAUGUGUGUUAGUCACGGCCCUGCUUAAAAAGGGGCAGCCACUUUUUAAUUUUAUUUUUUAUCUUUAAGUGUGCAUCUUUUCUAAAGUUGUUGUUGUGUUUAUGCUUGAACUCACGUGGCCAACUAUCUGUACUUCAUUGCAUUGUAGCCACCGUCUAUGGUCUAUGGUUCUGCAUUAAAGAACUUAGUGAUUAUAUUUUUUUUUCAAGAGACCCUUAUAUAUUUAACAUAUAUAGUUAUGCAGAAAGCUUUACAAGAUACAAGUAUCACUCAUAGGUUGGGUAACAGACAGAGAUAUGUAGCAUGACGUAUUGCAACAAAAGGAGCCUGGAAACCUACCUUUGCAUCUAAAUGUAAAAGUGCUUUUAGUGUUUAUAUACAACAUUUUAUGUAAAAAAAAAAAAAACAUGCACUUACAAUCUAAAGUGACAAUAUGCAUUGAAAGAAAAUGUAGUGUAGGAUAAAAUACAGUUUAUAACUGGAGGAGGAGUUGACUUGGUUAUCUGGUAAUAAUGAAAGUAGGAUGAAAGUAGGAUGCCAGUAUUCUGUGUGUUACAUUGAAUAUUAAAAUGAUCUUUGAUUGCUUUUCUACAACUUCCCUUAAAACAGUGCUGGUUAUCUGGAAUAUUUUUGUUCAGCAUCCUGUGCAGGCACUUGACAUUUUCAGUUUGGGUUUUUCCCAUGAGCCCAAAUGCAGCCAUGCAUGACUGUGUGAACUCAUGCUUAAUAAGAGCGAUUAAGAAAAUUAUUGCAGAGAAAAUCAAGAUCUUUGAGGAAUUCGCUAUAUUAUAGCAUAUAUUAUUGUUCCUGUUCUGAACAUAUAGGUUGAGGGUGUUUCCUUGUGGUUUAAAAACCGUAAAUGACUGAGUAGAUUGGUACUGUUCCUUUAAGUUAUUUUUUAUACAAUUCAUUGUAUUCCAAAUUUUUGGUCAGGAAUGUUAUGUUUGGCUGUUAUCGUUUGCUACAAUUAGUGUGAUUUUAUAGUUGGACCCGAUACAGUGUAAUCGGACCGUUUUAGUUUACUAUCUGUGGUAGUGAGGCUAUUUUUUGUGUGUCCGGAGGGAUUCUGAUAGCAUAAGUAUAGACGAGUCAGAUUAAAAGUAAUAGUUGCAGGGCUUCACUCGAAGUAAAACAGCCCAAACAUGGGUAUUAAUUUCCCUGCCCUUUACUCUAGACAGGCAUGAACUUAUUCAAACUAGUAGUUUUAGACGUGUUCUACAUUUAAUUUUGGUCGUUUUGUGUCAAAAUCUGCCAUACAAAAUUCAAGCUCAUGUUCCACUUACUUCAUAAUACAUGCCGUUAAUGUAAAAUACUACUUUAAAAGAAUGCUAAUUGUCCUUCUUUAGGUUUUGUCAAGGAUAUGAUCCACCUUCUCUGCACUGGGUAUUAUCACAGGGUUAGCGAGCAUUCGCAUGCAUGCUCAUUAAUUUCUCCUAUAAGUCUAUUGACAGGGGUUUUAAAUUUACUUGAAAUAAUUGUUUGUGCAAAAGAAUAGAACCUGCUGGCAGCCUCUGUUCACUUCUGUAAGAGUUGGGUUUUUUUUUUGGUUUUUUUUACUCAGUCACUGGAUAAGCUUUUUUUUUUUUUUAUAUUUCAUUGUAAGACACUGGUUAGGUGCUUGACAUUCUGUCUAAUCCUCAUUUUUAUUUUUGCAUUAAACUCUAGCAACAUACAAAAUAAAAUCACAAUGAUUAAUAAUUUGUGUGAUUCUUUACCAGGAUCAUUUUGUUUAUUUUUUUGUGUAAUCCAACUGACCGGGUUGUCCCUUUAAACUUGCAACUUCUUUAUUCUUUCGGACAUACUCUGUAGGAUGUAGAUAUCGCAGGUUGUGAAAGUGUACUCUUCAUAGGACGCUGUUAUAGAACUUGGCCUUAUUUCACAAAGGAUGUAAAUCUAUUAACCAUAAUUGCAUCAAUUCUGAAGCAAUGUCAGUUUGAAUUGACAUGUUUCUAUUAUAACCAACAACCGGAGAAUACAGUAACCAUUGCAACAGCCUUGAUCGUUAGAAAUGUUGGUGUCAAAACACCAAAGAUUGUAAAAUAAUCUAAAGUUUUUAUAGAUCACCUUGCCGGGGCUCAUUUUUUUACGAAACUAUUCACGGUAUUCUUGCUGUGAGUACAAAGUGCUGCAUUUGAAUUAGGAUUGUGACAUUACUUGGUUAAAAAAGGUUUAAUAAGGGCUCUCAAAGGAGGAAGAGAAAGUUAAAGAGCUCAUGUUUACCAAAUGCUUGUUGUUGUCAUGCUUCUCUAAUAAUGUCUGAUGGUGCUUCCAAGUAGGAAUUUAACUUAAACAUGCAUCAAGCCCAUCAAUCUGAACACAGAUAAUGUACUCGUCUCUCUUUGUUAAUCUUAAAUGUUAGUUAUUGCAUAGUAUGAGCUGGAUAACUGAUAUAUUCUAUCCUAAACAUGCAUGAACCAGAUGUUUUAAAGCAUAAAUACAACUUUUUUUUUUAUUGUUUAAAUGUGCACUUGUAGAAAUAAUUAAGAUUACUUAUAAAGGGUAGUUCUGGGGCAGAGUUCUAAGUCGAGCAAUCGCCAUAGAAACCAAUGGAAUGCUGCUGCUAAUUAGAAUUGUUUUUACUCCAGAACAUCUGUGCAAAUGAAUCAUUACUACUACAGUGGUUUAUGUGCGUAUGUAAGUGGGGCUGCUUUGUUUACCAAAAUUUGUUUUAUUUUUAUAUUCUAUGGAUGAUAUAUUUGGAUGAUACUAAUUAUAGUGAGCGAUCUAUACAUGUUGAAAGAGACCAAUGAUUUAAUAGCGCAGUUUACAAACACAACCAACCAUAUUUUUCAUGUUUUUUUGUUUUAAAUUUUAUUAUUCCGGUUUUGUUUCAUAGAAAAUGUUGUUAUAUAAUUGAAGGUCCUGCAGUUAUACUUAUACAGGUUGAAGUGAUAUUCAAAAUAAACAGUCUAUCACAGUGUCUGCACAUGAAUUUAACAUUUUAAUUGCAAUGUCUACAUCAAUCAUGUAAAUAAGGAUGAUCUCCGAUUGCUUGGCCCACUAAACUACACAGCCUAUCCUUUACCUUCUUGAUUGUAUUAUUUCCUAUCUAAGUCUUCUGGAGGCUGUGGACUCAAGGAAAUUCAAGGGGAUGCCUUGGCCCCCCACAUGGAUUUUACCAUGAAUUUGCAUUGACAGCGAUUCUCUUGAUCCAUCUUUCUGAUCUUUUCUCAUUGUUUGUGUUGCAUGUAGGCAGAAGCCAUAAAUUCUAGUGUGUGGCAAGUCCGGUUAAAAUGCAGCGUUCCUUUUAAAAAGCAUCAGCCGUGUAAGGUAUGUGGCAACUACCCGGGGGGGACAAGCAAUUCCAUCCAGUUCUUGCUAGGAUUUAUGUUGUAACAUUUGUCUUUCCCUCUAAACUCACAGAGCUGCUUUCUGUCUGGACCCACACUGCUGCUGCAGAUCUAUUUUGCUGUCAGGCUGGAUGGCAGCCAACAGGACUUAGAGACUCUCAGGAAGUACAUACUAGAGAAUAUUUUUAUGAUCUUUGUUACAGCUGACCAAGUUGGAGACAUCAGUGAGUAAUGGACAGAGGGCUAAUGGAGGUGUAAAAUGCUGGUUUUAUUGGUUUAGACUAUGGGCUCUUUAUUAAAGAUCAUUUCCUUGUUUAAUAAAUAAUGGUUUCUCUCUUCUUCUUUUUUACUUUUUUUUUACACAGAUGAGUCCUUAAUGAGCAUAUAUGUUUUGAAUUCUGGGAAUGGUCUGGUUCAUAUGCAGGUAACUAAACACCUAUGUCACUUGUGUGCUGCCGCUGAUAUCAUUUAGAGUGAUAGUGUGUUUAUCCUUCUAUUGUAUUUGCCGUCUAUGCCUAAAGUACGCAAAAAAAUAAAUAUAUAAAAAAUAAAAUAAAAAUGAUCAUGCUGAGGACAUGUACUAAAAGGCUUGCUUUGCUUAUCAGGCAAUCAAGUAGUAUAUGUCUGUUACUCAUGAUGGACAGAGCCUCUUGUUGCUACUGUAGUAAAAGAUCGUCUUUUUUUUUUUCUUUUUUCAAAGUGGAUGCAGGGAACCUAAUUAGUGACCUGUCUGUGUGUUCUAUAUUCAUAUACUUAAAGGGAUACUUUACGCACCAUAACAAUUACAGUGCUCUGUAGUGGUAAUGAAGUCCCUUGGUGCUACGCAACAAUAAACCGUCAGUGUAAGCACCAUUUUACACUUAACCUGUCUGUGUUGGGUGCCUGUACUGCUUCCAGUUUGUGUUAAUUAGGGAAAUCAUACUUCUGCAUUAUCAUACCACCGCAUACCAAGCUUCAACAUUAUUCAUUCCCUGAGAGUGUUUGCUAACUUUCAGUCAAUGAAUAAUGUCCCUACUUGGGUUGGCGUGAGAAUGCAGAAUUCAGAAACUUUUGUUUUACCAUAACAACUCAGAAGCUUAACAAUCGAUAAAUAGUUUUUAAACAGUUUGACAGUUUAGCGUUGGUUUGGUGCCAGUUUUCUAAAACUAGUGGUGACACACAGGAAUAAAAAGUUCAUACAGUAAAAUAAUUCUAGUGAUUUACAUGGAAAGAGGCAAAUACUUUUUUGGAUCUACACUUGAAUUAUUGUCUUAGUGUUUGGUGCAUUUGUUUUCAUUAUCGCGUCGUUGACUGCUCAGCUUUUGUCUCUACUGGUUAAAAAACCCAAACUUUUAAUAAGGUUUUGAACGAUGCCAGUAGAAUAUUGCAUUCUAUGACACAAUAAAAAAAAAAUCUGAUUCAAAAAUUAUUUUAAAGACACUGAAAUGUUAAAUAAUUUUUUGCCACAAUGUAUAAAAACUGUUUUGACUUUUUAAAAGUUUUCAUUCUGUGAUCAGUCUAUUUCUGCUUUGUUAGCAGACAUCACUCUGCUAUUCUGUCACACUUAAUUAUAACAACUUAGAAAUGAGUCCUUGAGCAGGUUUAGGUGCAGCAACCUUUGUGACCUUCCAAUUUUUGCCACAUACGUUUGUUUUAACUAUUGAGUGGAUAAGGACUUUUCAUUGUUAUUUAUUGGGAUUUGUGGAGAAUUGCUGAGGAUAUUGCACAUUUUAGGCCAAAUUCACUGAACUGGAAGAAAAAAUUCCAACUCUUCUAGCUCUGCUCUUUUGGUGUAAAUGUUAUAGUGCCCGUGUGAGUUCUCAACAAAUCUCAGUCUAGCGAAUAAGCUAAAUGUUGGUUAUAGUUGUUUCUGUGGAUUUCAUGUAGCAAUUUAAUGAAGAAACGAAGUAGGCUUGCUAAAAAUAUAUAUACAUUUUUUUCCCCUUUCAUUCUCCCUUUUCCCAAUUCCCUGUCUCCCAUUUGACCAUUCUCUCCAGCAUAAUAAAAGCAUUACUUAAUUUCCAUGUACAUUGGGAAGUAAGUUUCCUCUUCACACUUUGCCCUCACCCCUCCACAUGUAGAAAUCUGAGUGUAAACAUAGGAUGUAUGUUACUUUUAUGGUCGUUGGUUAAUCAUGUUGUCCCCUCUUGUUUUCUUUUCUUUUUUUUUUGCAGGAUAUUCAUCAUUUUCUUGGAGAUAGUUUGUCAGUCCAUUUUGAACCUGUAAUGCUUCUGAGCUCUUCCAUUAACUUCACUAAAGCUGCCACCAUUAUGUGUUCCGGUCAGUCAAUAAUGUUUUUCUGAGUGAUUUGCUUCUGGCUAUGUGGGAGGUAAACAAAAUUGCAAAUGCAAAAAUGCAUAAUUUAAUGUUUUAAUAUGCAAGCAUUGUAUGCACGCAUCCCCUUUGUGCAGUUUAAUCUCUGGCAGAUCUGGGGUAUACAAGUCCCAGCCUGCCUUAGAUUAUUGAGAUUUACAUUGUUGAGCAGAACUAGCCACAAUUUUAACUGCAACUUUGUAAACACAAUUUAGUUUUUUGUAAAUUUAAAAACAAUCAUACGACCUUGGGCUGUAACUCCUAUUAAUCUUAGGCAAUGCAUCUCCGUUUGUUUGCAAGUGCCUGUAUGCAUUUCUAGCUUAGAAAUAAGCUGUUGGUUAAUCAUGGUGGUAUAUAGAAUGAACUUGUUUAGAAGUCCCCUGUGAUUUUGCUUUGUGUUGGAAUGUACACUGAAGUGGUUAUUAGCUCACAUAGCAAUGACUGUCUGCUCUUUAGCAAAAUAAACUUGUUUUACAAGAGACUUAUAAAUGCUGUUUUAAAAAUGGGUUAUUUCUGUCCCGUGGUUUAGCUACUGCGCGAGACUCUGCAUUUGACUGUUCAGAAGAAAAAAAGAUGAACCUGGUGGAAGCUGCUUCUCCUCCAUACUUGUGUAUUUCUCCCAAUUUAACAGAGGGGUAUGAUAUUCACUUUUACUCACCAUCCUGUGUCUGUGUGUUUAAAUCUGUGUGCUGCUUGUUUACUGUAGUAAGGUCCAAAAAAAUUUGCUCUUUUUGCAGAUAUCUGAAACUUGAUACUUCCAAGGUGGUUUUUUAUAUGCAGCCGCUCCAAGACCCUGUUGGCUUAUAUUCGAUUUGGUUAGAAAAUAGCCUACGUUUUCCUAUUGCUGUCACAGAAGUUCUCAUCGCCGAAGAAGCAAAGAGUUUCUUUAAGGUAGGGUGUGCUCGUUAUCUCAAGGAGCCGAAGGAGAAUUUGUAUUUUUUUCAGAUUAAUACUGUACAUUAAACAAUCUCAUUUUUACAUUAGAUGGCAGCCAACUUAACAAGCAGGUACAAUUUAAGGUAUAAUAUUUUCAGACACACGUUUAAAUGAUGCUCCUUCUGAUGUAUGUAUGUGUGGGAUUUAUAUACUGUCAUUUUAAAAGACAACAAAACUAUAUUGCAAAGAGCAGGGCUCUAUGCUUCUAGACAGACCUAAAAGUUACUCUCCACUGCCAGCCUAGAGAGAUCAUGGCACACUGAGCAGGACUGAAUGUCUUCUCACCGGGGCUGAAUUUCCACUGUCCACUUGUGAGUGGAAAUUCUGAGCACUGACAGAGAAUUGUAUACCUGCUCAGAUGUGGAUAUGCAGUGAUGUUAAAGAACUUACUUUGCAAGUUGUUAUUAAUGAAGUGAAGUGAUAAUUGCACGUUAACAAGAAAUUUAAAAACUUGUAUUUAGGUCAUAUUAGUUUAGUAGUGAGUUACUGAAAUAGUGAGUCAAUCGUAAACUUCAGAACUGCACAGGAUUUUCAUAAAUGACAACUAUUUAGCUCCAUGUGACCAAUAAACCGUAAUAUGUUCUUGUAGCGUGCAAAUUUGUCCACAUGAUAUUUACACUUAAUGUGCACUUUUUUUAUUCAUGACAUAUCACAGCUACAUCUCCCUGAUGUUUGACGGUUAAAACAAAAAUAAUUGAAAUUAGAUGUAAAGUUCAUUACACCGUUAUUUUCACUCACCUUUCGUAGUUAUUUUCUUGAAUUGCUGCUGAAUACUGUAUAGACUGUGAUUAUUAUGCAUGAUGCACAAUGACUUGAGGUUUUAUCAAGGUAAUAGGUAGGCAAACAUUCCGCUUUAUUAAGGCAGAACCUGCCAUUACAUAUUAUGGUGCUAAAAUGGGGUCCUCUUGCAGAGACGUCCUAAUUCAUCAAUAAUGGUGCAGCAUGGGAUAGCUCUAUUUCCAGCUAAUGCCACCAUCUGCUUUCUGUUAGUGAAGACUCAUUUCUCACGCUCCUAAAAUAUAACACAUUGGUGAUAAACAGAUGGACCUCUAUGGAGUGGGAACAGAAGUUAGAAAGUCUCCCAAGUAACACAUGACGCUGUGCACAUCACCCAGUCUUAUCUCCUAAAUAGGAUUGGGAGCAUUUCCAUUCUUAAUGGUUUUGGGAUUUAUCAUUGUUAAUAAUGUUUAUUAUGAAGUAACAAGCUGACAUUUUUACAAAAUCGUUUUAUUUCUGCCAUUUUAUUUGUGCCAUCUCUUUAUUAAGCAACUCUUGGCUAUGCAUCCAUUAUGAAAAUAUAUUUUUCCACACAUUUCCUUUCGGAAGUAAUACCAAAUCAGAAAAGUGAGUGGCUGUUGGUCUGAGUUGGAGAUUAGUGUGUAUGCUUGUGUGGUGUGUGUGUGUGUGUGUGUAUAUAUGUGUGUGUGUGUGUGUGUGUGUGUGUGUAUAUAUAUAUAUCUAUAUCUCUUUCUCGCUCUCGCUCUCGCUAUCUAUAUAUAUAUAUAUAUAUAUAUAUAUAUAUAUAUAUAUAUAUAUAUAUAUAUAUAUAUAUAUAUAUAUAUAUAUAUAUAUAUAUCUAUAUCAUUCAAACAGUAUGCAGUGAUGUAUUUAUUAUUGGAAUAACAUAGAAUUUAGAAGAAAAAAAUUCAAGAUUUUCUCUCUUCCUCCAUUCUGAAGAAAUACUGAUCAAUAUGGUAGUGUUAGUUUAACUUAAAACAUCUGACAUUGUUAGAGAAGGGGGAUGUGAUGAGUGGGGAGCCAAACGGUUGAAUAUGAGUGUGUGAAAGGUGCAAAACAAGAAAAUAGAAUGGAGACAGUAAACCUAUAACAUAAGCACAUACUGUUCUCUUACAGCUAAUUUCUAUAUUUCUAAUUUCUAGAUAUAGAGAUAUCGAUAUCAAAAAUUAACUGCACUCCACGAUAUGAAAAAGUACUCUGCCUGGUACUGAUCCGCAAAAAAUAUAUAAGUAAUCUUAAAUGGUAGCACUCCAAGGACUUCAUAUAUAAAACCUAGCUUUUAUUUAGCUUUUGCAGAUUAAAAAUUGUUGGCGUUUUAGUUUACAUAUGAAACUUUCAUCAGUAUAUAUAUCUAUAAUGUGUAUAUGCAUGUAUGUGUAUAAUAUAUACAUACACACACACACAAACAUACAUACAUUAUAUAUGUCUGUGAAUAAAGUCCUUGGAGUGCUACAAUUUAAGAUUACUUAUAUAUUUUUUGGCGGAUCAGUACCAGGCAGAGUACUUUUCAUAUCGUGAAGUGCAGUUAAUUUUUUAUAUCGAUAUUUCUAUAUCUAGAAAUUUUGAGUGUGAGUGUGUCUCUCUCUACACGUGCGCACACACACAUAAAAAUAAGAGACAAGGGACCAUGAUAAAGCUCUGGUGACCAGGCAUGAAAUACCACAUUUAUUUUGGUAAAUGUAGUUGUUAGAAGUGAAAUGUGAUCAUUAAACAUUUUAGGUCAUUUAACACAAACUGCAAAGUUAUAACUAAAAGGAUAUGCUACCUAAACUACAUUCAAAUUUAAUUCCUUCAAACCCUUACCUGCAGUUCUCUUGAAUUUUCUGAUAUUUUUCAUAAAGUUCUGAUCCUAACUCAUAAUCUAUACUCCAAGCAGGCAUUCCCAAUUAAAAUUAUUUUUGUCAGCAUAGCAUGUCUUCUAAUGAAAAUAAGAAUUACCUCAGUUUAGGAUUUAUAAAUCUAUAAUAUUUCCAUUUUAAAUGACUACUAUAGGCACCCAGACCGCUUCACCUCAAUGAAGUGGUCUGGGUGCCAAGUCCAUCUAGUUUUAUCCCUGCAGCUGUAAACAUAGCAGUUUCAGAGAAUGAGCUAUGAGGGUUAAUCCAGCCUCUAGUGGCUGAAAACCACAGUGAGAAGACGCUGACGUCCGUAGGAAAACAUUGAGUAAUGGUUUGAAUGCGCAUUCGGAGCUGACGUCGGCAGAGGGAGGAACGUUGCCCAGCGCCAAGGGAGCCCGGCCCUGGAGAAAGUUAAGUGGCUGAAGGGGUAUUAACCCCUUCAGCCCAGCGGGAGGGGGGCCAUCGCGGGGGGACCUAAGGACUACAUAGUGCCAGAAAAAAAACGAGUUUUCCUGGCACUAUAGUGGUCCUUUAAUUCAUAUUUUAUAGUUUUAACAGUUUUAUUUCCUAGAUUAUAUUAUAUAAGAAUUGUGGAAGCGGUCUCUAGUGGCUGUCAAUGAGAGGCUGGAUUAACCCUAGUGUAAAUAUAGCGGUUUCUCUGAAACUGCUGUUUUCAGCUGCAGUGUUAAAACUAGUGGGACCUGGCACCCAGACCACUUCGUUGAGCUGAAGUGGUCGAGGUGCCUAUAGUGGUCCUUUAAAUAUUUGACACACUUGACUAUACAGUGUUGUAUAUUUCUAAUUUCUGCCCAAGUACUACAAGUGUUGUGCUGACAUCUGCUGGUGAAUAAGUAUACUGUAACUUAGUCUUUGUUUUGGCAUACUUGCUACCAUAAUGUUUAAUACUAAUAUUAGAGUCUAAAUAUAUUUAGCUAUAGCCCCAAAGAAGAUAUGCAAGUAAUUUGUUUUGCAUGUUUUCUUUGAGGGUUUGUGAAAUAUUGGAUUUUAAUAGAUGCAGAUCCAAAAUAUGCAGCUACUGCAGGCCCCUCCUUCUCAAGUUCAUAUGUUUUGUGGCUGUCCAAUCACAAACUUUCCAAUGCAAGUCAAUCUCGAAGUCUUUGCAAGGCAUGUUGAAGUUUUUUGUGUUUGAAAUUUGUCUUCUUGUAGGAUUACUUGUAUAUCACACAAUUUAACUUUUUUACUUGCAUAUUUGGAAGACAUUUGAAAACAGCAGUCACUCGUGAUGAUUAUACUUCCAUAAUAAAGAUUCUUUAGGGCCGCACCAUUCCUGUGAAAUACCAAUCCCUCCUCCAUUAGAGACUCACUAGUCAGAAAGCUUCCCUCCCUCUCCCCACAUUUCACUAACCACUUCUCUUCCUUGUCCUCCAUCUGCACGCCUAGCUUGUCUUGUUGCAAGUAUUUGUUUGUUAGUCUGUCUAUGAGACAGUGCUGCACAAUGUGUGGGAGCUUCAUAAUUCACAAUGCUUAUAAUACUUGAGGGGGGUUUGCAUUUUUUGCAAACACUUCUCAAAGUAUCAGAUAUAAUAAAGUCCAGAAGAGACCUCUAGAAGAUCACACAAGAUCCUUCAUAGAGGAAAUGGCAUUGAGAUGAGAUGCAUUGCACAUAUAUAGAUCUGUUAUUGGGUAAAUCUAAUCAAAGGAAGCUUAUUAAAGAUGAUCUCCUAAAUCACUGUAUUAUCUUGUAUCUUUAGAUCCUUAACUUUUCCCAUCUUGCAAAGUUGCCCCCUGGCUGCUGGGAUGUGUUUACAUUGAAGAUCCAAGCCAAAGACACCCGAUUCAAUUAUCUGACUAAAAUAAGGAUCGCAACCUCUAUAGGUGUCACAUUCGAGGUUCCAAUCCACAUUCAGUCUGUGCUAUCUGAGGUACGGUUAGUGGAAGCUUGCAUAAUGAAUUUAUGUCCAUAUCAUCUUGUUUUUGUCUAAAGAUAUAGAGCAAUUAUAUGCACAACAAAUGUAGAAUUACAAGCCUGCAUCUGUGUUUUAUUUUUAUUUUUUUUGGGACUAUAGAUAACUCUUAAUGAAGUAAACUACAUAACUGAAAGUAUCCUAUGUAAUUUUUAUGCCUUUUAUAUCUCUUCUUUUUAGCCAGGGAACAUACCUCUUAGGUUUCACACACAAUGCGGAUUGCACCCUAUAAUCAAGAACCUUGGCGCAGGUAAUUAUAUUAUUAUUAUUCUGUGGAUGUGCAUAAACUAGCUAUAUAAUUUAAAUAAUUGAUCUAUGCCAAUGAGUGACAGAGAGCAGGAGAACCAUUCUACAGGUCAUUUUCCUGCUCUCCAUCACAAAGUCUGUUCUAAAGAAUAUGUUCUAAAAUUUACUCCAUAAGCUCUCUGAAUGUACUCUUUUAAUGAUGCAAUGGAUAAUAAUUAAAAUGCUUGCAUGACAUUAAAUUUAGUUCCAAUCUCAAAUUGGCUUCUGUGGCCUUGAGGGGAAAAAAAAAAUUGUAAAUUGUAAAAAUGUUAUUUUGCAAGAUUUGUAAUGGAAGCAUAUUUUUUAAUCAUUUAGACUUUACUUUUAUCAUACUUUUGAAAUGUUGCAUAUUUUCUUUGAGAUAAUUAAAAUAGAAAUAUUAUAGUUUUUUUAAAUCCUAAACUGAUGUAAUUCUUAUUUUCAUUAGAAGACAUGUUACGCUGGCAACAAUCAUUUUCAUUGGGAAUGUCUGCUUGGAGUAUAGAUUAUGAGUUGGGAUCAGAACUUUAUGAAAAAUAUCAGAAAAUUCAAGAUGGAGAGAACGGCAGGUAAGGGUCUGAAGGAAUUAAAUUUGAAUGUAGUUUAGGUAGCAUAUCCUUUUAGUUAUAACUUUGUAGUUUGUGUUAAAUGAUUUCAUUUCUAUCAACUACAUUUACCAAAAUAAAUGUGGUAUUUCAUUCCCGGUCACCAUAGCUUUAUCAUGAUCCCUUGAGAGGCUUGCCUCUUAUUUUUAGAAAUAUCUGUGCUAUAGCAGGUAGUUUGCACUGGAGCCUCUAACUUUGUGCCACUCCCCUGGAAUGUUUUAUUAUUGGAUGUAUGCUUUAUUUUUAUGUUUUAUUUAUAUUUUUUUAUCUUCACUUCACAGAAAGAAAAGUUUGGAGAGUAUUAAUUCUCCCCAGCAAAAGAGAGACACUUAUAGACCCUUCAUGCUUCUUCCCCAGUUGAUUUCUGAACCUGGUCUUGUGGUGACGUUUACAGCAACUGCACUAAAUAACAAUUCGGUAAUAGGGCAAACCAUUACGGCUUCUUAUCACGAGUUACAACCAGGAGUUGAUUUCUACGACGGAAACCUAGACUCUAUUUCUAGCACAAACAUUUUAUGAACAGAUUGUAAAUAGUUUUAUCAAGUACCAUCUAAUUUACUUAUUCUGAGAAGGUGCAGUUCAACUAUUUUAUGUAUGAAUUAGUGUUUUUACAAUAUUCUACCUUGUAUAUUUUGCAUGCACAUCCUCACUCCUGUAUUAUACAUGGAUGUGUUUGGACUUGUUAUUAAGUAUUCUGAAUUUUUGUCUUUUUUUUUUUUUUUUUUGAAGCAGGUUGCUUGUAUUUGUUCUUACUGCACUGUGAGCUGCAUAAUGUUUUAGAUCAGGAUUGGAAGCCGUAUGAUAUUGAGGCUUCUAAUGCUGAAAUGUAUCUGAUUCACUCUGUGGUCAUCAACCAAAACAUUUACGUAUAGAGCUUGACUAUUUAAAUACAUUGCCAAAAGUCCUUAAAUUCUGUCAGGAAAAAGAAUCACUAACUUGGACAGACCUGAUGUAAAUGUUUAUUUUAUGAUUUUCCCUCUUUAUCUGAAUUUGUUUUCCAGGUCGAUUAUGUGACACUAAAGAACCCUUCUCCCUUCUCUGUGACUGUACAGCUUCUACCUCUAUCCCAGUAUCCCAAUCCUCAAGCUGUGUUGGGUCUGCUUAACAAAUGGUAUGAAUAUCAGUCAUUCUAACUCCUGUCAGGAGUACCAUUGGUACUGCUUUCACCAAAAGAAAAUAUGCUAUUGUUGCCACUGAAGGGUGAACAUCACUAUGGAAGCUAAUCUAAGAUAUUUACUUUGGCAACGUGUCUCUCUGCUGGAUUUCUAUGUACUUCACGCAUAACAAUUUGUUGGUUUUUUUUUUUUCCUGUGGAUUUUUAAAGAAUUGUUUCUGCAUUGUAAUAAUCUAAAAUGAAGAUAUCCAGCUGAGAGCCAGGUUGCCAAUGUAAAUAUUACAGAUUAGCAUCAGUAUUGGUACUCCCUUUCCAAUGAAAACAAUGCUACAUUUUCUUUUGUUGCAAAUAACCGCUAGUCUAAAUUUACUUUUGAACCACAGGAAAAGGACCACGUUUCAGUUGUGCAUUAACAUUUGCAUUAGAUGGCAACGUUAACCUGAAGACUAAACAAAGAACCAAAAGUCUCUCUGACGUUUUUUUUUUUGUAUAUGUGUAAAUGAAGCUCAUAGUUGAGUUUAUAUAAAUUACAAUUCUGUUUAUUUUAAAUGUUCCUAUGGUUCUUCUGAUCACACACAGUCUAGCACCUGCAAAUUCAAAACUACUAGGCUGAUGUGAAAUGUUGUUUCAAGGCCAUUUAAAGUUGUGCUGUUAGUUUUACCAUUUCAUAAUUUUGUUUAUUUUGCGUUACCCAUAGAAUGAACUAUUGCUAGUUUAGCUGUAAAUACCACUUACCAUCAUCCAGUGGCGUACACAUGACCCAUGGGGCCCCGGUGCGAAAAUUGAUCCGCGGGCCUCCCCCCGCGCGGGCCGGGCCGCAACACAUGGCGGUGGGCACCUGGUCGCAGGGGUUACAGGGCUGCGACCCCUGCGACCGCGGUAUGUACGCCAGUGCAUGCAGAUGCACACACACUUAAAGGACCACUCUAGGCACCCAGACCACUUCAGCUUAAUGAAGUGGUCUGGGUGCCAGGUCGAGCUAGGGUUAACCCAUUUUUUCAUAAACAUAGCAGUUUCAGAGAAACUGCUGUGUUUAUGAAUGGGUUAAGCCUUCCCCUAUUUCCUCUAGUGGCUGUCCCAUUGACAGCCGCUAGAGGCGCUUGCGUGCUUCUCACUGUGAUUUUCACAGUGAGAGCACGCCAGCGUCCAUAGGAAAGCAUUAUGAAUGCUUUCCUAUGUGACCGGCUGAAUGCGUGCACAGCUCUUGCGGUCGCAUUCGGAGCUGAGAGGCUGAGGGAUCCUCAGCGCCAAGGGAGUCCGGCGCUGGAGAAAGGUAAGUGCUGAAGACACACACACACACUUAGUCGCAUACACACUAGCUAACAGACACACACAUUUACUGACAGAGACACAGUCAGCGACAGACAUACAUACACACUCACUUACAAAACAUACACUCUCAUUGACAAACACACACACUCACUAACAGACAUCAAACAGACUCACUAACACACACACACCUCAGUAAGACACACAUACAGUAACACGCCACUGAGCACUCACUAGCAUGACACACACACACUAAUACACUAACACUCACUCUAACACUCACUCUAACACUCACUCUAACACUCACUCUAACACUCACUCUAACACUCACUCUAACACUCACUCUAACACUCACUCUAACACCACCUAACACUCACUCUAACACUCACUCUAACACUCACUCUAACACUCACUCUAACACCUACUCUAACACUCACUCUAACACUCACUCUAACACUCACUCUAACACUCACUCUACUCACUAACACUCUAACACUCACUCUAACACUCACUCCUCCUAACACACCUACACCUCACUCACACUCACUCUACACUCUCCCACACUCACACUCACUCUACACACUCACUCACUCCUCACACUCACACACACUCACACUCACUCUCACACUCACACACACUCACACUCACACUCACUCUAACACUCACACACACUAACACUCACUCUAACACUCACUCUAACACUCACACUAACACUCACACUCACUCUAACACAUGAUUUUUUUUUUUUUUUAAUAUAAUCCCCCCAGCCUCCUUACCUCUUGGGAUUAUUCCCUGGGGUCCAGUGGGGCUCCUGGGCGGGUAGCCGGUCGGGCAGGCAGGCGGGCGCGCGAGGGAGCACUCAGUGCUUCCUCUUCAGCUCCCUCGCGCGCCGCGUAGGGAUGCCGGCGCCGGAAGAUGACGUCAUCUUCCGGCUCCGGUAUCAUUGCGGUGCGCGAGGGAGCUGAAGAGGAAGCACUGAGUGCUCCCUCGCGCGCCCGCCUGCCUGCCCGACCGGCCACCCGGGGUCAGCAGGGCCAGCCUCAGGGGGGCCCUUGGGUGGUCGGCUCCUGGGCCCCCCAGGGGAAGAGGCUGGCCCUGUGGGUACAUACCGUGUCGCAGGGGCGGCCGGGCUCGGUCGCAGUCGCGACCCCUGCGACCCUGGUAUGUACGCCAGUGCCAUCAUCUCACAAUUUGUUUCUGUUAUCUUUGAAUUGCAUCCAAAUUUUUAACUCUUCUGUGAUCGAUAUUGUGUGCAUACAAUGUAAUGUUGGCAGAAAAAAGACCAAACACUGACAAAACAGACUUAAAAUUUAUUUUUAAAAUAUCAACACAAUGCAGUAGCUUUUAAUUUAUUAAAUAUUGCUGCAUAAUCGGGUUCUAAUGCAACAAAUAUAUGUCUUGGAUUGUCUUUUUAUGGAAAUGGAUGCUCUGUUUAACAUCUUGAACCAAUCACCUCCUCAAGGGUGUGGGUUCUAAUAAGCACCAUUGAAGAGUGGAGGCGAACUUCUUAUAACAAUAUGGAAAUUUGCAAUAGUUUAAAUCCGGACAUUAAAUGAAAUUAGAUUUGCAGAACUCUGGCUAAAAUAACCACUUUGACUAUAGCUGAGUUGGAGAAUUUUUCCAGAUCUGUUAUUUUAGCCUUUGUUUUGCUAUUCUGAUUUAAUUCACUAUAAUUCUGAAUUUAGUGAAAAGGCCCGUUUGCAUUUAAUGUAAAAAUAUAUUAUUGUGUCAGGUGGUAGAAUCAAAUCAUGUAGACUAGAUUUGUGCAGAAUUACAUCUUAUUUUAUUUUGUUAUUGUAUUUUAAAAGAAAAAUAGAUUUGUGUUGGUUAGAAUAUUUAAAUUCCCAUGUGUUUAUUUGCAGGUAUGGUGUAAUUGAGCAGUCUAUGGAUGUCACGACCGCUGAAUUCCGCCUCCAGAAUGAAUGCAAACAAAUGGUACGAGUUGUUUGCAUUUGUCCUUCUCCCCAAAAUGUGAUCUCAAUUAUGGUGUCUUCAUCCCUUUACAUUCGGAAGGUUACUGUAUUUUAUGUGUUUAGAAAUUACAAAAAUAACUCUAAAGUGAAAACGCGAUGGUGCGUGACCUAUUUUGUGAUGCCAAGGAGCAAAUUACUCUCAUACAUUAACUUGUCAAGAGUGGAAGGCGUACAGGUCCUCCCACAAGUGCACAUUUUUUAUUGGUUUUGUGUGCGUAAACAAUGGAAUCUUGGUUUUACAGUGCAAUAUUCAAUUGCAUGUAAUUUUACUUUAUGAGGGAAAGGCUGACAAUGAUGACCUAAAAGUGUAGUAACAGAAUCAACUUUGUUAACCCUUUUGUUAACAAAUUGUGCAUAGAGUUGAUCUAAUUCAAUGUAAGCUAAAAUAAAAAUAUAUAUUUUUUAAUGAUUUUGAACUAAAUGUUAGAAAUGUACAGGCCAGACUUAUUUUUCAUGGCUUCCUGUAAAUCUUCUACAAUAGCCAUUUGGUUAUAAGUGAUGUCUUUUAUCCUGCGUAUAUAACAGCUUGGUGCUGUAUAUUACAGUAUUAUUUAAUGUUACAGCAAGACGAAUUGAAGGAGUGCACCUUUGAAGUUCUUGAAUUACAGUUGCAGCCUUGGGAAAGUCGGAGAGUUGGAAUAGUCUUUACACCUUUGGACUAUAAAAAAGUCACUUCACUUAUAGUAAUCAGGUAAGUCUAGUUGCAGGAAUAAAUGCUUUCACGCUGGUAGUUACUAUCGAUUCUAGUUUUCACUGGGGUGGAAUAGUAACACAAUGAAGCACACAGUGGAGAUGGAAAUGUUGUAUAAUGACCAUGUGACUAUUUCUAGUAGAUUUGCUGCAGUAGAAUGAAACUUGCACCAGGAACAUUUAGAGUCUGUACAAAUAGGCAGUGAUGGAGUCUUUAGCAGUAUAAAGACCCACACUGAGGGUUAGUGCGUUAAGGUGCAGUCAACAACAUGCUGGGGUGCCUAAAUCCUCAAACAGCAAACCGGUUCCCUGCAGUAAGAUGUCAGAGGAGCAAAGAGCGACUGAUGGCACUCUUAAUUGAAGCAAGUUAAGAACGCACUUGGCAAAGCUACUCCAUAUACAUCGUUCAAAUAUUUACUGCUUAAACAUCCUCAAAAUAUUUUCUCAUAGGAAAGCAUUGGGAGGCUAUUGCACAUGUGGCGAAAAGCCACGCUAAGCCAAUAAGAUUCUCCUCAUAGAGAUGCAUUGAAUCAAUACCAUUUUAUGAGGAACAGUCAGUGCCUCCAUGCAGAGCAUAAACACACUAAAACACAGUGCUGCACGUUGUUCAGCAGUGACCCAGGAAGCACCCCUAGUGGCUGUCUGGGUGAUGGUAUGCAGUGAUGUAAAACACUGGCUUUUCUCUGAAAAGGCAAUUUUAGUAUUAAAAAGCCUGCAGGGACUGACUAUACACAACAGAACAACUACAUUAAUCUGUAGUUGUUCUGGUGACUAAGGUUUCCCUUUAGUUCACUAUGAACUUUCUUUGAAUUGUAUUCAACUUAGUUACCUCCCAGUGAGUUAUUCCUGCUGCCAUGUAUUCUUAUAGAGAGUCUAAAUCCAUCAUCCCGAUGGGAGUUUAUUAAACAUCUAUCAGACCAAUGAAGUUAUAGUUCAUGUAAUUUUUUUUUGCAGGAACAAUUUGACCAUAUUGGAUAUGAUCACUGUGGAGGGUAUUGGUGCCAGAGAAAUGCUGCGUGUAGGGGGAAGACUGCCCGGUAUAGGAGGAUCUUUAAGAUUCAAGGUUCCAGAGUCCACUUUGAUGGACUGCAGACAACGUGAGUGCCACACCAUAUGGAGUAAAUCCUACUUUACAUUCACUGAGCUGCCAGGUGACCAAGCUCGUGUUACUUUGUAAUUCUACCAAAAGAGAGCUUGACUUUUCAAGUUCUGAUAUGAAGUAUGUAUGUUACGAGUUGUAACUUUUUCAGGUUACAUUGACCAUAAGCAGAUCCGUCUCUUCUUUGGAAGUAAAAAUCAUAUCCUCAUCCUACUUAUUGCGAUUUGCAGUGCAGCAGAAGUGUGGGACACACCUACCUUAAUGCCACUUUCAUGUCCGAAGUGAUGGCUUCACCCCACAAUGAUCAAUCAUUCCUUCAGUAGUGCUGUACCCGUGUUCAUUUUGGCGGCAAAUUUCGAUUUAGUUUUAGUCAGUCUUUUGAGUAAAGAGCCAUUUUAGUCAUCUGAAUUGUUUUAAUUUUAGUCUAGUAUUAGUUGAUUAAAUCUGCAGUAGAUUUUAAUCGACAUGACUAAAAUCUAAUGGGUUUAGUUAAAGACUCUAUCUGUGUCUUUUGCCCCUAUCCCAGCACCCCAUGUGUCUCAUUUCCUCUCCUCCCUCCCCCAUUUCUCUUACCUGACAGUGUUAAUUUUGGCGGCAAAUUUCAGUUUAGUUUUAGUCAUAGUCUUCUGACUGAAAAGCCAUUUCAGCUUUAGUUGACAAAAUUAACACUGUGCUGUAUGUGCUCAUGGCACUCUAGGUGUCAGAUCCCUUUAUAUUGUUUUCUUUGUCUGUAACACGACAGCCAGGUAUACAAUGUAAAUAAUAAUUUUUUAAAAUAAGUUAUGCGACCCAUUGCUAGCUUUUAGUAAACUGUUGGAAUGUAAACAAAUUUUAGAUGUGGCAGUUUCACUUUGUCUCUUUAGUGGCCUCAUUCACCACAUUUUAAUGUUAAUUUAAGACAUUUUGAAAUCCGUACAAAUCUGCUUUUGUCACUGAACAGUUCUUACAUUUGUUACAAAUUACAACCGAAGUUGUCCGACUGCCAAGUGAACGUGUAAACAAAUUUGUUGCUCCUGAACAACAAUUUCUACUUGUUUUUAUUUUGUUUAUAUAUCUACGUUAUCCAAGAUAUCGGCAUGCUCACCAGUAAGACAUUCCCUUAUGUUCUUUGUAUUUAUUGCAACCUUGGCUUAGCUCAAUGUAAAUAUUAACUAUUGUGAUCAGCCAAAAUGAACCAUCAAGACUUGUCCCAAUACUGUGUUUUUAUUUUUUUUACAUUGCAGAGCUUAAAGAAGGCAGGCAAAUAUUGUCAAUCACAAAAAACUUCAAGGUUGAAAAUAUUGGAUCCCUGCCCAUAACCAUUCAGUCUAUGAAGAUAAAUGGAUACAACUGUCAGGGAUUUGGAUUUGAAGUUCUAGAUUGUAGCACAUUCACGCUCAACCAAAAUACUUCACAGGAAUUAAGUAUUGUGUGAGUAUUACUUUGGCCCUUUGCCUACUACUUAAACACGAUACUAAAAUGUUUGUCUGUAUCCUACUGAGCCUAUGUUGAUAAUGGACAACUCUAUUGGUGUCAACAGCUAUCUCCAUGCUCACAUGCAAUACAUUAAUAUAUUGUUUGUUGCUCACUAAAUGUUCAGCCCCGAUGGAAUGACCUCGCCUUUUAAAUUGAUAAUUUCUUGUUGAAUACUAGCCUUUGUCAAGGAGAACUGUUGGUUGCUAUAUCCGCUAUGAGGUUACAUGUAAGAACUAGUGCAUUGAUAUUAAAAAUAUAUAGUCAGGAGCAUCAAUGUACUUUGGUGUUAUCCAGGCUUAGGCGUUUUAGGUCAAUCUUGUAUUUGCUCAAUAAGCAAUAUUUCAAGAGAAGUUCAUCGGCUAGAAAGACAACCUGCACUGUAGUGUAAAUCAGGCAACCGCAAAUGUGAAUUCACAAAGGCUGAUAGAUUAAAAACUAUUAACUGAGACUCGUAGGGUACAUUAUCCCACUAAUACAACUUCUUCCCGAGUUGUAAAUAGAUUUAUGUAGCGCAGGCUGCAGUGCAGGCAAUGUUUGUGUUUCAGAGUCUCUUACUUUAGAUUUACAUAACUAAUUGUGUGAAAUGCCCUCUUUGCUUUUUUGUAUAGGUUCAUUCCAGACUUCACAUCAUCAUGGGUAAUCCGUGAGUUGACUCUUGUGAGUGCUUCCAAUCUAGAGUUCCGCUUUACUCUCAAUGUGACUCUUCCCCAUCAUUUGUUACCUCUGUGCGCAGACGGAGUGCCGGGACCAAGCUGGGAAGAGUCUUUCUGGAAACUCACUGUUCUUUUUGUCAGGUAAGUGGAGUCCUCUUCAGUGCAUGCUGGAGAGUUUAAUUUUAGUGAUCCGAAUCUGUUAAAUGGCCUAAAAAUAAUUAAUUGGCCCUUUGGGAAUAAAUCAACUGCAUAAAAUUUUUAUGGAUGAAUUCCUAACAAAGUAAAUGUCAGUAGUUUAGUUCCACUGAAGCUAUAGACUUCAAGGAGUGGAGUGUGACACCAGUGGCACAGAAAUAAAACUAGUUAGCUCUCACCUUAAGGGGCAUUAUAGUCACCAAAACAACUUUAGCUUAACAAAGCAGUUUUUGUGUGUAGAUCAUCCCUCUUAAGUUUUACUGCUCAUUCACUGCCAUUUAGGAGUUAACUCACUUUUGUUUCUCAUCAUGCAGCCUUAGUCACAUCUCCCCUAACUGUGACUGACACACCCUGCAUGAAAAUAAAUGGUUUCAUUUUCAAUCAGAUGUUACUUACUUUGAAAGUGUUUUUUUUUUUUUUUAUCUCCUGCUCUGUAAAAUGAACUUAACAUACAGGAGGCUAUUGCAGGGUCUAGCAAGCUAUUAAUCAGUAAGGCUGCAGGGACAUGAUAUAUACACAAACACUGCUUCAUUAAGUUAAAGUUGAUUUGGUGACUAUAGUGUCCCUUUAAAUAAACUGUAUUUGUUCUCUGGAGGCAUAGACAAAAACAAUCUAACCAGGCUAGACAUGCUAACUUAAAGAGACUCUCCAGUGCCAGGAAAACCCCAUCCCCAGUUGCUGAAGGGGUGAAAACCCCUUCAGUGACUUACCUGAGACCCCUGACGAUGUCCCACGGCGGUGGUUUCGGGUUGCCGCCGCUCCUCUCCUUCAUCACGUCAGCUGGCGGGGGAGACUGAUCCCGCCCGCCGGCUGAGGAGACCUAAUGCGCAUGCGCGCAAUGCCACGCAUGCGCAUUAGAGCUCUUCAUAGGAAAGCAUUGAAAAUGCUUUUCAAUGCUUUCCUAUGGGGAAUUGAGCGACACUGGAGGUCCUCACACAGCGUGAGAACGUCCAGCAAUGCUCUAGCACAGAAAACCUGUGCUAUGAAGCAGGAAGUGCCCUCUAGUGGCUGUCUAGUAGACAGCCACUAGAGGAGGCGUUAACCCUGCAAGGUAAUUAUUGCAGUUUAUGAAAACUGCAAUAAUUACAGUUGCAGGGUUAAGGGUAUUGGGAGUUGGCACCCAGACCACUCCAAUGGGCAGAAGUGGUCUGGGUGCCUGGAGUGUCCCUUUAAUACUGUAGGGCUUUAUUACUUAAAUUAAAAGUUGUGGUGCUUUUGGAACAGAGAAAAUUCCGAGCUUUGAGGUUAAUUAGAGGUAAUCCAUUGUAGUAUCAAAGUUAGAAGGCUUCAUUCAGUGCAUAUCUACUCUAGUUUUAUCUUAUGUAUUUAUGCCAAGUAACCAUAAAACUAGAUUGUAAAUUAACUAGAUUAAGAAAGAAGUGCCCUUUUAUGUACCCAACAUAAUGCGUCCUGAUAAAGGCUGUUGAUAACCUGAGCUUUUUAUUUGGUGAUUAAAAGCAGUUAUCAUUCAUCACACAGCGGUAGUCUGUAAUGUUUUAUAUUGGUGGAUUUGGCUGUGCUGAAUUAGUGACUGUGGUAUGAUCAGCAUGGCCAAGUGACUAUUGGUUCUUGUGGUACAGCUGGUUGGCACAAGUAACCAAUAAUUUUAUAGAUAUGAACUAUUCUAACUAUAUUUAAUAUUGUUAUAAUAUUUUUGUUAUGAAAAAAAUAUACAUGCAAAAAGGUUAUGAUUAAAAAAAAUCAGUAUGUUAGUUUCCCUUGAAUGGAAAUGGGGCAGGGGAAGAGAAUAAUAUAUUAGGGAUUAGGCUCAACAUGAAGAUUGUUUUAUAAUCUACUUUAAAAUUAUGACUAUUUUAUUUAUUUUUAUUUCAGUUUUUCUCUUCUUGGUGUGAUAAUAAUAGCCUUCCAGCAAGCACAGUAUAUUCAAGCAGAAUUUUUAAAAUUGAGACAUCGAAACAGCACAAACUCUAAUUGCCAGCAGAUUAGUAACCCUGUUGACACAAUCACGUCUGAAUCCUACAGGUAUGUUAUGUUAAUAAAAUGUUAUUGAUAUUCUGUGACUGUGUAAUGGCCAUGUAAUGUAGACAAGUCAAAUACAGCCCAAAUAAUCCUCUGGGUUUGUAUAUUCCAAAGUUCCACUGGAAUUGUACAAUAGAAUGACACUUCCAUAAUAAUCGGUAAUGGUACAAAAGAAAAAAGUGGAACCAGCACUGGUAUUCCUUAGCCCAUGUAGAAGCUAAGGAAUAUCCAUGUGGAGCACACUGUUUUUAAAUAUAUUGCUUGAAAAUUGUAUUUCUAACUCACCUAACCAAGCUUAAUUUGCAGAACUAGUUACAAAACUGAAGCUAGACCGUUCCACCUCUUACUUAAAUAGCAUUUACAGUGGAGGCAAACAAUCAAAUUUACCUCUACUGUACUUAUAGGUAAUUGGUGCCAAGUUUGACAUUUUCCCAUGGUUCUCUGUGUGAUAUGCAGAGUCACAAGAUAUUUGGAAAUAGCUUCAAAUGCCAGGCUGUGCGUGACCGUUUAAAAUUAAAAUAUCAUGUUAAAGUUCUAUGCUAAAAUGUUAAAUCCAUAUGAAAAGCUUAUCCAAAAACGUGAACUUGAGACCUUAGUGGUUCCACAGUCCACGCUACUCUCCUACCUUUCAACGCUACUUCUUUCCUGCACACCUGUUAAUCUUGUUCCCCACAUGUUUUUCCUCUUGUGCUUUUAUACGACACCCAGUCUAGAUUUUAAAAUCAUUCCAGCAGGUGGUGUCUCUAAUUUUGCUCAUUAUUAACACUUGUAAUAUUUUGUUUAUUAUUGUUUUCUGUUAUAUCCCCACAUUAAAAUUGUUAAGCACUGUGGAAUAUGUUGGUGCUGUAUACCUGCCAAUAAUCUUUUACAAAAAAAAUAUAUAUAUAUUGUGUUAUUUUAUUUUUUCUUAAUUGCAGGAGCAGUUGUAAAAGUUUUACAGACUCUUGCAGUCCUCCUGAUAAAGGCAAAGGAAAGGGUUUUUUAGCGGUUAGUGCUCCACCGAGCCGUAGUCAAAAUGCUUCCAAAAGAGGACCUGCCUCGUACAGCCAUUCUCAAAAGAAACACAAGUGCUCUGUCUACUACAGCAUAAAGCAAAAACAGAGUAGUGCCGCAAGCAGUGCUGCCUCUGCCUGUGAUACAAGUCAGCAGCCAGUAUCUGUCACACGGCCUUCCUCACCGAAGGAUUCACCUUGCAAUGAUACCCUGAAUGAGAAAUGGCCGGACUUAAAAUCUUCAGACAUAACCGAUACUAGUGGCCAAAAGCACGCACCCAGCCCAGCCAGCUCUCUGGGCAAAGAGGAAAUUGCAUUGCAAAACACACUUCUCCCUCAAAGGACUGCAAGUGAAAGCACUUUGAAGGAGGAACCAAUUUUAUGUAUGUUUCCAAUGGAAACGAACUUUAAGACUUCAGAAAGUGUAUCUGAGCCCAAGCAGCAGAACACCUGUAUACCUGCACCUUGCAAAAUGGUGGAAAAUCACCUGCCACGGAACCUGCCACAGAAUACCUCCAGAAAGAUGGAGGGUAAAUGUGUUUCUAACUCACAUGUUGAGCACUACACUGGUUUCCUAGGUUAAUUGUAUUUGGAUUAAGUUGUAUGUAUUUUUUUUUGUUGUAUUUUUAUUACAUUUUUUAGUCAUUUGGAUAUUUACUAGACUGGUUCAAAAAUGUAUUUUGUCCAAAUCAAAUUUCUUCAACUCCGCAUCUAAACAAAUCGAUUUGUUCAGAAGAUAAAUUAUUCCACGGACAUAUCGAUUUGUUCAGGUGUUUAUUACAAUGAUAUUGAAUCAAACAAAACAAAAUAUGUUUACGGAUGAAACAAACAUAUGCGUAUGUCCACCAUACCCUGAUGUUCCCAAUUAUUCUUACUGGUAUACUUGUAGGGGGGGAACACAUCUUAUUUUACUGCUCAGACAGAUUCACGAAAUGAAAAACAUUUCUUCACAGGAUUAGUUUCUCAUUUCUUAGUUUUCUCUCGUUUCUCAUCCACUUGUACUCCUCCUUGGCCUCAAAAUGGUUUCCCUGUUUUUCCUAUUACACAUUAUGUGAUGAUUCCAGUCUCAUGUAAUAGAAGGCUCGGCGGGAUAUGGGACUUCCUCUGGUCCCUUACAUGAGUGGGUACGAUGUUCAAGUACCCUGCACGGUCACCUCAUUAAGCAGUGAUUUCACCCAAUGUGACUUGGUGCUUGCAUGCAAAUAGCAUAACAUAGAUCUGAAUAUGCCAUUUGUGGAACAGAUGUUUUUGGUGCCUUUAACUCAAAGUCCAUUCUCAUUACCCUUCUCUGUUCAUCCUGUAAUUGCUUCAGUCUACCUUUUCUUCACCCAUCCUUUAUAUCGAAGUUUGUUUGUGUUAUGUAGAAAGCUGUUCUCAAAAGAGAGAAAUGUGUUCACUUGGUUUGACUUUUCCAACUGGGCACAAUUUGGAGCGAAUACCUGUAAAUUGAAUAGAGUUGGAUAUUUAUUUAAAGAUUCACUACAUUAUUGUAAAUUGUGCUGUGUAAUUCAGCUGUAAUUUGGUGUUUAUUAAAUAAAUCCCCUUGUGUGCUUCCUGUGAGGAAAGUCAGAUUAGAGAUUGUCAGAAUUCUAACUGAUCGUUUUUCAUACUUAACAAGGUGCAAUAUAGACAAAAAUGCUUUACAUGAAGAAUACUACAUGGGUAUUCAUUGCAAUAUGCUGUGUGAUUUUUUUUUUUUUUUAAAUGAAAUGUUUUUGCUCUUUCUCACAUCUUUAGGGAAUGGGCUGAGGAUUCAGCAUGAUGCACACAGAGUAACUUCUGAAACGUCAAGAAAGCCAGCAGUCAGAGACACCUCCACAGAAAAGGCCGUUCGGAAUACCCCCAGAGAAGAGAGAAUCUGUGAGAGAUCAAAUAUAUCCUCUGUAAAGGUACCAUUUAUGUAAAAAAUAAAUAAAUCCAGUUGCAAAAACUAGACUGAAAAGGCAAAUUAGAAUUUUUUAAAUUUUUUUUUAUUGUCUCAAAUUUUUUUAUUUUCAUGUAGAUUUAGCAACUUAGUUUUCACUUCACUACAGUUGACUGUUUAGUAAACUGUUUACUUUUAUCAGUACAUCAUACCAUUUCAAUAUGGGCUCCUUAUUUUGGCACUCAAAGGGUUAAACUCUCAAACUCCCUUAUUCUAUCUUCAGGAGAGUUUCCUUGUAUCUCUGAGACCACUUGUAAUGACAUCAUUAUCAUGACGUUUGUUCAAGUAGAUUCUUCUCAUAGAGAGACAUUGGACCACACCAGCAAUGUUUGUUUCUUCUCAGUAAAAAGCAUUGAAACUAGUAUUUCCUUGUGAAAGGUACUCACUUAAGCUACAGCUUAAACCAAGUGAGGCAGGAAAACCUCCUUGCUGCCUGCUUGACAGCUGGGAAUAUUUACUGUGACGAUUUUCUCUUGAAAUCAGCACUUUUACAAAGUACGCCAGAGGGGACAAACCAUUCACACACUAAAUCACUUCUUUAAUCAUUCAUGCUACAAGCAUCAUUACCUAAUGCAUAAGCCAUUAAUGGUACUCCUGUGUAUAUAGAGGAUUUUUGUUCUAAAAAAAAAGUAGUUAGGGGUCCAUGCAUUGCUCUAGGAAAUUGUCAACGUACACAUGUACAUCUCACAUACAUAGCAUACCAAGGAUAUUGAUAGUUUGUCUUCUGAGUCUGCAUGUAUAUCUUAUCUAAUCUAAUGCAGAACCAAGCACUAAUCAAUUUUGAUAUCCGUAAUCACAAAAUGAAAGCAUUCAAGGCUUUUUACAGACGUUUUCAUAUUUGUUAUGGUUUGUCAAUGUAGACUUUUGUUUUGUCACUUGACAGCAACUUGUUUGUGCCUGAAGUCAACAGAUUACUUAUUUCAUUUAGUAUUAUUACUAGUUUUUGAAUUAUUUUAUGGGGCUAUUUACAACAUGAUGUUUAGGCUGACGUUUGUUAAAAUUGUUUUAGAACACAGUAAAUACAUUGUGUUCAGCCAUGCCAUACACAAAAUGUAUAUAUUCCUUACCAUUAAAAGCCUAAUUGUAAUACAACAACUGCAAGAAGUUUGUACACUAUAUUGGUGAUGCUCUGUGGGGUGUUUUUAAAACUUCUAAAAAGUAAAGCAUUAAAAUUUUUAUUUUUUAUUUUUUUUUAGCUUGAAGAGCCAACUAAAAGAAGAAGCCCUGUGGAUAAAAGUAAUGGAAUAUUUCCAAAUUUAAAUUGGAGUAAAAAUAGAGUGCCAGCCAGAAAAAGUAAAAAGAAGAACAACCUGUACCCAGUGAGGUGCGCCUUUCCCCACCCUCUUGAAACUAACCUCAUUCUUUCAUUUCCUAAUUUGUAAGAUGUUGCAAUAUGUCAGGAGUAAUCUGUUAUUUUUUCAAUAGACUCUUGGAUACAACAACAUAAGUUUAUUCAUGAAAGUAUUUGAUACUGCCUGGAAUUUGACUUAAUUGGCACUUUUGGUAAUACGUGUGUCAACACUUAAAGAGCUAUACUCUGUUUGCAGUCCACAGAUGCAGGAACUAUAUUUGUUAGACUGGCUUGUCAGUUCAAACAAUACCGUAACAUAAGCUGACAAUGAUCAUCUUUUAUGAAGUAGCUAAUAUAUUCUGUUACCAGAAAAAAAAACACAAUGGGAGAUUCCUGGAAGCAGCCAUCUUUGUUUUCUCGCAGACUUCAGCUGCAAUAACUGCAAAUAAAGAAGACAAUCUGUAGUAGUUGUAAUAUUCACAGUGGAGAAUAGCACCUACAAACCUAAGAAACGUAAGGUAGAAAAUAUCAUGCCUGAAAAGCAAUGCUUUAGGCAAGGGGGCACUUGUUAAUUGUACUCCUAUACUCCUACUAGCCAGCACUGUGUUUCCGUUAUUUAGUAAUGCUUUUCCCAGUACUUCUCCGCUCAUGUUUGCUUGUUGUGGAAUCUUUUUUUUUUACACAUACUUUUAUGUAGAAACACACAGUAUGUAUAUUUAGAUUGACAUUAACAAUUAUUUAAAACAAACUUUCAAUUUCUGCUCUCGCGUCCGCUGUGAAAAACAGCCCUCUUUGUUUUUAAGGAUGUGUGCUCUUCUUUACUCUCCACUGUGUACUGGUUGCACCUCCCCUAAUAUUACAAUACUUGCUAAUCCUUGUUACCAGGCAUGUGGUAUUUAUACAUUGCAAAAACAGAGCGUGUUCUUCUCUGAUCUUCAUUAAUUAUGCAAGUCUGAGUUUUAUGUUUCUUGUUCAUGAUUUAAAAAUCUUGCUUAAACUAAACUAAUUCUUUACCAUGGUACAGGUAUGCAAACCUUGAUUCUACUUCAUGGAAAGUGUCUUAAGUUUUUUUCUAAAAAUCAACAUUUAUUUUAUUUGUGUGUGUGUGUGUGUCUCUGCUUUGAUAAGAUGUGAAAUGUUCACAGAUGUUUCACAAUGGCUUUACAGUCUUAAACCCUGCCUUGCAUUAAUUAAAACCAAAUUUAAUGAAUAGAUGGCACAUAUAUUAUAAAUUGUAAAAGCUCAUCGUUGGUAAUGUCCAUGUAAAAUAGCAAUGCUGAAACCAUUUUCAGGAUUUUAGUACACAUGUAGCAUGAAGAUGUUAUGUGAACUAUUUUUUUUUUUUAUUCAUAUUGUUUAUUUUUUAGAGGUACAGAGCAAAAUGACUUAAAGCACAAGCCUGAAAGGAAAGAGUUAAGAGUUCAGAACAGGGUAAUAAAUUGGAAUUCUCAAACCACUGGCGAUUGCAAAGGGGAACAGAAACCUGGAAGAUUGCCACCGCGUGGUGACACAGGUACUGCUUAUUCUGAUCACUCAUUUAACAAAGGCGAAUGUAAAUUAGUGUAAUUGUAUUCCCAAAUGUUUAGAACCAUUUAAGCCAUUUCAUUUUCUAGAGUCCUACAGUAAUAUUGACCAGUUAACCUAAAGCACAUGUGCAUUGUAUUCUAGAAUGUUAUCAGAUCCUCAAAAGGAAAUGCACGGAUAAGUUUUCAUCAGACUCUAGCUCUGACUGUAGCAGUACCCGUGGAAGUGUGAGGGCGAGCCGUGGUAGCUGGGGGAGCUGGAGUAGCACUAGCAGUUCUGAUGGAGACAAGAAAAAUGUACUCCCUAAACAGCACUAUUUUCCACCAAGUAUGUGUAUAUUUUUUUUUUUAUAUCUUUUGUCGCAGAGGUAUGCUACAUGUUGCUCUUCAGCUGUUGUUGACCUAAUACUCCCAAAACCGUCCCUCCAGAUGAAGCGUCCCCACAAUAGAACGACUAACUGCUCUUGGUGUGAGGAGGAAAUAAAAUGAACGCCAGAUAAAGUGAACCACAAAAUAAAGUCAGCCAUAAUUACUAUCCAAAAUGGGCAAAAUGAAAAUAAGAUAAAAAAAAGAAAUACAGCUCUUAAACGGGUUUGGUCAUUAUGGUUGUAUUUUACGGUUUCUUUUAAUUGUAACCAUUUACUUGUUUUAUUGAUUUUAGAAUGAGUAACUAUUAACAUUUGCUAUAUUCCUUUCCCUUACAUGAAUAUAAUGCUGAAAAGUAAUUGUGAAGUGUAGUCUUUUAUGAUAACAUAAUGAAAAAUGCGUGUGAUUACAAAGGCUGUUGGAGAUAGUAGUAGAUAAGGUACUUGGCAGAUUAUUUUAAUUAGCCCACAUACUGGGUGUCCUGUACCAAAUUAUUUUUUUCAGAAAAGUGGUUCAAAAUUGUAAAAAAAAAAUCGCCACUGGAAUUUACCUGGCUGUUCCGAUUUCUAUAGUGAAUUGCUUCACCUUUGAGAUCACUUUUAAAACUCUUCCCUGCUGUAUGUGUGUAUGGAAGCAGUUGGUUACAUAGUAAAAGCCUGCUAUCUGCAACACAAAAUCCAUUUGCUUUCCAGUAAUAACACCAAAAGUUUGAAGGUGGGAGUAAAAGCCUAAAUAUUUUUAACUAAAAAGCAAUGAGUGUUAAAAGAUUGCAAGGUAGUAUUUUUUUAAUAAAUACUACUAUAUAUGAAAAGUCCUUUUCUUGUGCAAGUUUCCCUUAAAGUUACACAUGCAGCUAUAUUGGUUUGCAAUAUUUAACAGAUCAGUCCACUCAAGCCUUUCAUUCUGUUCUAUGGGGACUGUUUUGUCCAACAAGUGUUUAUGGGAUACGUAGUUUAUCCACUACCAACAGGUUCAUUACUCACGUAGGAUGAUUAAAACCUCACUGUAAUUUGACAGAAGCCAUACUUCGGAUGCUAACCGUUUAUACACAGCAUGAUUCACUGUUUAGUGAACUGUGCAGCGUUUUGUGAUUAGCCGAGUUGCUGACAGUGAGUAGUCCACCAUUCAGUCUCUCCAGGGAGGAGAAGCCAAACUUAUAAUACACGAUCACGUUGCACCCACACUAAGGAUAAAUGUGAUGCAGGACAUUCCAGAACUAAAUAUUCCAGACUGUUUUUUUUUUUGCUGCAGCUAUAAGCCAUUCUGCAAAUUUAGUUGGCCCAGGAUAGUUUAAGCACCUUCACUUUGCAGUAAUGCAGAAUGCUUAUGGUGCUUAUACCACGGCUCAAAAUGUGCUACUAGCCAGGUCUAAAAGUUAAUCGCCAGUGCUAUUUACCUCUUGUUACACGAAUGCUGGGACGGCAGCAAUACUCUGAUCCACCAUGACCCCAAAUAACUUGUGUGCUCCUUAUUUAUAGUCUUUACUGCUGUGCUGAUAACAUAACAUCAAAUGCUAAGGAAGUCUGAAUAUAAAUGGAAAAUAACGUUUAGCCAUAUAAACAACACAGAGUAUCCUGAUGCACUGGGGAAGGGGUGGCAUAUCUAACCUACUAGCCGGAAGUUUCACUCACCAGUGACUAAUACUACACACAAUAUUUCCUCCAUGUUGGUUAAAAAAAUAGAAUACUGUGUUUUACUCAUCACCUUUUAAAGAAUCCAGUUUUGAAGAACAUUUUUUGUAUUUGUCUUUAUUUUAGGGGACAGCAUGUCACAAAAUGGUUUUAAUACAGAGACUCCAAUUCAUCUUAAUCUUUCUCACAGCAUUUGCAAUACCAGGUAAGGCAGCAUUUUGCUUAAAUUAUCAGUGCUUUCAUUUGUCUUUACUCAUUAGCUUAUAGUUUUGGAAUAGCAAUAAAUAUAUAUAUUUAGGUAAAAUAAAUUGUGACACUUACAGGGACAGUCCUUGCUCAAUCUCAUCCUCUUUAUAUACAUCUUCCCUAUAAUGUAUUAAAAAGCAACAUUUUAAUCCAAAUGAUACUUUUUAAAUAUAUUUUAUAAAUUAUAAUUCCAUGUUCAAAUGCCUAUUAAAGGAUCUUUUUUUUAAAUAAGGGGAUGAAGAUCCAAAAAUAAGAAUGCAGGAGGUGGGGGAAUGAAGGUCAUAUAUGGUAGUACUUGUAUCACAUUGAGUAAUGAUAACAAAUGUGAUAACGUUUUUAAUCCAUGUUCAAAAAAUAUAGUUUAGGGGUCCUUGGAGAAUGGCUCUUGGAUUCUCCAUGGUGGUAACAUACCAAAUAUUGGUAAUUAUGAUUUCAAAAGCAGACACCACUCUAAAACUGAAAGAUGACCAUGUGAAACUUGGCUUCAAAGCAUAUUACAUGAGUCUGAUUAACUUGGUAAGCGAAGAGCAGAAGUAUUCAUUUUAUUGUGUAUAGGUAGAGUACAUUUUACUGUGUGGCUCUAUAACUCUAGCAUUGAUAAACUACAGGUGUUCACGUCCUUGAUCAAAUACAUAGUUAAACUAAAAGCUAUUUUGUGGAUUUCUUUUGAUGACUGUUUUCAUUUUAACUAGGGUUGUGAAAGUUUUCUAGACUGCGUUAACUAAUUGUUCUGUGUUUAUGAUCACAGUUCAGAUGUAAAUACCAUCCCACAUUACCCAGAGAUCUUAUCUCCUGCAUUUACAGAGCUUUCUGGUACUGAUAAGAACAAAGGUAAGCUUUAUAUAGCUGUUCAGCUUCAAACAUUCCUUAGAUAGAAAUAAAGCAUGCAAUUAUGUGAUUCAAAAUAGGUUAAGCAAAUACAUAGACCAUUAAAAAUAAAAGUUUUACAACAAAUUCUUUCCAAAUAUUAAAACCUUUUGGACUUAUUCCUUACACAAAUCUACAUUUUCUAGCUCUUGAUUAAAGCAACUCUAUCACCCCAAUAAUUGAUUUUAUAAUAAAAAUAAAAUCUCUGAAAUGUUUAAGGACUGUAUUGGAAUUUCAUUGAAAUCCCAAUAGAGACAAAAGAUAUCGUAAAAGUAGGGGCUACUUUGACUUGUUAUUGCGUAAUUGACAAAAAGCAGAGCCAUUAAGUUUUGUCACUUCACACAGCUGUCUGUAGCUCAUCCAUAGACAAUAUCUAUGGGGGCUCCCACGAUGUUGCAGGAUUCUCCAUAGAUAUCAGUAUUAUAAUCUUGCGCAAGAUGAUGUGGGCUUUUGGCAGAUGAAUAUGGCAGGGUCUGCAAGCUACAGCAUCAGAUUAUUAGAACUCUUCUCUUUUGCACCUUCAGGGCACAGUGGCGUUUGGGGUCUUUGCAAAAUGUGGCAGCCAUUUUUAAAUCUAUCCUAUUUUGAAAAAAUACAGACUUAAAAAAUGAUAUGUCUAAUGUCAAAUCUUGUAACUGAAAGAAUGUUAAUGAAAACUGGUUUAAAUGUUGUUGAUUGAAAACUAUUUUAAAGUGUGCACUGUUGUUUUAAUGUGUGUGUAUAUAGAUCAGAUUGCAUAAAUGAGUAUCACAGAUAUUUUUGAUUACCCUAAUGUCGGCACUUGCAGAUGUACUGGCCCUACUCUUCCCCUUAAGGUUUUCCCUGUGAAGGUGGAAGCCAUAGCUCUUUUGCCCCCUUUUUUUUUUUUUUAAAUCUUCAUUUUUGUUGUGCGAGCUUAUGGCAGUUAUAAUUACUGCACAUUUUUAGAUGGUUAGAGUCUAAUAUAAAAUAAAACAUCAGCUUGUUAACUUAUAAAGAGAUUUGUUUCCGUAUGGACAGUGGUGUUAUCGAAGGCAUAGGUACUUUGGGGGAUACUAUAAGCACGUAUGAGAGUUCUGGUGUGCGUUAGUAUAAUGCUAUUAGUACUAGCUUUUGCGAGCCCUGCUCCCUUAGGGGAAGGCAGGUAUACCUGGUUCUAUAGGGGUGCAGAGAAACCGCAUAAAUUGGCCGCCUGGGGGCCGGUAGGCAGUAUAUGUAGUAGGGGCUAAGAUAUGGCCUAGUUUAACGUAGGCUUUCAAAAAGGAACAGAGGGUACCGACGUGGUGCCUAUGUAGCUUAUAAAACUGCUCCUCAUCAUUAAACUAAAAUAUGCUAUGAGCAGAUUGGAGCUGGGGGGGUUAGUUGGUAUAGUGGAGCCAGCUUCCCGGGUUAUUCCCGGUGUCUAUAGUGGAUGACCGUGGGUGUGGCCUUCCUUGCGUGUGCAGGAGGUUUAGGGUGGUCUAGAGUCAGUGGUCAUUUUGUGUGAAGGGUAAGCUAUAGGGGUUAACCUCUAUCUAUUAAGCAAUGGUAAUGAGAAGAGAGAGCAAACAAGAACAAAACAGAGAAUAAAAACAUGAAAAACAAAAGGGGGGUUGUAAGGCCCAGUUUUGCCAUUACAGUGUCUAUCACUGCUAUGUCAAUUACUCGAUGUUCAGUGCCCUGAUGCGGUAUUAUGAGCAUGUGUGCUCUGGCCACAAGUGAUGUCAACGGUAGAAGGGAUUUUCGCCAUUGCAGGGUAGUGCGAGACAGGUCUGAGAAAAAUGUUAAGUCCAUGCCCUCAAAGCUGAAGGGAUUCUUCCCCUUGAUGGCACUCAUGAGUGCUGUUUUGUCUUGCCCAUUUUGGAGUUUGACCAGGAGAUCGCCUGUUGCGGAGCCUGUGAGUUGUGGUGGUUUGGGUAGGCGAAACAUGCCAUCCAACUGUAUCCCCUUUGCUUUAUCCUCCAUGGCUGCUAGCUGGUGGGUCAGUUUUUUUGUUUUCUUCCCCAUCAGUGUUGGGGUGUCGCUGGGCUUCUUGCCGUGUAGGUAGCAGCUGUUUUGGGCAGAAUUUGGGUCUUUAGGGGUUCCUAUCGUCGGAGAGAACGAUGGGUAUGAGACUGAUCAGGUUGCGCGCUGGCUCCUCCCCCUCUUUUGAUGUGGUUGCAGCCCCUACCACCGAAUCCGAGGGGCUGGGAUUUGUGAGUGGAGAAUUGAUCUCUCAGCUCACCACUCAUGAACGUGCACACUGCAUGCAUGCGUAGUGUUGUGUUCACUGAUUCUCAUAUAGAGUGCUGCUGUAGAUCAACAACAAUAAUGCUGAUAUGUGGUUGCACAGCUGAUCUACUUUGUUGCAUGCUAUGGAUCGGCUGUGAAACCAUAUAUCCGCAUUAUUGUUAUUGCUCCACAGUCCAUCAAAGACAUCACAAGCAGCUUCAUUUUCAUUGACAAUUGCCAACAUGCACGGGAAGUUUGCUAGCACAGUGGUCUUGGGUCAGGAAUUUUACUCUGAAUCUGUAUGAAGACCUGUGGCGAUUACGGGAUGUUGUUUAAAGCUUGCCGAAACUGUUGUUAAAAGCUACAGUAGACACUGAAUUAGUUGCUUGCAGUAACUUUGUGGACACUGUUACAAAUUGCAUUAGGUUUGGCUGACACAGCUGUAUCCUUAUAAUAAUUGCAUUUCUGUUUUUAAGUAUGUACUCUUACCAUCCAUUUUAUUUGUGUUUUUAGGUCUCUAUCCUCAGGAUGAUGUGUGGUCUGGUCAACCUGUAUGUUUGACAAAUGAUUUGAAUUACAAUGUUGAGAGCACUGUAACAUGUGUUAUGCGAGACCCUCCUUCUGUACAAAAUCGGUAGGUUAUGUUUCACAUAAAGUUUUCGUCUUGUAUGAGCGGGAUAAGUCAGUCAUUUUGGAUUACUGAGGAGAUUAUAACCUGAAAACCCAUUCUUUAUACUUGGAUUUUCAUGUGACAGGUUAGAGGCCUCUACCAUUCCAGAUACUGUGGAAUACAUAUCCUAUGAUGCUCUUCUAGCUGCUUGAAAUUAAGAUAAUGAACAAAGUGAAAGUUAUUCAAAUAUAUUUAUAACUUUAAAUAUUUAUGCCAUUCCUCAUUAACAUACAGAAGCUUUGCAGGAUUGCCAAGUACCAGUUUAUUAUUUGAUAGUCCUCAAUACUUGGUCGUGUCUCUCAUAUAGAGAUGAUGGUAAUCAAUCGAGCCAGAAAGUGUUUGAACGGGUCAUAGUCCCACAAACCUAGACAGAAAUUUUUGUGUAAUAAUGCCCCUAUUUUGGUGCAUCAGUUUCUGAGCACUGGUUGGAUUGCUGUUCAUACCCGGCACCAUUUAUUAGAACUGGAGUAUAUUUAUGUAUAUUCAGUUGCAUUGCUUGCAUAGACGAGCAGUUCACAAGAAGUGGUGUUACGUUGGCAUGUAUCUGUCAGUGCUAAAUGUAUGUGUGCUGUAUUAGCUUUGUGUGUAUUGGGAGUACUAGCUAUGUUUUAGUUUCCUGAGACACUGCAUGCAUAUUCAUGGACAUAUGCAGUGAUAAAGGGCGUUUGAUCUUUGCAUUGUUGGCAAGCUGUGUGAGUACCAUGACAGUUAGACUUUAAUAACACACUUUGGGGAAGAUAUUGCAUUAAAACACAAUUUCUUGGUAUUCAGAUAUAUAUCUCAUCCAUCUGAAAUCUGUUUUUCUUCCAGUUACCUUAAUUGGAACGGCACAUGUGAUGGGCGGUUUUCCAACAUGUAUGGUUCUCUUGAGUUAAAUGACUUCAGCUCAUAUACCGAAGGUAAGGAGCACAUUCUCCUUUUUUUUAUAAAAAUUUAGUGGGAGAGUGGGACAUGUCACCUAGAAUCAGAUCUUCUUUAUUUGUAAAUCGAAAAAGUUCUCAUUGUUCCGUAUGAGACAAAACUAAUUUGUUUAGAGAAGCAAAACUGAUUCCUUCCUCAUCUUCUAAUACAAGCAGAAGUAUAUUUAGCUGUCCUUUACCACUCAGCAGUUUACACACACUGGUGGUGGUUUAUUUUCUCAGAAAUAACUUAGAUAUGCCAACAGUUUGUUAAAAUAUGAUCGUGUCCUUUAUUACCUACAUAUGAAAAAUCUACAUUAUAAACUGUAUAUGUAUGGAUUCUGCAGUAAAUGUUUAAAAAGUUAAAGGGACACGCUCUAAGCAAAACUUUAUCUUAAAGAAGUAAUUUUGGUGUAAAGCACAUGCCCCUGAAGUGCUCAAUUUGCCGCCAUUUGGGAGUUAAAUUACUUUUUAUGCAGCUCUAGCCACACCUCCUUUGGCUGUGACUCACACAGCCUAACUAACUACUUCCUGAAAAAGAUUCCCUUAUUGCAGUUUUUAGACUUUCUGCUCUAAAUAGCCUGGUAGAGCAUUCAACAGCUUAAUGCGUGGUAAUAAAGGUCGGUUAAUUGAGCAUCAAAAAGGAAAAUUAUUUUUUUUUUUGAGGCAAAUGGCAUGCAGAUCUACAGCUUCUAGCUUGAAUACGGUAAGAUGUUGCCAUAUUUAUGGAGGCAUGAGGGGCCCAUGGAGGCUAGAUGGUGGUGUUAACACUAUAGGGUCAGGAAUACAUGUUUGUGUUCCUGACCCUAUAGUGAUCCUUUAAUAGUUAAUGUUUAGCAUAACAUAAUGUUUAGUUUUAAGGAAUGAAGGAGCAGAGGUAUAAAUUACAAACUUGUAUUGAUGUGUCCUCCUAAAUCUGAGUGUGUCCAUAUCUGAUAGCCUGUGAAUUCCCAUCAUUCAUAGCCAGCAAUGGUAGGAUGAUGGGCCACAGGAAAUCUAAUGGCUCACUGAAUAUGCUCCUUUACUGCAGAAUCCAUACAUAUACACUUCAUAAUGCAGAUUUUUCAUAUGUAGGGAAUAAAGGAAACUAUCAUAUUUUACCAAACUAUUGGCAUAUUUCUGAGAAAAUCGCCACCAGUAUGUGUAAGCUGCAGGGUGGUAAAGGUGGGCUGAGAUUGCUUCUGUUUGUUUUGCAAGAUGAGGAAGGUCUUGCUCUGCCUGGGAGUGCUGGAUAACAGGCUUGAAGCAAGAUCAGGAAGUAAGUACCUGAUUUGCACCUCCUAAAAUUGCAGGCUUUUUCAUUUUGUAUUACAGUGUCUGUACUAAAGCUUAGGAAUGAGGGUCGUGGCAGCAUGCUAUUGUUAAACUGGCUGCGCUUUUUGUUUGAAAUCAUUAAAGGCACAUUGUAAAGCUCAAACAGAUUUCAAACUGUUAUACUUCUUACCUGAGAUCUGCCAGGUACUUCUCCACAUCUUACUACCAUCACCAGACCAGCAGAAAUUCUGAAGUGUCAGCUGAUCAUCUCAGCCAAUGAUCUAACUUUAGUUCAUGCUUAGGAACUUUCAUCUCUCUGGCUUUGGUAGUGGAGGUGGGAAGCAGUGUCUUUCAGACUCCAGGUAAGAAGUCAAACUGGUCAAAAAUGGUUUGACUAUUUACAGUGUGGAGGCACCAUUGCACUCAUGGAACCAUAACUGCUUCAGAAAGUUGUAGUAGUUAUGGUGCUUGGAGUAUUAUUUUAAAAAGAAUAUUGAGAAAUUCAUGUUCCUUAAUAUUUCUAUUUUUUUUUUUUUCCAGAAAACAUGAAUUACCACAAUGACUUCUCAUGUUCUGAAGUUCAAAACCCAGCGUUCAUUGAUCACCAGUGUCAAUCAACUUGGAAUAUGAGUGGCCCAGCACCUCCACCUCCUCCCCAGACACCUACUGUCCCUAGCACCUGGGAGUCUGCAAGCUACGUCAGUGCUUCUGUAAGAGUUGGAAUAUUCUGCCAUGUUCCUUUAUGUACUUUCUGCUGCUUGGGCAUCUAAAUUAAAAACUACUUUACAACUUUAAAGUGCUGAAAAGUACAGCUACGAGUUUUUUUUCUUUUGUUUGGUUUUUAAAUAUGUAAUAAUAAGUAAGGAGAAAGCGUCACUUCUCCAGUUUUAGCACAACUACAAGCUAUUUUUUUUAAUACAUCAUUUUAAAUGUAAUUUGCUAACUUUGCUCAACAACAAAAAGCAGAUCACGUGAGUUAACGCUUGUAGUGCCGUAUGCAAAGUAAAUGUAUGGCACUGCUGGAGAAAAGUAAUUUCUCCAUUACUUGCCUGAGUGCACCUGAGGCAUCUUCUCUGCUCUUUCUGGAGUUUAAUUAAACUGCAGCCUUCAUGGAUAAUGAACUCACACAGAUGGCUGUAGUAAAAUUGACUCAAUAAUCACAGCUUCUUUAAUGUGUAAUAAAUAAAUUGUAUUUUGGCAGUGGAGGGACCUUUUUAAAGAUCAUGUUUGAUUUUGUUCAGUUUUAACCAUUUUCCUUGUUUGAUUAGAAUUGAGAAAUAUUUAAAUCCUGGACGUCUUCUGGUGGUCAUUGGCAACUGAAUUGACCAUGGUUUGUGAAACAUUGCAUGUUAAAAUGUCCCUGUGCUUGACUUCACCCUUUGUUUUUUACAUUGCAGCCUUACCUCUCAAGCACCAGGAGCUUAUCACCCAUGUCAGGACUAUUUGGUUCCAUCUGGGCUCCGCAGAAUGAUGUUUUUGAUGGGUACUGCCCUGUGAGUAGUUCUCCUCCCCAUUCAGACCACAUUGGAAACCACUCUGUGAUGUGCAAGCAGGAUUACUCUUCCAGAUUUAAUCCUUUUCAUGCUUAUAUGAACCUGGACAUUUGGACCGCAACUGCAAACAGGAAUGCAACUUUCCCAGUAUCGAGGGACCCUGGAUACUGUGGGAACAUGUGAACUGAAGUCAAUUCAAGACAAUGUGAAUAAAAAUGCUUGCAGUUUUUGAUCACUAGAGUGAGCAAGUUGUUGGAAUAGAGUACCUGGUGAAUAUUUUGGCACUUUUUUUAUGGAUAAUAAAAAUUUUUUACUGAGUAAA